GGUAAAGCCGCGCGGAGUUGGAUCUGCACUCUGAGACACUCUUUCUCUGUGAAUCACUCACAUACAACCGAGUCAAAGCUGCAACAAACCAGAGAGCCGCUCUGCUGCUGUUCAGCUUCUUCUUUUUUUUCUAUGAAACUGUUGCGCGUCCCCACUUUGGAUAGACAGAGCCCGAGCAUUGCGCGCCGCAGAGCGCAGAGGAUCCGAGGAGCUCAGGUCUGACACGAGCAGGAGAGAUCUCUCCUCCGGACUGCGAUACGAUGAGGAAACUCUGAGUUGGCACAACUCCUCCGUCCGAUUUACGCUUCAUUUGGCUGCUGCCAGAGAGUUAGCCCAUGUGCAGGUAUCCUCGUGAGUGUGAUUCUGUUUUCACCCAGAUCUCUGCUGCCUGGACAAAUGCAUACAAAUGCAUUUAGGAGCUCAACGGACAAGGAGUGGACACGUUUCCGCGGCAGCAACGUAAGUGGUCAAAUUUACUCGCGUCUAUAAAAGAUGGCUGCGUAAAUGUUAGAUUAAAUUUCUUCACCACAGAGUGUGCCAGAGUCUUUUUUUCAUAUGAAUGGAAAGUGGCUGACUUACAUCCACUCUGGUACUUUGGCUCAUUUCCCUGACAGGGGCGCCAAUUGACUAAACACAGUCCCUGCAGCAAUCAAUGAGCUGUACUAGUGUUGUCUUCUUAUUUCAGACUUUUUUUUAAACUAGAUGUCUUUGUUUCACUCUGUGUAUAAACCAUACUGACUCCUCAUAUGGACUCUUUACCCCAGUCUAACCAUCCUGACUGAUAGUUGCACUUUUCCAUGCAUCCAUGUGUUUUAACUUUUGAAUAUUUUACAGACAGCUUCUUUUCUAUCCUCGGUUGAUCUUGAUAAAUGUAGCUGACAGUUCAGCAGCAGAGAGUGCACAGGUCUUGGCUUUGAACUCGCCAUAUGAACAUGCAGCCUGGAAUCUCCAACAUUACAAUGGGAAUACCAUCUGGCACACUGCUGAAUCCUCUUUUCUUUUAUUUAUCCGGCGUGCUCAUAACUUUGAUAAGCUGGAGAGUAAACACCUGAGUCCAUAGAGAGUGAAUGAAACAAUAAUGCUUAUUCAGCAUGUCAGUUACAAAUCACUGUUACUCUGUACUAUGAUGAUAAGGAGACUGUCAAGGACUUUUUAUGAAGCAGCACUGUCACUAGUUUUUGGCUUUAGAUGAUUCAGAUUGUGCCUUAAAGCUGUACAUUCCUCAUGGAUGUGUUUAUUAUUGACAUCCUGCACGCAGCUUUUGUUGUCCUGUUACAUUCAACUGAGACCUCGUAGCUGCAAAAAUGUGCAUGCCUCUGCAGGCCACUUUGCAGGAAAUGUAUUUUCUUCUAUCAGAAGUGAGUCCAAGUUGUCUGUACUCUAUUAUGAAUCCCUUCCAGAUAAGGUCGAAAAAGAACGGAGCUCUCAAUGCUUCCUGUUGUUCCCUGCUGACAGUGUUUGCUGGAUGGAAACAAAGUGGACCUGAAAUCCUGAGAGGUCCUUUUUUUUCUUCUUUCUUUUUUUUUGUCCUCGAGAGAGAAAAUGAGAGCCUUAUGGGAGAGCGGAGUUGACUGAGAACAAGUGUGGCCUCCCCUUGAAUGCAUGGUGAGAGUUAGUGUGUAUGCAUCAGUGGUUAGCCGGCUCCUGAGCUCCAGACAAUCACCCACUGUUGCAGGGAUCGCUGCUCCUUUGCUACCAGUGUUUGGAUUGUAUAGCUGCUGAAGUCGCUCAUAUACUGUACGCUUUCUAUUUUCUCAAGACCGGCUUCUGGCUUUCAUAUUAAAAUAAUGAUAAACGUUUUUAAAGAAGUGGAAAUGGCAAAUCACUCGUCACGUGGACUGAUGAUUGGCUCAGUUAUUUUCUACACAGACUUUAUAAAACAUGGACAUUGUACCAGACCUAUUAGCACCUCAAAGAUUGUGGCUGACAUAUUAGAAAUGUCAACUACCAAAUUUUCAGUCAGUAGAAGCCCAGUGGUGGGCCUUAAGCCUCUUGGCUAAGAGCUAACAUGCCCACUUGGCUGUCUAAUUUGCCCAGUUAUGCAAAUUUAUGCAUUAAAAAUUAACAUUAGGUUUAUAGAGCAGGCUUUUUCUGACCGGGCUGUAAACAUGUCUGAUUCUGCUGUAAAAAUCUGCACUUAAACAUGGGCCCUAUCAAGGUUUAUUGACUUUCUGGAGCCAACCUCAAGUGGACACUCGAGGAACUGCAGUUGUUUCGCACUUAUGCGUUGGUUUCAGUUUUCGACACUGCAGGUUGGCACUGGAUUUUUUUACGAUAUUCUGACUGUAGGUAAAGUUUCUGUUUGGAAGCAUACAUUUGAAGUCAUUUGAUUAAUGUACUAUGCCAUGCUGGACUCCUGUUCCCUUAAGAUUAUGUGUGUUUUGCAGAAAUAAGCAGAAUAUUAAACACUUACUGGGACCUACUGAAGUGGUUACAGGAGGGAUGAUUUAAUGGGAAUCAAAGGAUGCAUGGUUGAUGCACCAGUGCUGUGACUCAGUUUGUUUUUUAGACUUAUUUAUUUAACUUGAAGAAGGAUUUACCAAGUUAGCAGGAGCUCAACUAGCAGCCAGCUAGCUGAUCCAAAGAGGACUAUUAAAGCUGAAUUUGUUCUUGAACGUGCAUUAGUCAGGGUUUCACUGGUUUGUAAUCUCUUGAUGUGUUUGUGUCAAAGACAGCAAUAAUUCGGCUCUGGGUGAAAACCUCUACUGGAAGAAUCCUAACUUCAAAACAAGCUAGCAAGGCCAAGUAAGCUAGCAGCAAAUCAGCUAGCAGACUUCCUGGAGUCUUUUUACAGACAAAGGAAGAGUUACAGCUUCAAGUUCUUUAUGAUUGUGUGAUCUUUUUACACAAAGAUUUGUUUGGGGCCUUCUAUGUCUUUAUACAGUGGAAAAAACUUGGUAUAGAGAAGGAUUAUAGGCAGAUAAUGUCUAUAGGUAUGGAUUAAGCCAAAGCCACCUGCCUCUUAGAUUACAGCCUCUGUAUGUGGGGUAUAUGAUUUAACCAAUAAACUCCAUGAGAGCCUUAAUUGUGUGAAUCCUUUAGUUGACAUCCUCCAUGAAAAUCCUCCUGAAAUCCCCUCAAAACUGGCCUCUCAUCACAUGCUUUGUUUACCGUAUAAUUUAGCCGAGAGUCACUUUUAAUACUUCCCAUUUAGUCUUUUCACUUUGGCUCAGUGAUGAGUUUCUUUUAUCAACAAAAGGUCAUAAGAUCAGUGAAAUCGUGAUCUGAGGGAGUAGGAGAAAGCUUAGAAUCAGUUUACUGAUUGUUGCACUCAUUUGUUUCCUGCUGUGAGGCUCAUUUCCAACUUCAUUAGUCACUAAUGACAACAACUGAAAGAUGUCUUUGGUACCUAAUUAUUCAUUUCACAAGCAACUGAAAUACUUAACAGCUAAGUGUUUCACUAUUAGAUGACAAGCUAUAACAGAGUUCAGCCUGACCACUUGUGUGAUGAGCUGUUUUAUGUCAAAUGUAAAAAAAAAAAGACAGUUUAAAAGAAAAGUGCUGUUUUGGUGGAAAUGUGUUGUUUUUGUGUGGACUGUGACUGUGUAAAUGUUCAGAAGAGUGAAUUAAAAAAGGAUAAAGUUUGUUGCCAUGGCUUCAGGUUACACUUCUCUCACUUGUAAUCUUGAUUAUUCUUGAUAAAGAUGCAUGCUGGAAUCACAUACUGAACAUCGUCCUGUUGAAGCUCAUGCACCUUCUCCACACUGGUGCCUGCCCAGCUGAAAGCAUUUUUGACCCAUCUGUGCGAGUGAGUGUGUCCGGCCCUCUUAACAUCUGCAGGUCCUCCUGCAACAGGAAAAGGGCAAACCAAUAAAGACCUGUGGAAGUUUACUCACAGCCCUUUGUCUGCUCGCUGUCUUGUGGACUAAGUCAAUCUUUACUCUGCUCUGCGGUGACCUCUUGACUCCAGUCACCCUCCUGAGGGAGCACAAACAUGCACCACGCUUGGCUCUUUGACAAAGACAAAGCAUCCCAACAUGACAUGCUGAUCUCUGGGAAUUACAGUGAUAUUUUUAUUCACCAGUUGCUCGGGGUAUUUUGGAAAUGUAUGACAGCGGAUGAGAAUUUCAGUCUUGGCAAGAGAAGAGCAUCUGGUAGGCAAUUGAGAGCUGGAAACUUAACUUGCUACUUUUUUGCUGGUGGCCAUUUCGGCGUAAAGGGAGACUCGCAGUGCAUUCAUAAUGAAGUGAUUAUAAUGAGGACACAGGUGUUGAAGCUGAAACAUGGCCAGUACUGUAGGAGCAGAUAUUGGCAACGUAUCAGCUACUUAUUCACAUCGAGGAAUGUUUUGGGUGAGAUGGAGAAGCGAAGCAUGCAGGAACAUAACACCUGAUUAGCAAGAGAGUCAGAUGUUUCCGUUGAGUGAACCAACAAUGUGUGUAUGUGGGUGUCAGACUGGGUUUUGACAUGAGGAGAGACUACUGCAAUUAUCAAAGAUGUCAGAUUUCACAUGUCAGGUUAAAUUUACUCACUGUAAGUCUUGGCAAACGGACUUUUAUUAUAUGCCUAAAUAAACUGUGUCAGGUAAUAUUUUGAAGUUAUGACUUUCCUUCUGUUUUGAACUGCACUCCAUUUAAGACUUAGCUGUAACUGAGCUGCAUUUCUUCCAGUGGGGCAUAUAACAGUGGAGGUUAGACAAAUGCUCUAGGGUCAAGCUCUAUAAACCUCAAUUUUCCGAAUAAUGACUCUGUGUGGAGUAAAUCUUAAGAGUACUUAAAGUCCUGUUUGGUUAUUCUGAAGGCAGAAACAGUGUCUUUAUUGUCAGCCGACGGGAUGAAAUGGGAUCAGGUCAGUCAAGGUAACUCCCAUUGAGUUUGUUUAGAUGGGCCAGACAAAUACAGGACAUUUCAGGGUAAAGAGGAGUUGAUGUUAGCUUUGUGUACAACUUUUACUCUUAACAAGAAUCAGGCGCUGAAGAAUCUCUUUUCUUUAUUCCCAUGAAAGUCAAACAUUUCAGAUUUGUUUGGGUAGAUCAGCAGCUUUGCAACUAAUGGGUUUGGUCAAUGGCUUGCAAAAUUAGACAUGCAAACAGAAUAGUGGGAAUGUCGCCGCUUACAAAGUCGCCCCCUGACUGACAUCAAUGAUGACCCCAAGAAAAUAGUUUCCCUCUCCUUUUGAGAAUUGUAAACAGAACCUAAGUGGGUUUGCUCCUCUUUGCCAAACCAAAUGGACCGCUCUCCAUUUGCUUCUCGGUCUUCUCACUUGAAUGAACCAUUGUUAAGGUUCCAAGCUAAUUUCGAGGGGAGAACGCUGAGAUCUGUUUCUGCAGGAAUGAUUCAUUGCAGAAGGGAGUUUUAAACUUGUGAUUAUUUAUAGUCCUGACAUGACACCCACUCCCCACAUAGUGGUAUUUCCCUUAGUCAACAGAGCAGUGUUUGGGGAGCUUUGUCUUGCUUUUGGCUGUCUUUUCCAUUAACUGCAAGGACUGGGAAGCAUGUUGUAGUGAGCUGUCACUUAGGCAGGGAUUUACCACAGGGUUCAAGGAAGAAACUCCAACACUGGCGGCGCUGUAUAAAACAUAUGUAUUUGAUAAAACUGUUAAAACCCAAGGAAAUCAAACUCAAGGAAGUGGUAAAGACAUGAACAAAGUUAACCAACACAAGAUAAAAACGCAAGGAAGCAAGAGAGGCACCAUCAAUUCAGAAACUUGAUUUGUAUGUUUAUUAUUUUAAACGGUUAAUAUGUUUAAAAUGAUUUGAAGCGUAUGUUAAUGUUGUUGUUUAAACUUGUUGAAAGUCCUGUGAUUCGUUCUUACGCUGCAACGGAAAGAGUGUCAGUGAUCCAAGUCCAGUAAAGCUUUAGUCCAAACACAUGAUAUCCAUAAAAAGGCAUGAUUUACUUCAAAUCUACAAAGACUCUAUAUGUCCUUGCUUAAGAGUCUUGUGAUCCAUCUCACUUAAAAGAGCAGGGUUUGGAUCCUUUCUCUUUCUCAGGUAGACAUAUUGACAGUAGGUAAACCCAGUAUGCCUUCAUUGUUGCGCCAACUCCUUCAAUGCAACCAGUUGGUGGCAUGCUGGUGCCACACUGGAGUUUACCAUUUUUACUUAACAAAUUCCCACCUCUCUAUGGCAGAUAUUACAUGAUACAAAUAUGUCAGCGGUGUGGUAACAGAUAACAGAAAAUGUCAAUGUCAAAGAACACCUAAUCUAAAGGAAGCUAAAGGUUAAAACAAUAAUGUCCUGCAAAAGAACAAAAAUGUCCUGACAGGAAUCAGUGAUAAAGGGGUUUACAGACAUGUGGCUCCCCUACUUGUAUUUACGUCACUGAAAAUGUACUGAUGACCUGAGCCUGUUUGGUGGCAGAUACUCAGAGAAACCUUAAAAUAGCUCAGACAAGGAGACAGCAGGACAGACAGGCAGAAAAAGCAGUCCAAUCAGCAUCAGAUGGCCCCAGUUGAAACUCCAACAGGGAAUGUUAAGUGUUAUAUUUAGUUUUUUUUUUUGGUCUACUUUUAAACCCUGCCAAGUCUUAAGUGAAACCAGUUAUGACCGACUUUGUAGAUGUCUGUUUUACCCUUUUGAGACAGAUGAAUCAUUGUCAUCGUUUAUCCCCCCUCUUGUUUACCUCCGUUGCUUUUUCCUGCUUGGGGUUUAGUCUAUGUUCCCGGCCGAGGAAUGUCGCACCACUUUCUCGAUGGGUAACAGGUGACAGAAACAGCUCAUAGUGUCCCCACUUAAAGUCAAUCUUCUUCUUUCCCUCUCUCUCUCUUUCUCGUUCUCUUUCUCUUGCUAAAGUCUCCGCUGGGAAAACAAACAUGGCUGACUGUCUGUCCCUUAAACAGGGCCAUAUGAACACCAGUAGCCUCUGUACUGAGUUAAUCUAGUCCCAAAAGGCCGCCGUUUGUUAGACAGUCUCAUCACACUCACAUAACAAUCCCUUAAGGCUGAAGGUGUGACAGCAGCCUGUGAUUGAUAGACCUCUUUCUGGCAGUAUUACGUAACUGCAUAUUAACAUAGCAGGACUACUGUCUCCCGGAGUCUUUUUGCACCAUCACACUGUGUUGAAAAUUAUCCCACUGGAAGCCACUUCACCUUGUGUCAGCAGCUGUUGCUCUGUAUUGGCCUGUCCGUUUGAUUGAUUUGGUUCAAAGGUGCAGAGUAUGCUUUGAAGCUGUACAUGACAAAUGCUCUGUAAAGUAUGUUGCAGGUUAAAGUUUGAGGAGAUAAAACAUCACUACUGUAAUAGUUGGAUGAAAGCAAAUUAUAAAAUUGGUUCAGUUGGAUGCAAACAGGCGAUCGAUCCAUUUUCAGUGAUGGUUCGAUUUACUCUGUAGUUUGACUUUAGAGGAAAAUGUUUAUCAUGCUCACCUGUGUGAUAAAUCCAUACAUCCUGACUAAUAGAUCUUUCUAAAAAAAUCUGUUUCUGUAGAGCUUACAUAUAUUUUAUACUAUUGAGCAUAUUGCUGCCAUAUGAAAUCAGAAUCUAAGGUGGAAAAUGAUUAAUGUUUGAUACUACUUGUCAGCAAAUCUGACUCUAAAACUGCACUGUCUAAAAAUCAUGCAACAUUCAUUUGUAUUGUUGAGUGAUAUCACUUUAAGUGUGUAAUUCAGCAAAUAUUAAAAAUAGCUUAAGCCUCAAUUCUCACAGUCUCUCAUUUUAUCUGUUGUUCCCCAUGUUUUACACAGUAUCUGUGUUUGCAACGUGUUUCUGCUGAAUUCAAGAUCCACUAAUUAAGGUCUUUUUUCACUUAAUUAUCACCAGUAAAUCUGAGGUUCCCCAUAGCUAGAUAUAACUGUACAUGGUGAGUUAGAAAACAUUGUUCACAGCGAAUAGUAUCGCUAUUUAUUGUAAUAAAUUAAAUGUACUGUGACAGGGUUUUAUUUGCAAUUUAUUGAGCAGCCCUAAUUUUGACUUUGGUUGGCCAAAAACUCAGCGUUUUUGAUCCCCCUGUCUGAAAUAAUUCAUUUUACUGCUAAAUUCUGUCCAAGCUUUCAAUCAUCUAUUACAGCCUGAAAAAUGAGCUAUUUCUUGUAUCUCAAUUAGCACUGCUGUGUUCUUAGAUAAAAGAGAAAUUUGGGGCCCAAACCUUCUCUGAAUCACAACGAAAACAGUAAACAGAUUUCUUUAAUUUCUGAAACUGAAAUUGUAUUUGAUAAAGUCAUCUAAUAAAGGAUAUUCAGGCAGCACUGCAGUUUGUGAAUGCAAUGACCACUGAAUUCUUUCCUGACUGCAAACAGCACAUGCUGGUUGUCUAGCUCCAUGGAAGGCAGUGCCACCUAGAGGUGGGGUCAGUGAGGGUCAAAGGAUGAAAUGUCCACUAUUCUGUCAUGCAGAAAGGUCUCAGCGCACAGUGCAAGUAUAAUGAGUCCUUAUGUUUUUGUUUUAAAAGAGAAUAAGAGCUCUUCAUGGUAAAAUCCUCAAUAACACCCUCUCUCUUUUUCUUUACUUUAGUUUUUUCUCCUCUCUGCAGCCACAGCUCAAAACACACAGAACUUCAACAUUUUUCAGUAAUCUGCCUUUAGGGGGGAAAUGCCAUCAUUUUCAAGCACGACACAAAAGGCUCUCUGCAUGACUUUAUUUUUCAGACAUUAAAAUGUAGAAGUUGAGAGCCCUGGUCAGUGCAGGAGUUAGGUUUCCCAUAAAGGAGCACAUAGUUUCUUUUUAUGCUCCAAACUCUGAUUUUAAUCCAGUUUUCACUGUUUCCACCAUUGUUACUGAUCAUUGUCCAUUUUUUCUUGCAAAACUUUGUAGCACAAGACACUGAUAUCUGGUUAUGAUACACAUUUAUUUAAAAAAUAACCAAUGCAGUGGAAUUAAACUGCAACGGUGCAUUCAGGUGCACCUCGGAUUCUUGUACUUCUCAAAAAUAUAAUAUCGUUAUCCCAACAUACCUCGUAGUGUGCAGUGGCCGUGGGUCGUGAUAAUAGUUCGUAAUGUAGGAGUAUUAUUUGUGGCAGAACUAAGUGGGAAGUUUUAAUCGCAUGCUACCAAUUGUUAAACGUUAUCAUAGUGGACGUACGAGACAAAACUGUAUAAAUUAAAAAAUUUCCCCCAUGGGGGAUCAAUAAAGGAAUAUUCUAUUCUAUUCUAUUCUAUUGUAUGCCGAUCAAAUUUUUCAGUUAAUAAAGAUAAGUUUUGGUUUGGUUCCCCAUAUUUCUCUAUUAUAUGACGUUAACUCUGUCCACCCUGAAAGUAAGAUAUUUUUCUCCAAGUUUCUUAGUUCUGAUAACGUUGGUAGCGUUGCCUCAGCAGAAAACUACGUUUUCCUAUUAUUCUGGCAGUGCCUGAAUGCAACUUAAAAUACGAACCAUUCUAGCAGCGGAGUCGGGGAAGCUCUUCGACCGUUCGCCGGCUGCGGAAGAAAGAAAAAUAAAGAAGAGCUCAAUGAAGUUUCGGCCCAUGAGUCGAGCAAUUGGAUGGAAAGCUUCAAUGCUUCAAGAGGUUCCAAUUCAUCAAGUAAAAAUAAUACAAACUUUAAGUUUACUAAUGCGUGUAAGUCAAAGAAGGGUAGUUAGCUUGACGUUUACCUGUUAGACAGCGACCCUUGACAUUCGCCGGAAGCUCGAGACGCCUAACGUCGCAGUUUCCGGAGUAGACCGUGUAAGUUUUUUCCGCUAAGGUCUCCCAAAUAUCUGCAGUGUGGUGAACACCGUUUACCAUCACAAACUCACAAAACUUUUAGACGUAAUGUUAAAUUUGAUAGUUAGUGGAUGUUUCAUCCCUGACAGAGGAACAAGGGUCACAUCUGCUUCCCAUUUUACCUUUUUAACACUGACCAGAGUCGACCACUGCCACAAAGUUGGUACAUUUCAUGCCUCAACUACCUUUUUGAUAUGAAAUUACAAAAAUGUCAUUUUACUGCUGCUUGCAUUUCGGGUAUUUUUAAGCUCUAUCUGUCAAGUAAGGGUAAAAAGUGUUUUAUUUUAAAGGUACUUGAAUUACCAGAAAACUUACCAUUUUAACCCAUUUUGGUGAGUUGAGGAGGGAAAGAUUUGCCCUGCUUCAUAAAAGGAAAAAAGUUAAGACAGUUCCCCAAACCACUUUUCACUUAGUGGAUAGUUCCUGCAUGCUCAAGUCAGGGCUGGCUGUGCAGAUAGGCUUGUUUUUACAAGACAAAAAUUAGGACUUGAUUUAUUUUAAUUUGCUGGUUGUGCAACAAUGAAAAUGAUCUUGAUAGGAUUCUUGAAAAAGGAUGUAAUAUACUUUUUUCCUUGGAACUUGAAACAACAUUUUUGCGUGACAUAUCUUAAAUUUUUGACCUGUCAGGUCAUGGCACCUUUAAGUGAACCGAGACUAGAUUAAAGACAAAUUUACUUGGUUAGUUUUGAGAUUCAUGCAGCAUUGACAGCCAGUCAGUUGGCUGUCAUGCCGUUAUGAAAAAGAUUGCAUUUCAUAUUUUUUUUUCUUUGUAACUCACAUUGCAAACAUGUAACCACCUUCCCUGCUCUUACAAUGCUUGGGGUGCACAAUUUUCAUCCAUUUCAAAAAGCAGAGCAAAAAAACAUUUAGGUUCCUUAAGAUCAGAAAUAGACACUGCAGUUUUUUGUCUGUUGCACAUGUUUAUUGCAUCCUUCUGUGCUUUUUUUUCCCUUCCAUCCACUGAAAGUCAUCAGCAUAAGCCACUUCAUUAUUUCAUUACUCUGAUGUUCUUGUUGAGAAUUCACACAUGACACUUCAAGAGUAGUAUUUCAUCAGUUUGCUGGUCCCAAUGGGUUUUGGUGAGAUUUAUCUGAAACAGGGAAUAAAAGGGAAAAUGAUAAUGUUGAAAUUAAGCUGAGACUUCUCAUAAUUUCAUUACGAAUGACUCACUUUUCAAAGAGACAAAACAAUGAAAGUCCACUGUUUGUGGUUGAACUGUUUCACUGUUUCCUUAAAGUAAAUAUUUUAUGAUUCACAGUUGAAAUGAACUUAUCUUGUAUCAUUUUUGUGUCUCCCCAGGUGGAACUUUAUCCUGCUCCUGUCAGUAUGCUCAGCAGCACCCUCUGCAGAAGAAGACUACCUAGCUCACGGUAAACUACAGACCUCAAAUCACACAUUACACACUUAGAUCAAUCCUAGGAUCCAAAUCUAGAUAAACAUAUUUUACUUCAUAUUCAUUUUAAUUUAUUUGGAUUUUUAAUGAACGGAAAAAAGGACACAAUUGACAGAUUUAGAUGAGAGUGAAGAAGCUGUGCUUGGAGAGAAAAACUAUGGUAUCUAGACUAUGUUCAGUGGAACCAUUAUACUAUAAUGCUUUUGUGAUAUGACAAAACACUCUAUCAGAGCAGAACCCAGAUUGCAAACUCUUACGGGGUUAAUUUUAUUUUUCAUUAUUUUACUAUUUCUAUUUUGGAAAGAAUUUCUAUGAAGCGGCUGCACACAGGACCUUAUCUUACUUUACUCCUCAUUUUCCUGCAGCAUAUUUGCUCAGCUUAAGUAGCCCCUGUUGCAGCCUCUCCUCAUCUUUUUUUCUCAAUGCUCUUUCUUUCUGAUAAUAUAUGAACAUCCUCAGAUCAGAACUCUGUGCAAGUACACCUGUCAGUUAGACACAGAGGAAAAAUAGAUAUCAGUGAAAUCCUCAGCAGUUAUGGAGAUAUCCGCAAAAAAGGCAACAAAGAUCAGUAGAGUUGAAAGUGUGAACAGCAGAGGUUAGAAGUUGAUUGCAAAAAGCAGAGAUGGUUUUUCCACCUGGUCUCUUGAGAGUCAUAACAGAUUAGUUUGACACUUAUUUUUAUGGAGGUGACUUCCUUGAAAGAUCCAAUGCUGCCAGAAUAAUCUAAACUAAAUGAAGCGCUGAAAAUGUUUGGGUUGCUGGCUGCACUCAAGGUAUUCUAAGGAGGAUAUAUUAUUUCUUUUGAGUGUCAUAUCACUGGGCUUCUGCCAGAAACAUCACAGAGGGUUGUCAAGCUCAAUUUCUGGUUAAACCCAUGAUGAAUCCUCACAUAUUUGUUGACGGUUAGGAGUGUGUGUGGAUAUUUUACCAACCAGUGCACGGAGAGAAAACUGCCCUAAAGCUUUAUCUCCUGAAUUCACAGUCUCUGUCUUUAUUUGCACUGUCAUCUUUCCACAUCUCUACAGUCGAUCAGUCCAUUCCAAGUUGGAUCAAUCCAUCAUAGUGAGGGCAGCAGGAAUGUACAAAGAGUGCUUGGGCAGCUUGUCUUCACAUAUGAGACAAGUUAAUUGGAAUCUGGGCUGACAUUACCUCAGGCUCAGAAUGUCAAGGACAUCUCAUUGCAUGCUGAGAUCAGCAAACAUAGAAAGUCCACCUAUGUGAGAUGAAGGACUGAAUCGCGUCUCUGGCUGAUGUAUCAUGACUCAUUUCUGUUACACACGCUUUCUGUCUUGGUUCUAAUCUGCUCCUCUACAAUCCUUCCAAACACUGUAGAUAUUCAACGUUUAUAACAAGCAAAAUAAGUGGAACCAACGUGGAUCCCAUCCCAAAAGUACCACUUUUACCUUAGCUUCUGGAUAGUGUGAUAGAACAGCCUGAUGUUGAAUAGCUACACGUUUCCCGUUUAUUGCCAAACACUUGACAUUUUAGGCUUGUUGCUACAGAAAUAGCUAACUACUUUCGAGUUUUCCUAAUCAAAGCUUCCAUCUUUAAUUCAAAAUGCUGUCAGCAUUUCACAGUUUUGAUUUGAGCCUCUGUAUAAUUUGAUUCCCUGAAGAGUCGGAAGGUCUAAAUUGGUGCAAAUCAUGCCGCUUAUCCAAUACAGACAUGUUUUUGAUUUAAUGUCUUUUUCAUUAGGUUAACAGUGUGAACCAAAUGUAACAUUACAUCUUCCGACUGUCAAUCAAUUUGACAGACAGGGUUGUAGAAGUUCUUCCACCUUUUCUUUUUUUCUUUUUAGUUUUUAGGAUAAUGACGACACACAGCCUAUAGCUAUAACUUGAUCGGUCUUCAAACAUAACAAAAUCACAUCUCUUCUAAAACCUCUUUUAUUUGUUGAGAUAAAGUUCUAGACAGAUUACAGUACCUUCAAAUUAAAAUCCAAUACACUAGAAAUCUCAUCUCUGUACAUUUGCCUUAGCACUUGAAUAUGUGGAAGAACAAGCUUUUAGAUUUUUCCACUAUUGGUGAAAAAAAUUAUGCUUUAGCCUCGCUGUGCACUUCUGAAGGCAGACAUAACACAAAAUCUUGUGGGCACAGAAAAACAACAGAAUAUUUUGAAAUAAAAGCCUCUUUUGGCAGACAAACUCAACAGUAUUUGUGGACAGGUUUCCUGUAUCUGUGUCGAGUCUAAUCUUUUUCUAGUUUCCUCACUUAUCUGGGUCACAGCUGCCUCUCAGGUGCUCAUUCCUGGAGAAAAACAAAUCAUCAAAACCAUCAUGGGGAGACUGUAGGAUGUCUGACUUUUUCAGUAAACUUCUCUAAAUGGAGGUUAUAUAAUACUCCAAAAAACAUUAUUCAUCGUUUUCAACUGCAAUGAAUUAUGUUGUAAGAUGACUAAAUCUUCCUUGCUUUUCAUUUUCUCUUACACCUUAUGGGGGUCUUUAACCACUGGAUCAACAGAAUCACUGUCGCAGAUUUGGUGCAACUUACAGCAGAAAACACUUGUAUCAUUUAAAAAGAGGAUUCAUGUUUCACACAUGGUAUCUUGCAAAACAUUUCAUUGGGCACAAAUAUAGAGACAGUUACAAUUACAAGGUAAUCAGAUUUGAUCAAAUUUUCUCCAACAAUCAUUGUAAGCUAAGGACACUUCAUAUUCCUGUAUUGGUCCAUGUUUUAAAGUGAAACUUUUUUGUCGUGUUUUAGACAGAAAAUGAACACAGAAAGAAUACAUGUUUUAUUAUUUUUCAAUAGGACUUAAACUUUGUGUUUCACAGGUUCAUUGCAUAAAGCUUUUCAGACUGAUUGACUAGCUGUUAACUGUUUAAUUGAUAAAGCUAUGCAGUCAACAAACUUGACUGCAAGUGGCAAGCUUUAGCCAACAUUAAAACUGGUUCACAGAAUUUUUUUUCCCCAAAUUUUUCAAAUAUUUUAAUUUUGACCUCAUAUACUUGAGUACACUGGUACCUGUUCUGAAAUACGUGACCUGUUUCAAAAGCCAUGAAAAGUCCUGUAAACCUUACACAUGUUCCCAUCUUUUCUUUAGGAGUGGAUAUCCUCUCUCGAUUGGGCCUUACUGCUCAAGGCAAGACAGACGAUCAAGACACGAGGACAAACUCACAUUGGACUGCUUACACCACAGCUCCCUCACCUGUGAAUCUUCCUGUUUCUGGAUAUGGGGUAUUACUCGACUCAAACUCCCUCUAUGAGGCUCCAGCAGGCGGUCUUUUCCCGCCUGAGAUCGGUGAGGAGUUUUCUGUUGUGGUUAGCCUAAGCUCCUGGCGAGCAAACAAUGCAUUUCUUUUUAGUGUCAAAGAUGGAAUGGACAGGCUGCGUUUUGGCAUUCAGCUGCUGCCACGCAGAGUGGUGGUCUACACCGCAGAGAAUGCCCCCAUCUAUUUCACCUACAACUGGCAGGAUGGGCAUCAGCACCCUUUUGCUGUGGGUGUUCGUGCACGCUCAGUGUCCUUCUUUGCAAAUUGUGGAGCAGUGCAGCAGUGGGAGCAAAUCUUGGGGAGAUCUCAGACACUGGGGGAUUCUGGGGGUCUCUUCACUCUGGGGAGGAUGAACUCCAAAGCUGCGCCAUUCUAUGGUCGAGUUUGCCAACUAGAUAUCUAUCCCUCGGCACAAGCUGCCGCCCACUACUGCAACUACCUUAGAACACAGUGCCGGCUGGCCGACACUUACCGGUUGCCUUUGCCACAACCUGGUUUGGAUAUUGAGGCAAAUGACCCUCCUUCUGAUCCCCUGACAAAGUCCCCUAUUGGAGUAGCAGCUACCCAUCAAACUCCUAUGAAAACCACAGAGGGUUUCAGACUAUCCCAAGGUAGUUCAAUCAAACAGUUUUCAACUCUGAGCACAUCAGUACAACCUCAUUUGGGGAACAAGAGCCAAAGUUCAAUGUUGGAUUCCUUUGCCCACUCCACCACAUCCUCACUUCAGCCUUUAAACCCCACUUUGGUUACCCCAGGUGAGGGAACAGGUCCAGAUCUCAGCUAUACCACCUCUGUAACUACGGUCACCACUAUCAACAAUCAAUUGGCAAAAGGGAGAAGUCUCGAGGGAGAUACCGAUCACUCUGAAAACAGCACAGAGGAGGAAAACAGCUCCGGGAGCCUACAGACUCCAGGGGCCACCUUGCCAGGCCUAAUUUCCCUUGCCAGGCAAGGUCGAGUGAAGGAAGGUCUCAGGAACAACUCCAUCACCAGCUCCAGCGACUCUGGCUUGGUUCACCAACAGAUCUAUCAGCCCUUGGAGACCCCUUCGAAAGCCAAUGGAACCACUUUGUAUCGUGAGAAUCAGGUGGACAUCUCAGAACAUCUGGAUGGCAGCUAUGAUGAUGUCGACUUGGAGGGAUAUGAUUACGGAUACGGGGACCCAGACUUCUUCUAUGAUUAUGAAGAUGGUUUUCGUGGCCCCAAAGGAGAGCCAGGUCCCAUGGUAAGUCACUGAAUUUAUGAAUUACAGGCCAAGUUAUGAAUGUUUAUGGCACAGUUGAGACACAAGUUAGCAAGUUUAUUACUAGUACCAAUGAGCUAAUCAAAGUAGUGGCCAUGAAUUUGCUUUGAUUUUGGGGUGUCCCGAUACAACUUUUUGACAUUCAGAUACAAUACCGUAGACAAGUUUUUCAACCAGUUGCAAUGUCUUUUCCGUAUUUAAACAAAAAAUACUGCAACAAAGCCAACACUCCUCUUACUCCUUGGUACUUUGUUAGUACCUUAGUACACAGUGUUGUUGUGAUUUUGUGGGCUCUACAUGCUGGAUCAGGGCGCUGCUAGAUAUCAGUGCCGGAGCAGAGUCUGGAAUGGAUGGCUUGUCUCGGAGUGCUGAUAUAGGAGAUUGUAGAUGCAGGUCAAUAUAAUCCGAUAUUCGUUUUUUGCUGAUAUCGGACUGAUAUCUGAUAUCGUAUCGAGACACCCCUAAAUCAAAGCAAAUUCAUGGCCACUAUUUGAAUCCUCAGAUUUGAGUUUUUUGUUACAUACAGCCAUAAAUGUAUAAAAAAUGUUCUGGCAUGGCGGCGUAGUGAUUUAAAGGUGAUGGCAUGUCCAAGCACUGUGAGCUUUUCAUGUAUCUACAGGUUGUUAAAAUAACACACCAUUCUCUCCCUUAAACACUGCCAGCUACUUCUGCUCCAAAGUUAGAGGGAAAGUUAGAGGGUUGAAGAAGGUAUACCUUUGGCAAAAGAGACUCGCUGUCGAUCCAGCCACAUUAUGUAAGAGAGUUGUCAGGUUAGCUGUGCCUCUGAACAUAAUUCUAUGGCAUAGAUCCUCUGGUAUUGCUUUUGUUUCCAUGUGUGAGAUAUGUUGAGUCUUCCUGUCUGAUCUGUUUGAACUCAGGGGAUUAUGCAUUGAUGUAAGAUUUCUUGACUCAUCUUCAAGUUUCCACAUCACCUCAACUGUUAAAUGCCUGCAGAUCUGUUAGUGCUGCACAGCUUCAUUUGCACUAAGUUGCUGCUAGUUAAUAUUCAGUCUCAGAGGAUAAGUACACUGUACUGGAGUGUUAUGGGCAUUUAACAGCCCGAGCCUCAGGCCCCUUUCCAGUGUGUUUUAAUCUAGCAGAAUAUUUAGCCUGCAUGCUUGUUUUUCAGUCUUACAGCUAUUUGUUUGCCCUGUCUGCCCAAACAAACACAGUGGCAACAGGACACUGCUGGUCUUACUAGAUGCCCCCUACACAAUAUUCCGGGCUGGGCAAUAAACCGAAAAUUUACUGAUACCGAAAUUUGCGACAAUGACCGCCGUCAUUUUGCCCAUAUCGGUAUAAAUAUGGACCAAUAUCAGUGUGUAGCCUGGAAAACAUUAGCUCGCUCAUGCUCAGUCAUGCUUGAGAUUGCUACAACUUCUCUGUUGUUGUUGUGUUUACAUUGUACCUUAGUUUUCAGAUACAAAUACACUCACACACCCUACUCUUCUCUCUUCACUUGCAGCUGCAAAGUUUUUACCACUGUAGCAUUGUGUAUUGAUGAAACAGUGCUCCAUAGUUAAAUCUGCAACUUCCUCACGCUUCCAUACUUUGUUGCACACCAACCUGAGCUUGUAAUGAUGGUGUUAAAGUGUAGUUUGAGGGGAGGUGCAGAGUACACACACCUUGCCUUAACGAGGAAAGGGAGGAUAUGCUUCAUCUACCAUGUAGGAUGAGACAGGCGAGACACAGCAGAUGGCACUAUAUCUUUCAGGCUUGAUUAUCGUGGUUUUAUGAUCGUGGGGGGCCGUAAUCGUGACUGAAACUGAUACCCGUGUAAUCGCCCAGCUGAUUGCCAACUUUGCCUCAAGCCUUCAUAAGCUCACUCUCAGGUGACACCAUCAGCUCUUGGGUGUGAAGUUUUCACCACUUUGUCUUUUAAUCUGAAAAGUUACAAAGGUUUUCUGCCAGUGAACUUUCGAGCGUUUGCAGUCAAAGGGGGUGUUUUUGAAUAGACUGUAUGAGUCUGUGAGAGAAGCUGAGCGCCAACAUAGACCAAAGCAAAUUCACUGGUUUUUGAAGUAGAAUUUUGAACCCUAUUGACAACGGUUGCCAAAUUAAAAAGAAAUGUUGGCUUACUUUUGGCCGCCCUGGCACCCAGAAAGAUGCAAAGAGGUAGGGUUGAGGCAGACUUUGCAACUUAAUCCUAGGGGGACAACUCUCUAUUGGUACUGAAACUUAAUAGAUGGCUUUAGAGCUUGAACAUUAUAUAACGCACAAAUAAGUCAAAGACCAUAUUAGAAAGAAUGAAGAGAAAUAAAUCAACUUUGAGAUCUGUGUCUGGAUUUACCUCCUCCACCAUAUUUAUGUUCAUAAAAUCUUUGGUGAUAGAUAGUUCCUCGCUGGUUUCCCCACAUUUAAAUCUGACACUAUGUCUGUGAGAAGAAACAUCUUGAUCUUCUAAAUGUCAUUCCUGGAGGAAGGAGGUGUAGACAUCAGUCAUCACCUCCUUAAUGCAUUGAUUAUCUUCGUACUGUCUCAGUUCCAUGGCCUGUUAUUAUGCGUACCACAACAGUUGUCUGCUUGUUGGCUGCGUGUUAGCUCAUAAUUCAGGGAGUAUUGUGAAUGCAGCUCAGGCCACAAUGUUAUGAAAUGCAACAACUUCAGAGGAUGCCUCAUUCUACCCUUUAACUUGGUUUGAAUUGACUUCACUCGGAAAGAUUCGUCCCUUGUGUUGGCAGCACAGAUAAAGCAUUAUGAAUAUUAUCAUCCUGCAGCAUAAAUGCCUCAUCUUCUGUAGGCCUUGUUGUUGUGGGGAAGGCGGUGGUUUGCUCACAGUUUCCAUGUGUCUGUGUGUGGGAGUCCAGAGGAACAAACAGCUGUUUCUUUCUUCAUGUCUCCCUCCUUGUGAAUCUCCACUGCUCAGACAGGCACUCGGGAUGCUCAAGAUCAACUCAUUACAAUAUUUUGUCAUAGCAACACGUCAGAGCAGUAAAUAAAACAACAUAAUGACAAUGUUUCAAAUGUAUUGAAAACUGUAGAUUUGAAAUGCGUUUUUUAAGUGGAUUUUUGGAGCACAGAGGACAGAAUGAUAUGACCAUUUUCUCUUAAUAACAAGUAGGCAUUUAUUUUGAAAGGAUGCAAAAGGUUCUCAGUGAGAUCAUGAAGUUGAUGGAGUAAAUGACAACAACAUACAGAGCCAGUAUCAGUAAUAAUGAUAUUCUGAGAUGACUUCACUUUCCCCACUGUCUAAAGGUUGCUGUUCAACUAGUCUGAAGGUUUUCAUUCAUAGAGAGUGAGAGAACAAGAGCGCUGUAGUAGUGAGAGCCCGCUGGCUGACCUGCUUCACAGACUAAGAGAAGCUGUCUACUGUUUUAAUGAACACUGGCAUUUAAAUACUGCACUCUGAAUAUAAGAUAAUACAUUUGGAUUACGCCCCCCCAACCUGUUUCAUGUUCAGAUCAAGUAUUCAUGAUGUCAAACUAAGCAAAGAGCAGAUAGUGCCCCCUACUGUUUAAAAGGGUUGUUGCAAUUCAUUUUUCAUCACACAGAUUUUCCAAGUGAUUUUGUAAGUCUAAUGAAGACAUUUUCAGUGCUUUUCAAAAAAGUUAUGAAUAUUUACUUACACAUUUACGUACAUACGUACACACAUGACACAGUGGACGAUAUCAAGGUCUUUCAAGUUUAAAUCCUUCCACAGCAACUGACACUUCAAGCUGCAAGGAUGUAUGUGAUAGGUUAUGUUUUUCUUACUCAGAUAACGUCCGUCAGAUAAAGAAGGGAUUCAAGUGUCAGUAUAGAGAUGUCCUGUGAGAGAUUUACAUCAAAACUAAAAUCAGGCUUGAAUGCCUGAUGGUCUGAGUUUGUUAGAUGUCUUCAUGAUUACUGUCAAAUAUUCCUGGUGAUUUUCCAGUUAUAUGGUGACAAAGGCACACAUUUUUCGGAUAUUUUGCCUACAAAUUAAGUGAUUUUUGUUAAUAUUUUUGAUAUAGUCCUCUGCAUUACUCUGUAGCCUAAUUCUAUUAAGACUAAUGGGAUCAGUAGAGUUUCAGUGUGAGUUUCAUACUAAUGCACGUAUCAAAGCAUGCCACGUGUUUGUUCCAUAUAUUUAAGUAUAUUUCCAGGACAAAGACUGAAGGUACCAGUUCAUCCUGCUUAGAGCCUUCCAGAUAGAGCUUUCAGUUAAAAACACUCCUCUCUUUAAUCUUCAUGUAGCGCUUACAUAAGUUUUGCACACACUUAUCACUCCAGAGGCCAUGACAGUGAAGUACAUGUUAUUGCUUGUUAUUAACAUAUGCUAUCUUUCUCUUUCUUUCCUCCCCUGUUCUCUUUCUACAAUGCUCUUUUUUCUCCAUAUCACUCUGUCUUUCUGAUUUAGGGUCCUCCUGGCCCCCCUGGAUUACCUGGUCCUCCAGGAAAAAGAGGUUCUAGGGUAAGUAAUUUGCACUGGUGUGAUGAUACACAGACAGCAUCCUGUAAAGUUGACGUAAACUGUUGAUCAUGAAAGAAUCUUGAACAUCUUAUUGGAGUAGAAUUACGAUUAUGUUGUGCUUUAAACUAUCACAUGUAUGUAGUGGAAGUCAGGGGAGCUCUGUCAACUCAAAUUGAGAAUUGAAAUAGAUUGGCUGAAGACGAAUAGUUUCUUAAAAGACACGAAGAAAGAUCAAAAACAAAAAUUAGAGAAGAGAAAAAGAAAGAUGUGUACAGAAAGUGUUGCUUUGCUAAACUCAGAAUAACAAGGCUGGUGUCAUCAGAUUAGUUCAUACUCUGUAAGAUGUUCAAGUCAGGCUUGUUGUCUCUCAGAGUCGUGAAUAUUUUGAUUAACUGCACUAACACAGUUCACCCAAGUCACAUCCAUUUGUUUCAUCUUACAGUAUGCUAGUCAGCAGACACUGACCACAUGUGUUUUGCCCUUUAUUUACCAUCACAAUCCAGCUGCAGCCAUCGGGAAAAGGCACCGACAGACAUGUUUGUGGUUAGCUUGAUUAAACUCAGAAACAAGCUUUGCUUUGUUGAAGCUCACGACGAUUAGAAACUUUGCUUUGAGGAUGCAAGAAGCAUUGUUUACUUGUCUGCACCUUUGAAGCACGAAGAUUGAGUGAUCAUACUCCUUCAACUGCAACCAGCAGCCGUGUCAGCAGCGGUACAGGCUGCAUUUUUGCUCUGAUCUUGAAACUAUAGUUCAUCUAACUGCCAAGACUGUCAUGAUGUAAUGCUGUGAUCAUGCCACAGGCCCGAGGGCAUCUUUAAACAGAACAAGACGCAUUCUGCUCAAUGGAUAUGGUAUGUGUCAGUAAGGAAAGUAUAUAAAUAGUUUACUCUUGGUCUUUUAUAGUCGCUCUGCCCUGCAGAAAACAUCAUUGGCUAUAUCAUGGCUAAUGUAGCUCAGUUAAAUAUCCGGUGCAUUAAAGUGUAAUUGUGUGCUUGAUUACUCUGAGACAACUUAAAACACUUUUUUAACCACAUCAGACCAGGACUCUCAUAUGUCCAGAAAAUGUCUGACAAAUUUCCUGUUAAAAUUGGUGUAUGUGGACAUUGUCUAUGUCCUUUUUGUAGGGUCGUCUUGUAUGCAUAUGUUGUGUGUGUCCAUGGGUUGCAGUUGUCUAUGUUAUAUCAUAGUUCAUGACUUAUUAGCACGUUUCAUAUACAAACUCCUGACAGUGUGUAGAUUAGUGAUGUGUGAGUUUAAUUAAUCUAACAAUUGAGAGUUGUCAGCCUUGCUAGGUGUCAGAAUUUCUCGUUUGUUAAACAGAUAACGAAUGUUUUUAUUCUUUUGGGCUAGAGGUGCAGCCAUUUGCCACUAGUUGGGGCUGUAGCACAAGUUAAUGACCACCGCCCUCAUGAUAGAAUGCCCUACUAUGUAGAUAUAAACCAGCACAGGUGACAGAUGGUAUUUUGAAUGUGAAGAUUCGGCAGAAUUUUAAUCUAGAAAGUGGAGAUAAAAUUGUGUGUAGGAUGUGUCUGGAUAAACUGGAAAAUAGCCACUUAUCUGGAGUGGUAUGUCACCUUCAAGGGUCACCAAAGGCUGGUUGAGCUAGCUCUGCCAGUGCUAGCCACACUGGACAAACCAGUUUGACACUACAAACUCUGUGGUCCAAUGUUUGGCUGUUAUAAAUAAGCUGUUCUAGGGCUGGGCGAUAAACCGAAAAAACUCCACCGCCUCCAGUCUGUAACAAAGAGGGAAAGACAGGUGAGGAGAUGGAGGACAGUUCAAAAGUUGUAGCGGCUGAAGUAGACGAAGUUAAAGUGGGAGGGGGUGAGCAGCUUGUGGAGUAGUUAUCGUCCAUUAAUCAUUAUCAUGGUGAACUGCUCAAUAUAUUGUGAUAUUGAGUUGAGGCCAUAUCUCCCAGCCCUAAGCUGUGCUGACAUUUUGACUAAGAGUGUAAGUGUGAGGUGAAUGAGUUGCCUACCUAGAUCAAUGCUUGGCUGGCACCUCACUCAAGCAUGCAGAGGGAGGCAAAGAAGAUAGUUAAGUAUUAAUGGCAAUGUUUUCAACAUAUGGAAGGAAGCUUCAUGAUACAAAAACAGUUCAUACAAUACACUAGUAUCUGGAAACUCAGGCUGUAAGUCAACAUUGAAAGGAACAUCAGCCUCCCGCAUUGACUCAUAAUAAAUGUUCCAGACUGCGUUCACACAUCUCACCUCAACACUACAAUGACUUUUUACCAUCAGCUGUCAGGAAAGAGUCCACAGAAAGUCUGGAGUGAAUAGUUGUGGCCCCACAUGCACCCAGCAGACAAUAAGGUGUGUUCGAAGAACUGUAGAUUCAUAAAGGAAAAAUUCCUGAAUCAAUCAAGCAGAACAAAGCACUGUAUACAUGGGGGCAUGCUGUUUAUGAGACCUGAGAGACAGUGAAGGACAAUUCAGGAAGUUGAAAUAAAAGGGAGUUCAGGCUCAGCACUUCUGCCAAUGAUUUUUGGCCAAUGACUGCUUUGUUUAGCUGGGCCGACCCGGCAUUGGCACCCACUGUCGUACCUACAGCCUGAUCCUGUUAAAACGAAUGAAAGACCUGUGGUUUUUCUUGCCGGGCUCAAGCUGGUCUAAAUUCACCCUACUGUAUUUUAACAGAAAGCAAAGCAGACAUACUAAAAGGUGAAUAGACAGGAAGACUGGAUGGUAGACAAUAAAACAUGUCUCCUAGUAGAAGCCAAGGAAAGCACAAAGCUGAUAAAGAACAUACUGUUACCCCAUAGGCUAAGUCAUAAAGUGGAGACAGAGGGAGGCUUGGACUCAUUAUGCGGUGGGAAAGCGAGGGCAGUGUGUGGUUCUGUGGUUGUAUCUUUGCAGUCUCAGCAAAAAACUACAGACUUAUUCAGCAGUAUUUGCCUGUUAAUGCUAUCAGACACACACUAACCCAAAGGGAUGCCAUUUGGUGUGGGCUGUUGUAAUAAGGAGAGACUAAUUCACUUUAGGUAACAGUUAAAGUACUGAAGUUCAACAUUUUUUUCACUGUUCAGCAUUUUUGAGCUAAUGGGAUAUCACAGAACGUACUACAAAAGAUUUUCUUAGUUUUUUAAAGAAUGAGUUCUCUCGUUUCAUUCUUCCAUUUUCAGUUUUAAUCCUGACAGGAAAGGAAAGUGAGAAAGAGAGCUUUAGCUCCUCUGAUCUGGGCCUUAGCUGUAGUGCAGAGAAAGACCAGCUUGCGAGCAGCAGGGCCACAGAUGUGCAGGAAUGUAGUGUAUUUAAAGUGUGCAUGUGUAUUUGACUGUUCACAUCUAGUUGUAGGAGUAACUGUGCAUGUGGUUGUGCAUUCAUAGCAUACCUUUGAUGUUCAAGGAAUGAACUUGCCUCGCUGCACUGGGAGCAAAGGUGAUAUAGUUAGAUUAUGGAUAGUUUAUUCUUUGUAUUAGUGCCUUAUGUACAUGUGUUAGAAAGCAUUUGGGUACUUGGGUAACCAUGUUUAUUUGUCUGUAUUUGACUUUUGGAGGCACCCUUAAACAUGACCAGUCACCUCACACCACUGCUAUCUUGUCUGGCACUAGUGACUAUUAUUACACUGGCUGGCCCAACCUACUGUAUACACACAUGGUAUUUCUUUCACAUACCGUAAUACAUACAAGCAUUAAUCUAGCUGUGGGAUACCUUACAAAGGGCUUAGAGAUUUGCACUGCUUUUGUCACCCAAUGUAAAGUUAUUAAUCCACUUUCAAUAAGGCCCUUGCCUGUAAAGUUCAACAAGCCAGUUGUUAUGUGAAUUUAUGUGCUUAAGUGCUUAUGUGCAGCUGCCUUGGUGUCUAAACUGAAUUUAACUUCAUCCUGAAACUUCAUCAAAGCAAAUGAAAAAGUAGAACCAGCCAAUCUAGAUGAGGCGAUAUAAAAAAUUGGCACCAAAAAGAUCUUUGUGAAAUAAGGAAACGCUUAAUUUUGAGGUCUGAGCACAGAGUUGUGGAGCAGCACAUGCCAGUAACAGCCAUCAGUUUGAAGUUCAUGUAGAUUUUACCCCAGUUGCCAAAUACAACUGUAAAGCCUCACAGGCAUUGUCGCACAGAAUCUAGCAGAGGACAGGGUGCCUUUUUUUAUAUAACAUUGAAGAAAACACACUUGAUGAUCAUUUUUCAAAUUGACCUCUAUAUUAAUAGUGUAAUAAAAAGUAUCAACAGAUGAAAGAACUUGUGCAACAAUGCCACACACUGGGGUAUUGAGCCAGCCUGAAUCCCUGCAGGGAGAAUUCCCUCAUCGCAACAGCAGCAACAAUAAGCAGAGGGAGUUUUCCACUUUGGAAUUGAUGUGCAGGCAGCAAGAAGCCAACUUGUCCAUUUAGCAAUUUAGUUCUGCAGCAGUAAAAUAAAGGAGUGUUUCGGUUCAUUCCCUGGCCAACACUAGUUACCUGACCGAUUGUGAUGUUAUAUUUUUAUUUGUUUAAUUAUUUCAUUUGACUGUACAACAUUUGUAAAAGGUGGUAUGAGAACUAUUACAAACAACAACACAAAAUCAAGAGUUUCUGUCCACAAUUCCUAGGCAGGAAGGGAGAUAUGACUUAAUGCACAUGGAGCAUGAAAAGCAUAGCCAUUAGUGAGCUAGUAUUUCCAUUCUUUACAUUUCUCUAAGUUUCUCAAAAGAAAAAGCACUGAAGACUACUUGUUUGCAAGAUGUUAAAAUCUCCAUCUUGCUGCCAGACUGGAUUGUCAUUUUGAGGACUGAGAAUCUCCACUGUCUGUACGCAGAAUUCCCCCUGGAGAGCAACUAUCCUUCAUUUUUAACACUGAAAACAUGUGCAAUGGAUGAUGACAGCAGGAACUCUGUGCUCCACAUUUUUUGGCCAAGGGCCUGUGUGUGAUGUUACAUAGCCAGUGAGAGCUCUCAUAAUUGUUCAUGCUUGAGGGUGCUUCCCGUAGUUAAGUUUUGAUCAAGUUUCAAACCACAACUACAGGACCUUACUGUCUGACAUAAUCUUUUUUCCUUUCAGGGAACAACCAGUUUCAGAGUUUUACUUUUAUUCUUCACAGAUUCUUGCACGAAAUUAGGCUGUCUUUACUGAGCAGUUGUUGUCAAAAAACUGUCAUGAUUUAGUUUUUGUGUUUUCCCCCUCUCUAUCUCUCCUUUUCUUUAAGGGCCCAACUGGUCCUCAUGGAAACCCCGGACAACCUGGACCCCCUGGCCCCAAGGUGAGUAGUCUUCAUUUGUUAUGAGACACAAACAGCUCACUGAGAGUGUUAGCCAAGGUUUCUGUUAGAAAUAAACAGCUCACUUUAGCCCAAGAAGACACAAGCCAGGAUUGGCCAUUGUGUUAAUCUUCUCCUUUAGUUUUUAGCCUUUGUUAAUCGAGUGAAAAAUCUAGAAUUUCUGGAUUUUUGUUUAGGUUUGUGUGAAAAAGGCAUACCACUAAGCUGUCAAAUGUUUGAGGUGAGAGAUGGGAGGAGGAGCCGCCCCAGCAAAUUUGUUAUCAUGGUUGCAUCACUGGAGACAACUCAAGCCAUGUUUGGCUUUAAUAUCUGCUUUACACCUCUCUGAUUGUGCUUGGACAGUUAGUCAAACAGCUGUGAAAAAGUUUUGACUUUUUUGUAAACAGCUGCAUCAAAUCAGUCAAUUUUAUUGUUCUCAGAGAUGAAUUGGAAAUGGGAUUUCAGUCCAGCUGCGCAGAUACUGGAUUUUGUCAUUAAGCUGAAAACAAUACCAUAAGAACACGACUUACAUUGAAUUCUUUAGUCUUGAACUGAAGGACAGUUCCUCUGGAUCAGAGAAUAAAACAGAAAAAAAUGACUGGCUUUAAGUGGGAAAACUGCCGUCAGGGGUUCACAAGCGUUAGCAAAAACAGUGUUUGCAGAAGAAACUAAAAGGGAACAGAUUAGAUGUUGGGCUAAAUUAUAUAUCACUCAACCCAGAGGUUUUCAAUCAUAGAAGUCCGGGCUCAUUAUCCAUGAGACUGUCCUAAUAUAAGAGGGGAAAAAAAGGCUCUUUAAAUAUCUGGUACUUUUUCUCAGUGUGGGUCCAGAUAUAAGGUAUACCGUGAUACAACAGAGUGAGGAUGUGGUCAGCUCCGUGCAGAUGGUUAUGGUAAGUGUGGUCUGGCAGCCAGCGUGACUACCAUACACCAUGUAAUCAGUGGGAGAGCUGUCAUGCUAUAGGAGCAGAAACAAAGACACGGGUUGUUUCCUUAGGGUAUAGCUCCUCAAUUUAAAUUGUUUUCAGUACAUAUAAAGUUGGAGAGAGAAGAGAAGAGAAAAGAUUGGGAAUGACUUUGCCUACCUCAGUCUGAGCGUGCAAAGACAAAAAUGAUUAUUUUCUUUAUCAGUCAAACAGGAGACAGAUGGACAAGUUCUGUGUUACCUCUAACUUCCCUGGAACAGUUGGUCAUUUUGAAAUAUGGCCCUCCUGCUUGCUUGCUGUUCCCCUUGCCUAUACACCCACAGUCAUGCACACACAUGCACAACCCCAACCAGUGUAUCUAAUACCGUAGUGGUCUGUCGAUGAGUCACUCUCACACCCCCAAACCCUUUGUGAAGGCGGGAUACGGAUUAAGCGACUCUUUGUCUGAGUUUGGGAAAACUUCCACUGUUGAAAUGUGUUUGGUUACUAGGAUGUACACAAAGGACUAAAGUCCCUACUGCUGAGCUUAGUUGACAUGUGUUUUGGGCUUAGUCUGAGAUGUUAUGACGAUUCGCUUGCCGGAUUUUAAAGCUUCUUUCACGCCGCUUCAUGCCCUGCUGACUUUUUGUCAAACAAACCAAAAUCCUGGUUUUAUGCUGUAUUAGAAUUUCCGCUCUUGAACCCUCCAGCUCCUCUUUCGCUCACUGGUUGUGGGUCAAAACUAUGGAAACCUGAUGCUUAAUAACCAAGAGGGUUGUGAUUUUUUUGGUGCAGGUAGAGAAAAACAUAGAAAUGACUGUGAAAACAUGGGGAGAAUAGAACAUUAUUGUUGUUUUCUUAAUUCAUGACCAACAAAAAGGUUUUAUGACCCUGAUUAACACCUGCUGUUUUGAUAGAGAUGACCCAGAUGCUCUGGCUGUUGAACUCUGCUACUGCUGUUCUGUGGAAAUGCACUUUACAGCUCCAUUCUGGCACACUCUUUGACACACUCCUCUUGUUAUUCACCUUGUGGGAAUCACACAUGUGGUCCAAGAUGACUCAGAUAGUCAGGAAAUUUAAUCUGAAUCCUUAUCCAUUGUAUUUCCUCUCCAUUGUAUUAUCUUGCCUGGUCACUGCAGCAGAUAGUGAGUUACACAUUGUCAACGAUUUCUGAAAGAGGCCUUAAUUUGAGUCAUAAAGCAAUGCUAGCUGUAGCUAUUUUCCUUAAUUGAUCUUCUUUGGAAAUUUCAGUGAUAAAUUAUCAAUAGAUUUUUCUCUGUGACAAAACAACAACGAACAUGCUUUUACCCUCAUUGUGAAGCUUUAUUUUCUGUGGAAACAUAAGGCACGUAACUGACAGAAUUACACAGGUACAGAGCAAAGAGGCAUCUAAAUUGUGUAGUACAUGACAUGCGCACAUUAUUAGGGUGAAAAGAGUAGAGAAACUGAAGUCUCUGACACAGAAAUUGAGGUGCCCCUGAAUGAAGGUCAGAGAAAACAUUUAAUUUGUCUGUUAAAGCAGGAGGGUUUAAAAAAACUUUGUUGCUCAAGUGGUUCCUCAGCAGUCAUCAGGUGAAACAGCAGUUUCCCUCUCUCUCUCUGAUAUUAUUACAUAGAUGUGAAUGUAAGUUUCAUUGUAGGGCUGGGCGAUAAACUGAAAUUUACCGAAACCAAAAUUUACAGCAAUAACCAAUGUCAUUUUGCCCAUAUCGGUAUAUUCAGUGUCAAAUGAAUGAAUAAAUCAAAGUUGGUUUUGAAUAUGUGUAGGUAGGCUAUGGUCUCAUGUCUCUUGAAGACGCUGUCCUACGUUGGAGUUGUGACUCCACCCCAUCCAGUCCAUAACAAAGAGGUAAAGACAGGUCAGGAGAUGGAGGACAGUUCAAAAGUUGUAGCGGCGGCUGAAGUUGAUGAAGUUAAUGUGGGAGGGAGUGAGCAGCUAGUGGAGUAGUUAUCGUCCAUUUAUCAUUAUUGAGGUGAACUGCUCAAUUUACCGUGAUAUUGAUUUGAGGCCAUAUUGCCCAGCCCUAUUUCAUGGUGUUGGUUUUAUUAUAGGCAGCUUGUCCUGACUGAUUGUGAUAAUGUGUUAUGAUUGUAUAAGUGUUGUCUGUGUUAGACAUUACUGAAAUUAGCGAAGAAUUAAUUUUUUUAUUCCACUUUUUAAACAAAGUUCAGAGGUAAAUCUAUUUUGGCAUCCGUGACAAGUUUCAGUACUUUGUAGUUUCAAAGAAAGUUGUGGGGGUGGUCUGCUUAUUUUCACACCUGGUCCAGGGUUUGUACAGUCUCAUACCUCCUGGCUUGUGCAUUAAAAAGAAAUCAAAUCCAAGUACACAGCUGCUGUACUUACACAUGAGGUCUUUGCUGUUUAGAAAUACCUCUUUGUUAAAAGUCUAAAAAUGACAUAAUACAAAAUGAAAUCAUUAAAGAACAAUUAUAUUUGUUUAAAAUGAUGCACCCACUAAGUAAUGGAUUGGAGAUGAAAUGUCCCCUUUUUUCUGUUCCAGGGCUCUAAGGGGGACCCGGGUUCUUCACCGGGCCAGGCUCCACCAGGAGAGAAGGUAAAGAAUCUUCUUAGUCUCAGUUUCCUUAUAGGUAAUCUUAUUAUUUUUUGAAUGUGUUUCUCCUCUGUCCUCUUCUCUUAGAGAUGUAUAAAUAGUGUAUUUUGUAGAAUUCUUCUGAUAAAUUGCCUCUUGUUUAUUUGUUGGGAUUCUUAGUCAAUUGAGUUGAUAGUCUGGUUUCCCUCAUCCAAUCUAAUUCAUGAAGGAACUUCCUUUUAACCCGCUCUCUGCAUUCCUGACUCUCUCUAUUAUCAAUGAUUUGUCAGGCGUCACCACAGCUGGUUUCUCUUACUAUCUGCUCAUCCUUGUCUCUUUCCCCCUUCAACCAUCAUCACAGUAAUGAUUUUCCAGAGCAGCACUCCUACAUGUCUUGAAACAAUUAGGCUCCAAAAGCAUCUAUCUCUCUUCAAGUUUAAAUCCUCUUUGCGCUCAAAAAAAAACUUAUCAGAUGUCAUAAUUUAUGGAGAUUAAAACUAAAUUUGUAACAUGUGACUUAUUUAUCCAACUUUAUCCUGAUGUCAGCCACAGAAAUAAUUUCGAACCUCUCAUCGAUCUUCAUAAGUCUUUCACUCUGAACCGGUCCUUAGCUUUGCAUCCCUUAUCUCAUCUCAUGUCCCGUAUGUUAUUCUCUGAAAGUUACACAUAUGUUUUUUAUUUGAAUCAGCUCCAGACAUUAUUUGUACAAAUGGACACUGUAGCGGUAAUGGAAGAACACUUAUCAACAGUUAGUAUCUUCCUCAUAUGGAAAAUGUGCCAUUUCCCUCUUACAGUGUACAGUGUUUGGAAGUUAGAGGCCUAUAGAAGGAUGGACUUGGCAGAAAUGGAAUGUAAAUUUCCUAUACUAGUUAAAAUAAGUUCACAAUCAGCUGAAUAUAAAAAAGAACAUUUUGAAUUGAGUUAACUUUGAAUGAGCCUUUUGUAUCUACAUAAGUACCAGGUCCUCUUGCAUUAAGGCUGCCAUAUUGCAAAACCAUGGUUUCUACAGUUUAGCAGAACAGACAAACUACUGAUGAUCAUGUGCGUGUUUUUAACAAGUGAGUGGCCAUCCAAAAUGUACCGAUUGGAUGAUAAAGAAGAAGGAGAGAGUAGUUGUGUACACAGACUUAUUUAUAUUGAUAGGAAUUAUUGUUGGGUAAAAAGUUAACAAAUGGGGGAUUAAAAAAAAUCAAAAAUUUGAGAUUAGAGUCGAAAUUUUGACCUAAUUCACGUAAUUUCAUUUUUUUAAAUCUCAAAAUUUCGACUUAAAUGUCAAAAUGUCGCUUUUUUUCAUUUCGACUUUUUAAAAUUUUGACUUCAUAGCCAGUUUUUUGCAUUCAUUAUUUUAAAGUCUGAUUGUUGAUGCAGUGACCUCCUCCCAAAUUGUUAUACUGUGUUUUGUUGACCUCUUUUUAAUUUUAUAAUAGGGUGACAGAGGUCCACCAGGUCUGCCCGGACAGGAUGGAUUUCCAGGUCCACCGGUAAGAUCUAGUUUGUUUAACAACCUGUUUUUUUUACUAUAAGGUGUUGCUGAAGACAGCAGUGGGUUUUUAUAUGAUAUGCAUACAUUUAACACAUUUUGCUGACUCAGCAUAUGUUUAAAGAGUCUUUGAAUUAAAUCUUACAACCUGAAAGAGCCUGUUUGGGUCCAGGACAAAGAGAGUAACACACUAAUACAGUAUAUAAUUUGUUUAUGCCAGGAAAUAGUUUAUUUAAGUGUCAAGGUCAUGCUGGCAAACACGAUUGAGCAGUUUUCUUAUCAGGGAUUUAUUUACAGGCUUUUUGCCUAAAGCUGGAGAGAACAGGACAGUGGACAGAGUAGGAAAUGGAGAGAGAGAGAAAGAGAGAGUGACAUGUAGGGAAGAAGCCACAGGCUGGAAGUGAAUCCGGGCUGACUGCUUGAGGUAUAACCUCCUUACGAGGCCAGUGACACCCCAAUUACACAGUCUGAUCUCAUGUCCACACACACAGUAUCCUCACCGUGUUAUUUCUCCAGUGUUAGCCAAAGACAUCAGCUGAGGCCUUUUGUAUCUUCAGUCCAAGGUAACCCCUCCAGAGAUGGUCUGCAGCUCAUCCAGCUCUCUGCCUGUCUUCACUCUUCCUGUCUUUUUUAUUUCAGUAGAAAGAAACGUGAUGACAUAUAUACACAACCCUCUCUUGCAACUUAACCUCAUCUGCGUUUUUCAUGCCCUGUCCUCUUCUUUUCCCUGACUUUGCAUACCUCUGUCUCCUGCUAUAAAUGCCUGUCUCUGCCACUGUCCCCCCUGUCUCAGUCAGAGCUGUAGAGAUGACCCUAGUUCUGUUUCACUUCAAACUCAUGUGCUUUGAGGUCAUGGUCAGAGUUCAUCCAAAAGAGGAAAGGUACCCUGCCAUGGGGUCUGGGGGUCAAUGACAUGCACAAUAUCCCAUGCUUCCUCAGGUCAGCAGUUGUCACUGUAGAGGAAGGAGAAUUUCACAGCUGAACCCUGCUAUCAAUAAAACGAAGAUCGCUGGGAAUCUUUUUUUGCAACAGAUAAAAUCACAGGCAGACACACGUCCUGCAUUCGCUCACUUAGGGCUUGUUUUUAUGCCAGUAUGUUAACUCUGCGCUCCUGUGUUUGACAUGACAUUAAAUGAUACAGAACAGACAUAAUCUGUUAUACGUUUUUGUACUGCAGCCAACGACAUAGAGCAGUUGUCAGUUGUUCAGGUAGCAUCUUAUUGAAGCUUCAAGGCUGGCCUCCACAUUGCUGGCCUUCACCUAAGCCUCCCAGGAGGCCAUCCCAGUGUUUGCAGUAGCUGAACCUUAUAUAUAUCCAGCAGAUGAACUGUGGCCCUUCAAGUAUUUUCAGAGGAAAUGACUGGCUCGGGGCCUGUGCUCUUUACUCUCAAGUGGGUCUUUUAUUGAGUGUGAAGGUUCAUGUGUCACAACCUCGGAAGCACAUGGCAGAGCCCACUAAGCUGUUCAAGACCAUCUCACGCUGACCCGAAAUACUGACCUGGCCCUGACCCUUUGUUUUGGAGUUGUAAACAGCUGUUGUUGGUAAACAUGUCAAAAGCAAGAAAUAAAAGCACCAAUAACAAAACUAUGGAGCCAGUUUGGUGUAUAAAAGUUAAUUAAAUGUGGACUUUGGCUGUAGCACAUAAGUCAUGUUGGAACAGAGUAAGCGAGCUGUUAAUCUAAUUGAAGUUUUUAUGUAUUAAUAUCUUGAACAUUUCCAAAUACUGGUCUGAUCCCGAAUGGGACACAGCUGGUAACUGGAGACACCACUUAGACAAAAGUUAUAAUCUGGUUUUGAUGUAAGAGUUUUUUUUCAAAUUGAGAUUUAUAUAUUGAAAUAAAGUUUUAUUUUUAUGUACUUUCAAUCUUAACCCCCUUCACGUGAAUAACACACAACCAUCAGAUGCAUUUUUUCUUUUUUUUACUAAGACGCAACAUGCACCUGAAAUAUAAGAUAAGAUAAGAUGUUCCUUUAAUAGUCCCACGGGGGGAAAUUCAAAAUUUCAGCAGUAUUGUACAGAUACAAAAAGAGAAAAUUAAAGGAUAUAGAAACUUAGAUAUCUCAAAUAUCAGACUUAGACUAACUAACUUAGACUUACUUAUAUAUCAGCCAAGCCCAAGAACAAAUGGCUAAUUCUGCCCAUAUCUUCUCGAAUAAAAACGUCCGAUUUGUACCUACCUGACACCUGCGGACUUACACAGAUUUUUUGAAAGUAUUUUUAAUUCUAUAUUUCAUCAUUUUCAUUGUCAACACUGCCAUACCAUAGAUACACAAUCAUGCCAAAAAGCUUGAUGGAUGUGGUUUAACUUCAGCGCCACAAUGCAAGGGUGUGUGAAAGCCAUUGUUUAAUGACCACAUGUUCACAUUUCUUGUAGGGACAUUAUCAGGCCUCAAGUUUAUCAUAAGUUUAUCAAGUUAAACACGUCUUAGCCAGUGGCUGACUUGGAUGCUCGAUAGAAAUAUACUAAAAAAAAUGUGUUGUCUUCUUUUAAGGGUCCUAAAGGUUAUCCAGGACCAUUUGGACCAUCAGGAGAUCCAGUAAGUUUUGAUGUGCAUGUAUGUGUGUGGAUUUGUUUUUGCGUUUUGCCGUAGCAAUAAGCACAUUUCUGUCAACUAAAAAACCUCAAAGUUGAGAAUUUGAGAUAAAAUUUCAUGUGAUAUAAAUAUUGCUGUGAUGUGUUUUAGUGCCCUCGUUAAUAAAGAGUCAUCUGCCUUCAGCUAAAUGGAAAAGUGAGAAGAACUCUUCUCAUACCUGAAACUUAUAUUUUGGUCGGAACUGUUGUACCGAAUAUCAGCUGAGUAUGCAGAAUAUUGUAAAAUAGUUUUAUUUCCUUUUAAGCAUCUACAAUUUGUGUGAAGGAAAAAAAAUACAUUUAUUUAGAUUAUGCUGUGGAAGAGCAUCAGUUGAACGUUGGUGGAAAACAAUGACAGGAUGAUCAGUUCAGGAAGGGCUGGGCUAGAGGGGAGCAGAAAAGGUACAGCUUAUAGACUGGAUUGUCAGAUGGAGACUUUCCAGAGUGAACAGUGCUUGUUUUAUUCUUCACCUGGCAACAGUAGCAGAGGUCUGUGUGUCUCCUUUUUCACUUUAUCCAUGCAUCUAAUCUCCUUAUUCACUGUUCAUUCAUUCUCUGUCUCCCUGCUGCAGGGCAUACCAGGACCUCCUGGGGAAGCAGGGGCUGCAGGUUACCCUGGCAGGCAGGUGCAGUGAAAAAUAGACAAAUCCGCUUCCAGUUCCUCCAUCGUUCCUCUGACAUUUUUCAUUGUUCUGUUAAGAUAUCUGCAAAAAACACACAGUAAUUAUAACUACAUAAUACCCACUGCUUACAGUUUGUGAUGCACUUUGUUAUGUAAUAAAGUGAAGGAAAUCAAUUUUUCCACGAAGGCUGAUUAAAAACAAACUUUUUGCAGGAAUACAGCUGAUAAUGAAACUCUUUAAUUUUCGAUAUUAUUCCCCUGACUACCUUUAUGUUUGAGUCUGCAGACUUUACAUAUGCACUGCCUGCUCUGUAAGAAUACAGUAAAAUCAGUUUUUGUCCUUUUAGUUGUCAAGCUCAUAGUAUUUCUCUCGUCAGGCCUUUAGGUGUCAAAUGUUUUUAGCUUCCCUUCAUGUGUAAAUAACUGAGCUUGAAUCUAUUGUUAUGAUAGACUCUUUCUUUUGUUACAGGGCUCAGCAGGUCCAGAAGGUAACCCAGGGCCUAAAGGUGUCCGUGUAAGUACAAGUACCUUUCUACUCUCCUUCUGCCCUAUUUUCUUUUCAGCAGCACUGGGUUGAAUACUUCAUUUCCUGAAAGGAUUAGGACAGUGUCAGGCUGUCAGCCCUCCUCCAGAGAGACUGCCAGGGAUCUGUGUUGUAUUUCUGUCAUGCUACCUGAAGUGAAACUGCUUGUGUGGGGGCUGGUUCAGGGAACUGUGUCUCUAAAAGGCUGGCUGGUUCUUUUUACUAUAGUUCAUUCAUCAGCAAGCAGGACUGUCCUAAAAAAAGACUAAGAAAAGAAAGAGGGAGGUAAGAUAGACACAGAGAUGGAAGACAGAAUAAAAGCAGAAGGAAAGGGUCAAAUGAGCUUGUGUGAAAAGAGGCUUUGGUGGGGCGUUGCGGCUCAGGGAAACAAGAUAGCUGGGACUAAUGCUCUGAGACAGAGUGAAAAAGAGUUAGAGUAAUGUUGAGAUAUGAGGAAACAAAAAGGAAUGAGGGAGGAACAGGGUUCAGCCGAUUGCUGAGACUACGUCCUGUGCCAAUCUGAGAAACUUUCAGCCAAGGUGUUGCUACCUUUUGUUUUCUUUCCUAGAGGUACUGCACAGAGGCUCAUUUGUGAUGUUUGGACCACUUUAUUUUUGAUGUAUGCUAGCCUGCUGUGCACUGCCAGUUAUGAUAUGGCAAGCCUUUACUUGUAAUGGUUGGCACAUCCAAAGUUAUUACAACACCUCAAGUAUAUGCAAUGACUCGCAUGUGUUGGGUUAAUUCACUGCACGUGUUUGGCAAAGCCUACUCAUGUUGGUUUUGAAACAGUAAACAAAUACCACAACAGUUGGGAAGCACAAAUUUCCAUCCAAAACUGAUAUACAGCAGCAUAAGGAAAGCCGCACAAGGAAAAUCCUGCCAGUAUUUAAUAGUGUUGUGAACCAUGAUGGUUUUAAAGUACUGUAAGAAUUUGAUUUGCAAAUGUAAAGGCACCAAUGAUAAAAUGUGUAUUUUGUGUAUAUAUAUUUAUUUUAGAUAAUAAUGCUAACUGCUUUAAUCAGGGAAGUGACAGUGAGAUGUAUGACAUAGGGCGGGGCGAUAUGGCCUCAAAUCAAUAUCACGAUAUAUUCAGCAGUUCACCUCGAUAACGAUAAAUGGACGAUAACUACUUCAUAAGCUGCCCACCCUCUCCCACUUUAACUUUGUCUACUUCAGCGGCUACAACUAUUGAACCGUCCUGCAUCUCCUGGGGGUGGGGUCCCCAGGAAAGCGUCUUAAAGGGACAUGAGACCAUAGCCUACCUACACACAUCCAACACCAACUUUAUUUAUUUAUUAUUUUGACACUGAAUAUACCGUCAUUGGCAAAAUAACUCUUAUUAUUGUUGUAAAGUUGGAUAUCUGUAAAUUUUUGGUUUAUCGCCCAGCCCUAGUAUGACAUUACACUCAUGAUGGGGAGCUCUGUGAACACUGAGGUAAAACAGCUGACACCCCCCAGGGUGUUUUUGGGCUUAAAGUGCUAGACUGUAUUGGUUUUGUAUUAAGAACUGGUGCUGCCUGUGCAAAAAGUGCCCCAAGUGGACAAAGCCCCUUAAGAAACAAUACUUGUACCAGUAAAGUGACAACAGAUUGAUUCUUGUUGAUUUAGCUACAGGUUAAUUCAGGGUCACAGUCACAGAUAUGUCUGAGACACUGAAUCGCACUGUUUCAAAGCUUGUUUAUUAUUGUUCAGGUUUGUUCAAACAGUGUUGUGAUAUGAAGUGUUGCUUGUUUCCAGGGUUUCAUUGGGCCUCCUGGAGUUGCUGGACCACCGGGGUUGGAGGGGGAGAGAGUAAGUGAUGUCUCUCUAAUAAUCACUGCACGUGGCAAAUAUCAAACGUGCUAUUCAGCAGACAAAGCUUUAGUUCAGUUUAUUGCUAAAUGGUUAGGAUACAAAAAAACUGAGCCAAGUGUAUAUUUUCUCAUUAGGCCAGGCUUUACUCAUGUCUUGAGUCUUGUGGGUUUAUGGUUUUAAGGAAGACCUGGUCUUUAUUGUUUUGUCAUGACUUGCACACAUCAUUUUUGCACAUGCCAAUGGGAAUAUUGUGUUAAUAAGACAAACAAUGGAUGAAUCCCGGCUUACACUGGAUCAUACUGUAUUAUAGUGUAUACAUGAUCUCACUGAGCUGAUAGGAAAACAGAUCUCCUACAUUCUUUUCAGAUAGAUCUGUAGGGUUGAAAAGCGGUGCCCUGUCAGUCCUCUACAAAGGGAGUCUUUGAUUUUAUUCCAGUGACCCAACUCGAAUUCUCUGGCAGAAUGCCCCAGAUUUAGUAAUUUAUGGACAUGCUUUUCUUUUUCAGGGGAUACCCGGUCCAGUUGGAAAACCUGGUCCCAAAGGAAGACAUGUAAGACAUGCUUAGAAAAUCAAGCUGGAAAUGUGUGCGGGAAUGUAUUUUGGCAUCGAUCCUGGGAUGCUUGUUCCAAGGUGGCAUCAAACAGAAAGCCCUGUUAGAUUAAGAGAUCAACAGAUGGAAUGUCAAGGUUGGGCCCUCACACUUAAAAAGUCAAUGUCUUAAAAGGAGCUUCAGCUUCUCUCUUUUGAGGUUGCCAAGCAGGCAAGCAGCCCAGCGUGUUUCAUCUUUUUAUUUCUUCUGUAUAAUUGAGCAAUGUCUGGCCAGCUUGAUCCAAGUCUGUGUCCACAGGGCAAUUUUAAUCCAGUCCAUAAGCUCACCUUUACACUAAUUAAGUCUGCUACAGCAUAAAUACAUAAUUGGACUCUUGUUACCAAGAGCUAAAGUGCCAAACCCUUUAAAUGGAGGGCAUGAUUGGUGGUGAUUUCCCUGAUGUUCCUUGACUAAAUGUGGAUGUACUUCUCUCACAGGGAGUAGUGGGAGAUGUAGGGGAGAGGGGACCACCUGGUCCAGAUGGCAAAGAGGUGAGAUUUCUGGUCAUAUUUCCUUUAAAUUCAGCUGUCCCCUUCUUUUGUCCUGAGUUUGAUAAACCUUUGUUUCCAUCCUGUCCUCCAUCCCCAGGAGGUUGUUUUAAUUCUGUUUGUAACUUUUCAUCUAUGACUGUUUGUACAAAAUGUGCCUUUGCCUGUUUCGUACAUAAACUGAUCUACAGCAACAUGAUAAAGCCAUUAAGUCAAUUCUAUAUAUGUUUUUAUGCAUGUUGAGGUAUUUCCUCCCCCACUUACAAAGUUAGUAAUACAAGGACACCCUCCACAAAAAGACAUUAUAUGAAUAUGACACCCAAAACUAUUUACACAAAGUAUGAUGUCUGUUUCUGACCAAAAAAUGGUAAAUUUUAAUAGUAAUACAGGAGAUGGGUGGCUCAGUUCAGUUCACCUCACACGACUUCAUGAAUCCCCUUGCAUUCUGGCAGAGACUGUAAGACUAUACUGCCAGUGUUUUGUUUUUCCAAGUUGGAUUUCUUUGCAGCUUUGAUUAAUCAAAUACUAUUAUCUCAAAUUAAGCGUGGUUACAUACUUUAUCAUCUCAAAUAGAAACAUUAAUAUUGCAUAGAGUAUAUAGCAGGUUGCAGUACUGUUAGUGUCUUGUAUACUAACGAUUUUGCUGUGAUGUUUUGCAGGGGCCUGUUGGCGGGACUGGAAUUAGUGGCUUCCCUGGUCUGAGGGUGAGUUUCAGUUUUGUAACAUUAUUACUUUAAUGAUGUUUGACAUUUCCCACGGCGGUUACACACCAUGUUUGAUCUGUCAUUCACUCGGCUCACACUUUUACUCACAGCAGUAGCUUAAUUGUUCCUGUGAAUGACAGCAACUACCAAAUUAUGAGCAAUCCACUGGAUAUAAAAGAGAUGAAUAUUCUAAAGUUAGGACUCAGGAUUGAAAUGUUUUGGCUGCUCUCCAUAUAUAUUUAACAGUACCUGAAAGAGAUAAAAAAGAGCUCAAAAUUUGUUAAAUAUAUUUAUUUCUUUUUAUCACAGAGGACAGAGCUAUGGUUGGUUUCUAUGUUAUAUCAUUUUGAAUAUUAUAUGGGGCAACUGUAGGGCUGAGUGAUAAACAGAAAAUUUACAGAUACUGAAAUUUACGACAAUAACCAACAUAAUUUUGCCCAUGUCAAUAUAUUUGGUGUCAAAAUAAAGAAAUAAAUAAAAGUUGAUUUUGGAUGUGUGUAGGUAGGCUAUGGUAUAUCGUGAUAUAUCUUGAUAUUGGUUUGUGGCCAUAUCGCCCAGCCCUAGGCAACCGUAUUUAAGCCCUAAUGUUAUUUCUCAAAUUUUAAGCAUUAACUUAAUUACCUCAAGCAUCCUUUGAUCAGCAUUACUGAGGGUUAACAUGGCAGACUAGUUUUCUGAUGACCUCCCAGUGAAUAAAACUGUGUGAAAAUUGCAUCACCUACACUAGGAUUGUUGAGACUGCCUGUCUGAGUUGAUUUUUUUUUCUUUUGGCAUAUCCAAAUCUUGAUUCGUCAUGUCAGUAGACCUUCAUUAUACGCAACAGAUUACAUCACUCUGGAUAUUUUCAUUGACAGUAAAAUGAUUUUGUUGCCUUUUGAAGGAUACACAUAGCAUAUAAUAUAUGAAUAAUGACUAAAAGUUCCAUGACUUCUGUAGAAACUCUGUGGUGUAUUGCUGCAGAAGUUUAAUUGUUCAUUUCAUUCUUUAUCAGUGUCAGAAAUGAUCUCAUAUGUUAGGUUUUCUCACCACGUUGCUCACAGUUCCUCAGAAUGAAGCCAUCAUAACCACCUGGGUGGCUCUGUCUUAUUACUUCAGUGAAGACUGUCACAGGGCAAAUAGAGAGCACGCUGUCUUUUUACUGUGGAAUGUACAACCGCUGAAAUGUCUUCGUUUUCCAUGGCCUCUAAAACACCCCCCAGUACAUGUCAGCAAAAUGGAUACAACUGUAACCUACACCAUCCCUGUGCCAUCAUUUCAAGCUUCAUUUACACUCGUUAGCUGUCCUCAUAGCGUGGGGAUUUAUUGGGGUGUUUGAAGGGUCACUCUGUGUGUGCCGGACACAUCUGGAUAGAUGGGGCUUCACUUCACUUCUGGCUGUAAUUUAUCUUUACUGCAGGCUCAGACCUAAAGCAUGUAGACACUAUCUCAUUCUCAUUCACAGUUUUCAUUUACAUGUACUCAAAAGGUAUUUCCCUCAGUUGGUCACAUUUUUUGAUAGUUAAGUAAGAGAUAAAUAUAAGCAAAUAAUUUUCAUUUGUUUUAAAAAAUAUUUCUUGGUUAUGUGAUCUUAUAAAUUCUAACUCAUUCUUGAAAAAAUUGGUUUGGAUCUACUUCGUGUUCUUAUUCUAGGAGAUGUUUUGAAGUGACUAAUUUCCUAAUCAUGUAUGCUUGGAAAGCUGACAUCCGACUGACAACUUUGUCUCAAUUCUUUCGAGAUCAUAUCAAUACCAAUCUGUGCUGCGCUCUGAGAUGCCAACUCUCAUCAGUGCUUGUUUACAUCCAGGUAAUACAGCGUUAUGACACUAUGGCAGAGGCUGUUUCAAAGCUGGUGGCUGGAUCACAGCUCAUACCCAUUGUAGGGCUGGGUAAUAUGGCCUCAAAUCAAUAUCAUGAUAUAUUGAGCAGUUCACCUCGAUAACGAUAAAUGGACAUUAACUUCGUCUACUUGAGCCGCCGCUCCAGCCGCUACUACUUUUGAACUGUCCUCCAUCUCCUCACUUGUCUUUCCCUCUUUGUUACGGACUGGAUGGGGUGCAGUCAGGUCUCUGACGUAGGACAGCAUCUUAAAGGGACAUGAGACCAUAGCCUACCGACACACAUCUAAAACCAAACCUAAUUAAUUUUUUUUUUCCCCACAGAAUAUACCGAUAUUUUGGUAUUGGUAAAUUUUCGGUUUAUCCCCCAGCCCUAACCCAGUGUAUGAUUGGUAUUUCAGGCCCACAGUCAUACAAAUAUAUCUAAUUCAUUUAACUGACCAAUAAUUCUGGUGCCAGCUAGGGAUGAUGUCUGCAGUCUCUAGACCAACCAGUUAUGGCAUUUUUCAUCAGAAGAGUGAGUAUUUUCUUCGUCCACAGAUGAGGGCAUCUCAUGUCUUAGAUCUGACUGGUCUUGGAGUUACACAGUGAGGCACAGAUUUGCACACAUGCACACACAAAUGUGCAGCACAUGUUAAAGCUCUCUUACUUGGUUAGCCGCAGGUAUGCUGUCCUGUUGUGUAUUUAAAACUCAGACUUUUCUCACACCCUGUUGCCUCCUUCAAAGAGGAGGUUGUGUGACGCCAUUUGAACCAUCAUGUUUUCCAGCUAACCCUGUGUAACAUUUGUAAAUAAUCGUGUAAUGAAAAGAUCAUGAAUUUCAUAUUGUAUGUGAAAUUUAAUUUAAACUUGGUAUGUCCAAGGAAAGCCCAUAUUCUCAAAGCUAAAUAAUGAUGAUAAAAAAUAAUACAUUACAGAUGAUGUGGUGAUGACUUGUUUUAGUGUUUGCUUUAUAUUCAGUCAACUGUUCUGCUGUGUGAUUUUGAUGCACACAUAUGAUUUCUAUAAUAAAUAGAGAAUUAACUUAAAUAUGAAAUCCACAUCCUAAUCCUAAAAAAAGUGUUUUAGAUUAGAUUAGAUAGAAAUUUAUUGAUCCCUUUAGAAAGGUUUCCUAAGGGAAAUUAGAAUUUGACUCACCCCCCGUUGUCAGUAGCUUUUAAGCUGCGCGCACUCAUUUAUUAAAGACAGUUACACAAAGUUCACAUUUUAGUUAAGUAAUCAGAAAGAGAGCAGAAACAGAACAGCAAGUGUCCGUCCUGGUAUGCACUUGAUGUCUUUGCCAGUGUGUGACUCAACAAAAUGUGAUGCAGCUAGACGCUCGUUUGCAGGCUGCAUGUAGAGCUACAGGGGAGGUGCAGACAAAAACAUUUGUUUGACUUUUAUGGUCUUUUUUGAUCCUCUUACUGCAGAUAGAGUUCUCAGUCAUUUCCAUGUGAUUUAGUCCGCAUAUCAUAUAAUCUAUUUGUCUUUUUAAUCAUUAAGUUUGUAAAAUAAUCUUGUAUUUAGAGAAUUGCUUGCAUGUUAAGUCAAAAUUUCUCUGGCCGUUAUGUUGAAACAAGAGGUAUAGGAAUGCAAAAGUCUGUUUUUUGUCAAGUCCCCUAUCAAUUAUCCUGGGAGAAAGUGGUUUGAAUAAACUCUCACCACCUGGCGGUCAGGAUUCAUCUUGACUUCAGUUUGAGUCACGCCUCUGUAUGGGAUGCCUGUGUACCACAUCUCUUCAGCCAGGCAUCGGAAACCAGAGUUUUGGGGGUCAAGUCUUGAGCUUAUCUCCUCCUCUUGUCAUUUUUUAUGUGUUCUUUGUUGAAGGCCUCUUUUGAUGGAGCACAUGUGAUUUGUGUCAGCAAAGCGGCAGUUAUCAAACACCAGCCCUGGAGGAUCCAGAUGGACCUCUAGUUUAGGCCAUAUGUGCAUGAUGACAUAAAAUCAAGUCAUGUUCCUUAACUUGUACUUUUUUUCGUCCUUACGUUAUUGAUUAUUUGAAUGGAAGAUUGAGCUCAUAUGAUCAAAAAUGAAGUCUCAGGCCUGGCUGUCAAAGGCGGCUGUUUUUGCUUUUGAUUGGUUUGACAAAAUACUUUCCUCCAUCUUUAGUUUUGCCUCCUUUUAGCUCUCCCGCAACCUCAAAGGGAAGAAAUCAAACAGGCAGGCUGUCUGGUUACUUCGAUAAAAUGUUUAACAUCAUCAAAGGAAUCAUGCCCAUUUACUCUAAAAGUCUAUAAUUAGUCAAAUGUGCAUCUGCGUGACUCUUACAUAAGUGCAUGUGCUUGCACACACUUGGUCUCUUUUAUUUUCACCACAGCAUCUUUGAUACUGGUGUGACUGGAGCAGUCACAGAUUCUCUAUCUCAGCUGCCACAAUUUACUUUAAGACUUCAUGUAAAGUUUUUUUUUCUCUUCAGCUCCGUAUUCUCACUUUACAUCUGCCAAUCAGUGCUGAUGAUGUGGCCUGGCAGAAGUAAGUAGAGCCAAGCCCAAACCUAAACAGCAUAAGUGGUUACACUGUCAGCUUAGUACAGUUGUGACAGAGAUGAAUGCUACGUGGGCAGUGUUGAGGAUGAGGUUGCACGACAAAUCAGUCAAUGUUUUCACAAUGCGAGCCUUUACAAUAAACACAACUCAAACGUCACCGCUCAGUUCAUAGGAAAAAAUACUUAAUGUCAUUAGUAAAUGCUCUCUUACACACUUUUGGAUGGAUGUCUGGAUAUAAAGGCAGCUGUGGCUCAGUGGUCGAGUCAGUCGUCUCUCAAUCAGGCUGGGGGUUUAAACCCAAGACACCCUGUCUGCCCAAACUGGUGUGAAUGGAGUUAGUCAAAACUUGUGGUGCUUUUUGUAGCAGUCUCUGCCGUCUGUAUGUGAAUGUGAUGUAAAGGUGAUGUGUAAUGUAUAAGUGCUUUGAGUGGUCAGAAGACUGAGUGAGCCAUUUACCAUUACUUUCACAACAUUUCGAUGCAGUUUUGAUAAAGCUACUAGCUGCAUAUAGAAUGGACGCUGUCUGCCUCCUCGCUGGGUGAAGCCACUGCGAGAACAGCACCCUCUGGUGACGGGCUGCAGUAUAGGUCAUAAAUCCCUCCCCCUCGAGCAAUCCCUAUGGAGUUGUGGACAAACUUUAGAAAUUUAUUACACAGAAUACAAAUUUUUCUCCCCCCUGCUUGCAAUGUUGACACAUAGUUACUGUAAGACUGGUUUGUGCUCAAGUCCUUUUUUUUCUGUACAGCUCCAUUUUUAAAAGUUAUUAGGGGGUUCAUGUUUUCUAUGACUCACACUUGAUACAGCCUAUGGGCGUACGGAGAUUGCGUAGCUCACCUUGGGGAUACGCUGUUUAAGCUGUGCAUCAUCACGGCAUAUCCCUAUUCCUAUCCCUAUUUCAGGCUAAAAUGCUUUCUAUUAUUGAUGUGUUAAUCAGACAAAAUAUUUUUAUAGCAAUAUAACAAUGUAAGUGCCCAUUCCAUAUUUUUUGAUAAUUGUUCAGGGCUUAUUCAUAAUUCAAUAAUGUUUCUGCAAAUUGAAGGAAUUGCUAACAGUUGGGAUAAAACUAACAGUCAAAAACAUAGUUUGAAAUGGUUUGUGAAACUUAAACUGUAUUUCUUGCCUCCUUUCCUUUCAGGGGGACCCAGGGCCUGAGGGACUGCGUGGACUGCCUGGUAUGGUGGGACCUCAGGUAGGUUAGCCAAUGGCAACAGCGAAUGUUCUUAAUUUGUAGUGAAAAACACCACAAAUUAACACACUGCUGCAACCUCUGGCCGGGCACAAUUUCUUGGCUUCAUUACAAUGUAAAUGUGUUAUUGGUUCAUAUUGACAUAAAAAAAAGUCAGGCUGCAUCAGCACUGUGCUCACACCCACUGUGAACUGGACCAUGGUUCAUUUGGAAGGGGACAGAGUCCUGCAUUUCAAGAGGACCAUGGUCCGUUUGUUUGGUCUGGACCACGGUUCGCUUGCGUGUUCAUACCACCCGGACCAAAGGAGUAAGGGGACCAUGUUCCUUAUAGAACAAACCAAACAGUCCUGGUAUGAAUGUGCCCUAUGUCUCAUCAGGUCAGGAUUAUUUUGGCCCUGAGCUAAAGAGAAUGGGUCAUUUAGUUAUGGCUGGUUUAGUAGAUCUGAUGCAGUCUUAAAGAGCUUUGUUGCACAGAUAAGCAAUGUGUACAGUUCAGUCAACGCAUACGUCAACUUCUCUGUGAGCUUAAGAUGUUGAGUGUUAAAAGCUUACCAGUUGAAUAUAUGCAUCCCUGGAGUAGAACUUCUGGAAUGAAUAUGUACUGAAUGUAUCUCGAUGUGAUAAACCUGUCAAAAUCUAGAGAUGAUAGAAACCUGCUCUCAGACAUUUCCCACGUCAGCUUCACUGAGUCAUGCAGCCCUGCUUUGAAAAGUAUUCUACUGUUUCCUCCAUUGCCUUAUAAUAUUUUUUUAUUUCUCCUCCCUGACUGACUGAAUUCCAUGUCUCUCUUCUUUUUCUCUUGCUGUGGCAGGGCCCAGGAGGACGAGCUGGCCUGCCUGGAUUGAAAGGUGAUAAGGUGAUCUAAAUAUUUAUAUUAUUGCAGUGUGUCUGUGUGUAAUGUGUCAGUUGCCUCACCCAAAAUUUUGACAUGUUACGAGGGAGUCUGUUGUCAUAAACUGUAAAUUACAUAAACCGCAACAUGAACUCAACUUUACCAUCCCAUUAAUUUAAAUGUUUAUGAUGCGUAUUUGCUGCACAUGACAGUCUGUCAGUGUAUUGUAUUUAUAGCGCUGUACUUUUACAGUUCCCAUAUGUUGCUGCAUUAUUACAUAAACUUUGCAUAAUACUUUUGUGUACAUGCUUUUGUCUACAAUGUGUUUUUAAUUGUGGUAGUUUUGUAAUCAUUCUAGCGGGGCAGUGUUUUGUUAUAUCUCUGUAUGAUGCUGUGAAAUUCAGGGUGAAGUGGGACAAAGGGGCGAUCCAGGAGACAUGGGUUACCAAGGCGACAAGGUAUGUCCUCCAUCACAUGAGCAGAAAGCAUGACUCCACUUUAAUAAAAAUCAACAAGAUACCGAAGCUUUAUUAAGAACGAAUGUCACUGGAUAUUAAAUGUUAAUAAGUGAUCUUUUUUACCCCCUACUUUUAUAAAUAAUUGGACAAUAGUUUGAGCCGUCUAGUAACAUUUGUUUUUCAUAAAUCAGGAAAAGAUUUAUCGAUACUUUUCACAAAUUAGAAAUGUGUGGCUUUGAAUAAACGCAGAUGUAGCUUCACUUUUCGCAUGAAGUCAUCACAUAAUAGUUUUCCCCUGUGAAUGAGGGUUUGUGCGCAUACGUACAUCCAGACAUGCACAUAUUCAUAUAAAAAUGAGUUAUAGCAAACACACACAAACAGAUUAUUAGAACAGUUUCAGAGUUUUAUGUCUGUGUCUUUCAGGGAGCUGCUGGUGCUCCUGGUCCUACUGGGCCAAGAGGGAAGCCAGGACCACCGGUAUGUUCGUGUGAGUGUGUAUAACACAGCAAAGGUGUAAGGUGUCUGCAUGUGUUUCUGUAUUUGUGUGUGUGUUAGUGUGUGUGUGUGCGUUACAGCUUUACAAGGGUCUGUACAGCUUUUAUAGAUGAAGCCAACUAAACGCAGUGUACCACAAUGCAGAUCUGGAACGUUUUUAUCAGCUUGUAAACUAAAGUCAGGUCGGUCACAUCCAUAUCACUUCAGCUUUUAUUGAGCUCCAGUGUAGUAAGAAAGAUAUAGACAGAGUGCCCUGAAACAACAAAAGCAAGUUUAGGAUUAAGCUGAGAGGAAAAAGCAUUGUAAAGUCCCUUUUUAGAUAACGUGGAUACACUGUAAACUGAUCCACAUGCUUUCGUGUUACAGAGUUAGAGUUUAUAUGCAGUAUCAGCUGUUUCUGCGGUUCAAGUGGAGUACACAUCACAACAAAACCAGGAGGGCUCUAAGCUUGGGCCGUCUUUACUAUUCAAGUCAACAAAGGCCCAAUCAUGUGACUUUUCAUAAAAUGAUAAUCCUGUGAUGUGGAGUGUUUUAGGAAGGAUUUUACUCCCCUGACAAACUGAGCUGCCUUGACUUGAAAUAAUAAAUAUUAAUUGUUCAGCACUAACAAUCAGAAGUUCAAUUGUGUGUGGGAAUCCUGAAGAAAGCUGGAAAGUCAGUGGAUUUUUAUGUGGGAACAAUAGCCAAUUGGGACACAAGCUGACUGAAGAAGGAGGCAAAACAAAUGCAGCUAUGGCAACAGUAGUGCACGUGAGAUGUAAACUAUGGACGUUAGAAAGACAGGACCAACUUCUUCAUUUGUGGAAAAGAAAAAAAAGUUGAAAGAACUUGCUACUGCAAAAGAUUUACAGAUUUUCUCUAAGCAGCUAGAAACCUUUACUCCAAUAGUCCUGAUUUGUUGGGCUGCCAUGUUUAACUGUGAGAGAUUUAUAAGAUUUUCCAUUUUGAGAGUCAUGACUCAUGUUCAAUUGGAAAAUUGGAAAAGAGAAUAUUUGUCGGACAAUUAUGUGAUGUGAACUUCCAAUAUUUCAUUCUUCAUCAUGUAAAUAAACACGUCUUAUUAGAGCUCCAAAGACGGCAAAUGAAAUGCCCACACUUUACACCAUGUCCAGUUAACAAGAAGGGUAUUGAUAACGUAACGUUGGACCACUUUGUUUAACUGUGUUUUCCUUUUCUUUUUCUUUUUCUUUUUCUUUUUCUUUUCUUUCACAGGGUAAAAUUGGGGAUAUUGGGAUACAAGGACCACCUGGGCCCCCUGGACCAGAGGUAUGACCCAUAAAUUAAUGAAUAAUUAUUGAUCGUAUAUCAUUUAUUUGAUCCCAGUCCUUAAAGAAUGCAAGACAUAUCACACAAUGUAAACAGAGAUUUACAGUUUAUGAUUAAAAACCUCCAAGAACUUAAACCUCUAAACUUAAAUCUAUCAGUAUGCAUCAACUGGGGAAGAUGGUGGAAAAAAUCUUUGAAUAUAAGCCAGCUCAAACACAGACACAGCAAUAAAAGCUGGAAAUGUCAUCAUCCUGCUGUAUCUUUACUUCACUAGUAGAGUGUGUAAUGUGGUUGGCCCACAGCCAGAUCAAGGCCUCUUUAAUAACACACCCGCUCAUGAUUAUGGUCACAUAAAGACGGUAAUGAUGCAUGAUGAUCUAAGAGUAGUUAAAGUAGCAGGUAGUUAAAAAUGCAGAUUUUCUUACAUUCAGGUUAUGGCUGCAGGUUCUGCUGACUAUUUAUAACAAGGACAGAUAGAUAACAUCAUGUUAGUACUUUAAUUACAUCGCAGCACAUAUGGAGAACCCAGUAUGAACUAUAUCAUUGUUACCAUAUGAAUAAAAGCAAAUUAUUUUUCAAUAAAUCUGUAGGUCGGUCAAAAAACAAGUCAGUGACAGGGGUUUUGAGAAUAAAAUUACAGUCAAUUGUUUUUAUUAUUAUUAUUAUUUUUGAUAAAAUUAAAAAUAAUACACUUCUGACCUGGAACCAAAUAACCCUAAUAAGAACCUCCAAAAUCAUGUGGCUUCACAAUUGAUGAAAUCCUGGUGGCUUUUCAGGUUGUACAAUCUAGGUUAAGAGAUAGAGCACAGGAAAAAAAAGCUUCAUGAGAAUUCUUUUGAAAAACAUCUAUAUUUGUUUUAACCAACUGCCCACAUGUGGUUAGAUCAUUUGUUCCUCAUUGCACAUAUUUCUGUGGGUUACCUGAGGUACUUGAUCCACUCUGCUUUGAUCCUUGACAGGAUGUCUUGAAAUUAAUGGAGGGAUUACCUUGGAAUUUCCUGUUUAUAUACAUUUACUGCGCAGAGAAAAAGUUAAUAAAAUUCUCCCUGACCAUGAGAAGUCUGUGAGGAUGCUGCAGAUCAUCAUAACGGCUCCUUUAUUUUAACAUUCUUCCAGCUUUACGUCGUCACAACCAUCAGGUCAUGUUCUGAACUGAGAAUAUUAAACAAUUAGAUUUGCUUAUUGGUCGUUUUUAUUUUGACACCAGAGGAUCAGUAUUUUGGUUGACUCCUUGACCUAUUCUUCUUUUGCCAUCGCUCACUUCACAAGAUGACAUUUUCCAGACAAUGUCUUCGUUAUCUGAUGACCUUGUGAUAAUCUUAUGACCUUUCUUGCUUUUAUGGGGUUUUCACACCAAGGGCAAGUAAAAUCAUCAACACGCUUCAUUCGCGCGAUUGCCUCCAGGCGAGCUCCUUUUUAUUCCGGUUUCGGCAAUCGAAAGAAAAGGUAUCAUAUAAUUCGGGGCACCAGUUCUCCAUUUUAGAUACCAGUGAACAACCGUCCAAUUUCAUACGUCACCUGGCAGCCUUCGUGCUGAUUGGUUGACGCGACACGACUAUUCGCUCAAGUUAAGACAUUUUCAGCUCUCUCCCAAUUCAUUCGCGUCCCCAGAGUUGUUGUAGGAGCGUCUAAUCGCGUCUUUGCAUGAACUUAUCAUGUAAUUCAGUCGCGCGAAUGAUUUUACUCACGUUUGGUGUUUGGAGACAGUUAGUCCUUUACAUCAAAAAUUUAACUUUGACAUUAAAUAAGCUACAAAAUCAAACUAUUAAUCCAGCUGUUCUAUACUGUGACUAGAGGUCUGAUUUUGUUGCUGUUAGAGAGUGAAGACUGUUUUGUCAGUACACUGAUAGAGUAUGAGCAAAAGUGAGUGCAGUCUCGUCUGUCAGUAGCUCCACACCCACAAUGUGCAUCAAAACAACAUCCAUCAUUCGCCUUGUUGGCAUUGCCUAUGGCACUGUUCUGCAGUGGAUGCAGAACACUUAACCUUGUCAAAGAGGUCAGUAUAGAUUCUGCUUCGUCUUUGAAAAACCUGGUCGGUGUCAGUUCUGCUGCACUUAGCAGUCCUCAAAAUGCUCAUAGAUCACGUGUAGAAGGUCACAGCAAACAGCCAUCUUUCACUGAGAUGAGUGAGCCUGCAGUGGCAGGUGUGCUGGAAGGCAUUUAGCUUCUCUCGUUGUUUUUGGUGGUUGUCCAUCACUAAGUUUACAUCAGUUUUUCUGCAUACCUGCCUCUACAGCUUACUCUUGAAGAGGCUCCACCCCGGUGUCUGUCUGACUCAGAUUCUUCCACAGUUUUCAAAGAUGACUUUCCAUUUUACACCAAACAAACUAUCAAGAUGCUUAUUACUUGAUUUUAUGAAUGCAGUUCAAUCAGUGCAUGCAGAGAUGCACUAGACAUGUGUGGGGUAAAGCUCAAUGUUUCGUAUGUGAGUCAUAACAAGGAAGACUAAUGUUUCUCUUAUUUCUGCUUUUCUUGAAAGGGGUUUCCUGGGGACAUUGGGGUACCUGGACCCAACGGUCCACCUGGGCUAAAGGUAUGAAAGCAUCUUUUUGCUUAUCUUUCCAUUCAUUAAAUUCAUCCAAUCUUAUCAUAUCUUUGGCUUUUUUUUCAGGGAUUGCAGGGUGCCAGAGGACCACAAGGCCCACCAGGUCCACAAGGAACACAGGUAAGACACUUCUGCAGCUAUCUGAAGUCUCUCCGUUUGUUUGGUUCUUGUCUCACUGAUACAGAAAAGUGGAAAGUAUGGCUCAUCAAAGGGAUUUCCAUUGGAUCAUUAGUCUGAGGCAAUACUUCUCGUUUAGCAUGUAGCCACAUCUCAAGCAGUUGCAGCUUAGAUCACAGGAGUUUUCUUUUUUUCACUGUGAUAUUACUCGGGGCAUGUUCCAGUAGGUAGGUGAAGUCAUGAUUCAUCUUUGGGUGCUUGUAAAAACAAGCUUGGAUGUUUUCCAGCUGUGAAGAAAGGAACUGAAGCUUUUCAGGGGUGUAAAUAACACUCAUGCAUGCUUUGAUUUGUGCUGAGUGAUACAGUACUUCAAAGGUGUAUUUGGCUAAUGUACCCUCCUCUGCUUUUAUUUGUAGCUUUGUUGUUGUCAUUAAACAAUCCUGUGGGUGACCCCCUCAUAGAUUUCUACUUUCACUGAGAAAAGACUGUAUUGUGUUUAUGUUAGAGAUGAUAUGUGCUUGAAUGUUUCAGUGUUUGUGUUCGAUGAAUUCUGCUGUCUUUUGCAGGGUGAUGAAGGACCGCUCGGCCCACCCGGCAGUGCAGGCCCUACUGUAAGAGUAACAGAGAAACAAACACAAAUAAAAAAUGAGUAAUAAGAGAUUAUGAGCUUUGGUAUCUUUAAGUCAUUCUCUCUUUCUUGUCUUUUAGGGGAGACCUGGAAGAAAAGGCUACGUAGGUGAACCUGGUCCUGAAGGCCUACAGGUGAGAUCCUUCUUUUUUAUAGUCACUAAACUGUACUUAGAUACUGCCCUGUAACUCUACAUUUACAGUACUUCAUACACAAUGAUGAUAUUUAAAACAAAAAUAUCCUUAGAUCCCGGAGUGACUCAGGUAUGCAGCACAGUGUCUUUACUUUGUCUGGUCUUGUUUUCUUUCUUUGACAAGGAAUGAGUUAAGCUCUUUUUUUCCCCUACGAUUAUAGUUUCUUCCUUCAACAUGUGUUCAAAAUUUUAUUUAAAGUAAGGAUUUUUUCUUGCCAAGACAGUUUUAAAGACAUAAUGAGUGAACUGUUAGUUUUUACUCCAAACCAAAAAGACGUAUUUUUAGUCUUUGAUAUGAGCUGAAAGUGGAGUGCAUUUUUAUGUGUCUGCUUUCUCUUGUGUGCAUCACAGUUUGUAUUUUUUAUACCGUAUUUUUCGCACUAUACGGCACACUUAAAAUCCUUUUGGCUUGUCGGAGCACUGCAGCUACCGUAGCCUCGCGGAGUUAUUGAAUGAGUUCAGUUAAGUUUGACUUAUCUGACUGUUUUGUUUGGCUUAAUGCGCUUUAUAAUCCGAAAUGCGAAAAAUACGGUAACUUUUUCCUGUACACCUCUAUGUAAAACAUUGAUAGGACAAACUAUUUGAUAUCAGCUAACAGUAAUGCGAUGUACCACUUUGUAGCAGGGGCUCUCCAAAACCAACUGAAACUGAAGGCUCCUCACAUUAGCUUCAGCAAGAACUGACUACUUUUGAGUACUUAUACUGUAAUUUUAUAGAUUUAGGUUUAUUUUGGGCAAAUGAAACAUUCCUAAUCUGGUCUGUAGCAUAAUAGUGUUUUGCCAUCAUAACAUUUGACAUGAUAAAGCUAUCGUGUGUUCAAGAUAUCAGUAAUUUUAGGUUAUACAUCUUCCUUAUCUCCGAGUUCCAGCGUCUCCACAUUUGUGACCCACUUUAGUGUAAGCCGAGACUGACUGUGUUAUACACAUGCUCUUAAUUAGGAGGGAGAAAAUCUUCUCCCAAAUGCUUUCAUCGCAUGUAUCAGCAAACCAAUAAGGAGCAAUACAAAACUAUUUCCAGAAGAGUAUGUGUUCCUUUUAACACUUGUAAUAUCCUGAGUCCUGGGCCAGCAGCAGCAGGAAAGAUGGUGACAGACGUCUUUUGAACCACAGGAAGCUCACCAGCUCACUGUUUGAUGUGUUCUCCUUGCAGGGGGAGAAAGGGGACAUAGGAAACGUUGGAAAAAUUGGACCACAAGUAAGUUGCUUUCACACUUGUUAAGUACAGCACUGACAUUAAUGAACAGACUCCCCGCUCUGCCAAAGUAGCUUUUCAUUAAACCCUCUUUAUGGGUGUUAAUAUGAAGCCUUUUCUGCAGCUUUUACUAGCUUCAGUUCCUGUCUUUUUUAACAUUCACAGUGAGAGUUGAUUUACCCUGUAUGUUUUGAUGCAGUACACCAUGAAUGAAUUUGAAUAAAAUCCGCUAUAGCGAAGCAAUGUUGAAGGACAUGAUGGAAGUAUUUCCUGGUCUCUUGCUGUUUCCCUGACCCACUUUCAAUGUUAAGACAAUUUGGAUCCUCUCCCAGCACAAAAUACUGUUUUGACAUCAUAAGUUUGGCAGAACACCAAAGUCGAACAGAAGGGGUACUAAUCAGAGACCUUCUGUGGAAGUCACCUUGUUUGGGUUACACAUGAGUCUGCAGAAGUGUUUGAUAUCUGUUUUUUCCAACGUAUCAUCUGCAUGUUGUGAAAGUUUAAUAAUCUGUUUUCAGAUUGUUUGUAAAUCUAGUUUCACUCGCUGCCUUUUCCAUUUCAUACACUAUCAAUGCUCCAUACCUAACACAAAUACUCCUGAUAACUGUCAAGGCGUGCUUCUCCUUUUGCAAAAUCCUCAAAUGCACAAAACUCUCUGGACAUCCAAAGUAUGUCUGUCCUUUCCAGAGGCCCCUUAAUGUUAAUAUUUGCAUUCUGCGCAAAGUGAAGGCAACCAAGCGGGCCGCUUUGGACUGUGUUUCUGCAGCACACAUAUGAGAGGGAUUAAGCACAAACUGUGUAGAGGGACCUUUGAAGCCUGGGAGGAGCCACGGGGCUAUGCAGAGAGAGAGAGAAAAAACAACUUUAAAACAUAUGGAGGCUCUAAUGAGUGCCAUUACAUCACUUUCCAAAUAAAUUAGUUGUGUGAAAAACUGGGAAAGACUGUUGUGGAGUUGUGCAGGUUAACCCGGGGUCUGCCUGUCUUUUCCUGAACACCCUUUUAUCACCACAAAAGCCUCCUGUAAAGUGUUUCAAGUGAAAUUUUACUGGAAGUUUUUACAGUGUGGUAUAGUUAAGCCAAUUAAGAUCUGCUGCUGGGUGUUCACCCCCGCAGUCCAUGACUAAUAAAACAUGGAGCAGUCUGCAAUUACCAAAGGCAGCCGCAGGUGUGCAUGAUAUGUGGCUCACAUGUCAACUUUAUGCUUUGAUUUUUAUGCCAGCGACUCAACUUACAGUAUAUGUGCAUGUCUAAGAGAGGGCCUUAAUGCUCUUUAAUAUAUGACUUGUCUUUCGAACUGUACGGUUAAUGGGUGUACCUCUACUUCUGUAACCCCAGCUUUGUUUGGGAAACCAGAUCUCCCUUGAAACGGUUUGCUAAGAGCUCCCAUGUCAUGCUCCCCCUGUCACAUGGAAACCACUUUUAAACCAUUUCCCUGUGCUAGAUGAUAGGGGGUACCACAUUGUCCCACUUCUUGUCCCAAUUAAAGGAUUUGAGGUCAAUUUAAAGCUCCUGUUCCCAUGCCUGCAGGCUGCUUCCCUCACAGACACUUUGCUUCUAAUCCUUCACUCUAAUGCCUAACUUGCAUCCAACAGGAUAAUACCUUUAAGGUGAUGAUACACAAAAACACUGAGGUUGUUUUGUUGAAUAAGGGAAUGUUGUGUGGAACAAAAUCUUGCUGUGUUUAUCUCACUGGUUUGUUUCAUGUCUGUUACCUAACCUCACUUCUUUGGUCCUUGUGUUAGAUUACAUUUUUACCUGUGGUUGUCGUUCUCUCACUGUCUUGGUCUUGUUUAGUCCCUUUUCUGGUAUGCCAGUGUGAUGUAGAAGAAGAUUACACAGAAAUAAAAGGAAAUACUAGGUUAUAAACGUAGUGAUUAUGUGCUGGAAGACAGAGUAGCCGUCAUAUAGAAUCUUAAACCUGCUAAAAAUGUGAAUGUAUGAUACUGCAGUGAGGAAACAGAGCUGAAAUUAUCCCUCACAACCAGCGACAGCCGCAGACUGACCACACUGGCUUUUGUGGUCAGCCAGAAACAAGACCGUGGUCUACAGUUGGGCAGUCUCAUGAAUUAUUACAGCACAGUGAUUUAGGUCAGAGCGUAUAUUCUUGCAUUUUACAGUGUCCUGGUGGCUUGCUGCAAAGUGCUGUACUGCUAUACAGGCGCUAUUGUGGCUUUGGUCCUGAGUGCGAUAAGUGUACGUUGCUAUAUGGCCUGUGUCACUUCACUUUUCAGACUUUUAACACUCUACUUCAGAGUUUCUAUCAUUCUUUUACAAAUAUAAACAUAAUUACAGUGUCUCAAAAUGUAAAGUCAUCGUAAGAGUAUAUUCCUAGCCACCCACAAGCCCCACCAUGGGUGUGGAUUGUCUAGUAGAAAAGCUGGCACUGGUCCAAACCACAGCCCCUGUCCUAGACAACUGAUCUGGAAGUGGUUAAGCUUCUCCGAUAAGUCUCAUAUUUACAUAGGCUUGUGCUCUGUACUGUGGACCUCUUUGCUACAUGGUGAUUAUCUUUUUUGAGGCCAUAUGUAUUAAGUUAGUGCUCACUGUAAAAUCGCCUUUCCUCAGAUAAGUUCCAAUCAUUGCUUUUGUGCCCCAAAAAUCGUGUUCCUGCUUUAUUUUCUCCAGAUGACGUAAUUCAGUUCCAAGACUCACAAAUGCUGUAAAAACAUUUAAGGCUACAAUGUUUUUCUGGCGGAAAAUAAUUUUUUUAAUUUACCCUGGAUUAUAGAUUUCACAUGGAUUUUAUGAACAAAAAUUAAAUAGAUAGGACCUGACCUCUAAAUAUGCUGAGAUCCCUGUGUAAAAUGUUACAGAAAGCAGAUUUUAAUGGUGUUAAAAAUUACUUAAACACUGUAUUUAAUUGAAAAUAGUGCAAAGACAACUUCGUGACAUGUGAUCAGACAUUGAAACUGAAAAAAAUUUAUUGUUUCAUGCUAAAUACAUUUUAAUUUUUAAUGUGAUUUCUGCUGUGCAUUUAAAAAAAAAUUGGACAGGGGCAUGUUUGCUAACAUCCCCCUUGAAAUAGGACUCUAGUAUGUAUUCUCAGAGUUCAAGUUUUUGUUGUGAUGUUGAGCAAUGCAGUGAUUUCUACUACAGUCUUUCAUGUUUUUGAUGCAGUAAGCAUCAAGCCAUAGAUCACCAUUUAGUAUUGGUUUUUGGCUUUGUCUCUUGUGUACAGAAAUUUCGCUGGAUUCUCUGAAUCUUUUUUUUGAUUCUUAUGUAGGGCUGGGCGAUAAACCGAAAAUUUACUGAUGCCGAAAUUUACGUGAACAACCAGCGUCGUUUUGCCCGGAUUGGUACAAGUGUCAAAUAAAUAAACAAAUAAAAGUUAUUUUUGGAUGUGUGUAGGUAGGCCAUGGUCUAUAGACUCCGCCUCUCCAGAGCACCAUUUUUAGACCCAGUCAUGUGAUUACCUGCUGCAAUCUAACCCAGUAGGUGAGAUAUGUCACCCUCAGGUAUCGUUUUAGCAUUACAUGACUUUUUCAGUGUUUUGUUGCCAGUGUUUUUGAAUGGUGUUGCUGGCCUUAGAUUUAAAAUGAGCACAAAUGAUUUGCAAACCAAUAAAAUAUGUUUGUGUUUGUAUUUUACUCAACAACCCAACUUUUUUAUUGGAGAUCUGUGAGCUUGUAUGGGACUACUCAACUAUGUGGUAUCUGACUUUUUGUUUUCUUCCUUUUACAAUGUUUUAUUGAAGUAUAAGUCAGUUUAACAUCUUGUCCCACUUAAAAAAUCAAAGACAAUCCUUAAAUAUCAAAAUAUACAUUAUCCAAUAAUAAAUAUCAAGAUGUUAUUUUGAUAGCAGUAUUUGAAAUAUGGUCUUUAGGGGUCAUCUUUAGUCUACUCUUGCCGCAGUUAUCUGUAGCCUCUUGUGUAACAGGAUUGAAUGAGGAUGAGUUCCACACACUGACACUCUGUUCUGUUGUGUUUAUCCAUCAAUACUUCUUUCCCUCCUCGCUCAACUCCAGUCUUUUCACUCACUUUCUCUUCUCCCCUCCUCCCCAGGGUCCAGUGGGCCUGAUCGGGAUAGCUGGGGUGAUGGGAGUUCCGGGUGAAAAGGUAAGGCGUGUGUUUCUCUAUCAUUAGCCUGUCAUUCAGCAUCAGUUGGUUGCUUGUCAGUUGCCGACCCCUGUAAUUUGUGCUGUCUUAAGCAGCCAUGGCUUGAGGCCCUAAAACACAUGCUUAGAUAGGUGCUCAGCACUCUUACAUCCAAAUCAAUAACAAUAUAGUAAAAGCCACACCAGGAUUGAUACUAAUCACCCUUACACCUCUGGGAUGAAGCAGCAAUUUUUAGGUGAAAAAAAUAUCCAUUGAAAAGCUUACAAAAAUUCGUUUAUAGUAUUUAUUAACUGCCCUACUGUAUGUUUUAGACAUUAGUCACAUGCUAUAUCAUCUAUAUCAUACUGUUGACAUGUUAUAAAAUUGUUCCCUUGCACACUUUAAUAACAUGUGCUAAGGCAUAGAAUGACUCAGGUGUCAUAAUAUUCAUGAUGCAGUCUAGAGAGGCCCCAGGCUCUCCUUGUCUUUAUCACCCAUUUGCUUCUUGGCUGAAGAGGUAAUUAUUAAAAGUCAACUCUGCAACCUUAAGUGAAAUGAUUAUUAGCAGUCAACACAUUACAGCCCUCUUGUCUGCAACCUCUCGCCAUUGUUCCUCCCCUCUGAAUGCAGCAGACCUGUUCUUCUUUCAUUCCUCUCCAGACGCCCCCUGUGUGUCAGAACAUGUUUCUCGUGAUGGGAAGCCGUCUGCUUGUCAGACUCUCGCUUCUCCUCUGCCUCCUCCCGCUUUGCUCUGUCAGCACCAGCCAUACCCUGACAGCCCACAAAUACCUUUCACAUUAUAGACUGAUAAAUUUAGAUUUGUGUUUCCCAUAGAGAGAGGUUACAGACUACCAUGCUCACUAUCUGAUUUAAGAUUACAGAAAUACUCAACAGGUACCUGCACAGUCGUGAAUGUAAAAUGCAGUUUGAGAAAGGUAGAGUUUUACUGACACGAGUUUUUCGAGGGGUUUUGUUGCUCACCUGGAGUUACCUAGGGUUUUAACACACUACUCAGAGUACCACCAACUGGGUUUCAAAGCAUCUCCUCACCACUCAAGCAGCUGUCACUCCAACCUUCUGUUUUAAAAAGCUGCUCUCAAGUUUCAUUGCUCUUUAUUAGAAAAAGUCUGAGAAGCUGUGAUGCCUUUAUUCUGUUUUCAAGUUUCAGGUCAUAGUGAACAGACUCUCUCCCCCUCUCUCUUUCUCUCUCUCUCUUUCUCUGCUGUUUUUCCCCAGGGUGACAGAGGACCAGCGGGUCCAACAGGUCCAGUUGGGGAGAAGGGGCCAAGGGUAAGUAACGUCCCAUAGGAACCCCUGCAGAGCUCUGCUUUUGAAUUGAGAGUUGGUAAACUCUCGACUCGCUCCUGCUGCCCACUAGAGGUUGAGUUUUUUUGUUCAGUAAACUAAUAACAGAGGAGGAUUGAUUUAAACCAACUGCAGUGAAGCAGUUCUGGCUGUAAAAAUUAGCAGAUGUUACCGAGGAGUAAAACUAACGAGGUUUAGCUCAUGGAAAUGAAAGCAGACUCAAUAGACCUAAAGGCUUCCAGACUCCUCAGUAUUUUAUUUUUGUGGAUCUGUGCAAAAUUCAACCAUGGCAAAUUGGUUUUCCCACAGCAAUGUUGAGGACAGGGACUGAGAGAGUCUUUUUUUCUUUCCUAUUUUGGGAAUGCCAAAGGGCAGUUUGAAGUCUUUGUUCUCUGUCAGUGAUGUCUCCCUUCUGUAAAUAAAAAAAUAAUCGAUUUUCAUGUUAAUAAUAAGAUGUUGAUUCACAAAAUUGAGGUAAAAAUUUUGAUUUAAACCUGUCCUUGUGACAAUCAUGGUGGUACACAGAGCUUAUCCACCGGAGGCACUGAUGAACCUUGUAGCAGAUGUUUGGUGAAAUUGUGGUUAUGAAACAGAAGAUAGAUGAGAACUAGGUGAAAGCAAAGCGAAGAGGAAACUGUUUGAGUAAUCAUGUAGAUCCUCACAAGCCCAAAAACUAUACAUGAGGCUGCUGCAACCGUUGGAGGCAAAGAUUUGUGUUCAUACAGAGUAGAUGAUAUAACUCUGGCUCCAAAAAGCCUCAUUAAUAAACUCAAACUUUAAUACAUGUUACUCAUGUGCAAACAUUUGAGGAAAGCUGUCAACUAAAACUAAACCUUAAAGACUGAAACACUGCUGUUUUGGUAUUUGGUAGUAAUUGACCUGAAUGAAUCACUCCCUCCAUCACCUUGUGACAGGGAAGGUCUCCAGUGGUAAAUAAUUCCAUCAAGUCCACUUUUGUGGUUUCACAAUGUGAGACCUGAUACAGUGCUCAGCAUAAAUGAGUACACCCCUUCACAGCUGUCAGAAAACCUUUAGUUUCUUUUCAAAAUCAACAUUUUUCUGUACAACAAAAUACUCCCCUGAAGGUAGGCCAAUGAUUGCAAACAAGAUUUUUAAAGUUGCAUACAAAAAAGUAUUAUUUUUUCUAUUUGAAAUCAGGAUGCAAAACUGAGUACACCCCAAUCAAAGUUCCUGGAGCAAAGCUAAAUUUUAGUUACCAUAUCACCCUUAUUUUCAUCUAAUGGUAAACAAAAUGUAAUGUUAAGCUCAGCUUUGUCAAAACGUUGGAAAUUGUACUUUUGCUCAUCUAGAUAUUGAGUAAUUCAGAGGUUUUGUGUUGCAUUAAAAAUAUAAAUGAUCCCGAAUAGACUGUUACUUCGGGGACCACAUCUUGCAAGCAUCUCUUUCAAGCACACUAAGGCUGAAAAUAUCAUUCGCUGAAGGAGUUCAAUGCUCACUGACACUACUACAGAAUGAAAAUCACACAAGCUGUUCUGUGGUCCAUGUGGUGUGAUCAAGUUUCACUUAAUAAUGUGUGCAAAUGUGGUCAUGAGGACAAUUGGUCUGAAUCUCACCAAAUAACUUCAAAUAACUUUUGUGUGAGUAAAAUUUGCGGGCUUGUGGGUUUUUACAAUAAUGUUCCUUAAACUGUAUUCAGUUAAAGAUACUGUAGAAGUCUAGCAGAGCAGAGCAGACUUUGUGCAUGUUACUUGAGUGUGCAAAAGCUCCACUGUUUUACAGCUGUUGAAUUUGGAACAGGUUGCACGGCCCUACUGUUAUUAUAAGGCUGGAUAUUUGCCCUGGUUACAGACAUGCUGCUUCUUUGGGAAGCUUUGGCUCUCGUGCAUAGAGUGUCAAAUACAUGGUAUUCCUGGAAUGUCUGCUCGUUUUCCAUAGAAAGACGUUUCAGCAUAUGACUGGUGUUACCUCCCUUUUUGCAAUUAUCAUUUUUUAGACAUUACAUAUGGCUUUUUUUUCUUGUGCCAUGGUUGCUUCCUUUUGUAAGUUUGAAGCAGCUUUGAUUAAUGUGCUCAAAUGGCAAAAACUGUAUGUAUUAAUGACAGAAAUAAAGGGGCUCAGGAGUGUACAGAUGUGAUCGAUUGGACUACUUGGACCUGUUUCUAAAUGGAAUCGUUCGUGAGUCCCAUCCCUGUUUGGCCUGCAGCUCUCACUGUCCUGGGCCUUGGACGAUCUCCAUGCCUGUGGCUUUGGGCCCAAGUCCUGACCUAUCUGGCUUGCAGACUGACUAGCAGACUGUCUGAUUGGCCGGCUGGAGGAAAGAAUGACGAAUUUGGUGGCUGGAUGACUAAAUAGUUAAAUGAUGGGAUCAGUUCUAGUUUGAGAGCAUGUUCGACUCUGAGGGUGAUUUUUUUUUUGACUUAUGUAAGGAAUUGUGAAGAGUUACGCUUUAGCCACAUUAGCAAGGAGCUGCAGUUUUCUGGGCUGUUUCACAAAGAUCCAAAUGAUAAUCGGGUGAAGUUCUGUUUCUGAUUAAAAAAAUAGGUUUAAAGGAUUAAUUUAUCUUCUUUAAGGGUCUGGAGAAAUUUCUCAGUAAACUUAAGAUGAAACAGUUUAUAAACAGUCGUGAUCCUUUCAGUCACACAUGUAAUCAUCUUUAUUGCACAGCCUUGUAGUUUUGCUAUUUUAUUGCUCCACUUGCCAUUUUUAAAAAUCGGAAACUCAGAUGUUAUGCAGCUUGUAUAAUCUGUAUGAUAGCAGCUUUAACUUGACAUGAAGCAGAUGCCUUCAAAAAGAUGACACGGUUUCUUGGCUGCUCUUUAAAAUAAAAUGUUCUCUGUUUCUGUUUUGGUUCAAGGGUUACCCGGGGUUACCAGGAAGUCCAGGGGACAUCGGCAUGCAAGGUGCACCUGUAAGUGUCAAGACCUCAUCACCUUGUCAUUCAAAAUCGUGAUUCUUUCAAUCAAAUAUCUUUAUUUGAAUGUUUGUUUUUUACCUUUUAUUUAAAUAACAUUUAAUCCUUAACCAUCCUGUGUACCCAUAUUCCUAUUUUCUGCUGUCUUUGCUUUCUUGUCUUUUGCUUUCUCUGCAUUUCCGAUUGAGUCACACACAAAUCAGUGCUUAAUGGACUGAGAAGCUUGGUUGCAUUGACUCCCAUCCUCUCUACUCAGUGUCUUGGCUGGGUAUUAUAAACGCUUAAAUUGCAAGAUUGACUUGGACUCUAAAACUGAUUUAGGGGAAUGUUCCCUUUGCUAUAAACACAUAAAAAUUAAAGAGGUUUGAUUUGGUGUAUCAGUUUUCCUGUUCCCACAACUUAGUCUGGACCUGUGUAAACAGUCUCUCUUCACUGCCUGAUUCUCCAGUAGUUCUGCUUAACUACAUCCAUUAAGUUUACAUGACAGGUGUUGAUGUGGGUGAAAAGAUGCAGUGACAGGUCUUGCUCUGUUUAGUUUGCCAAGUGUUCUCACCGUCUGGUCUGGUCUGUAUCAUGCAGAAGAAACAAUGAAAACCUUUCUUAAUCCUACCUCGUUUUUCCAACCAGGGUGUCUCACUUCUGUCGUUUUGUUUUCUUACUUGUUUUGUCUCAUGUUUUCAAACAGGGUCCACAGGGGCAGAGAGGCAUUCCAGGCAUUGCUGGACCAAAAGGCAGAAGGGUAAGAGCUGUCUCUUUAUCUUUAUCAAGACCCUGAACCUACUGUGACUCAAAAGUGAUCAUGAAAAGUUCACUUAUCAGGGAUUUGGUUGUCUGGUUCACAUCACAGCUCCACUCUCAUAAACCGAAGGUCAGAGCAAAUACGAAGAUGUGUUUGUCCUUCCACUUGGACCAGUCGUCUGUUUCAUAAGGCCCACAACUCUCAUAGUGGAAGAUGUUAUGGUUCUGUGAACAUGGAUAUGGUGUGGUAAUACUGGUGAGACACCGUGUGGUUGAGAAGAGAAUGACACCUCUUGCUAAAGAAGCAAGGAUAGAUUCAUGAUGGCAGAUGUAGGAUGGUAGGCCCCAUGGAGCUUUAGCAAAAACAGAGGUACAUUAUGUCGAUAAUGCAGUUAAGAAAUAAAAGGAAAAGACAGUUUUAUCAACCAUAUCUCUGUGGACGGAGCAACUUCUGCCCCAAAUUAAUCUGUGUGUUUUACUUAACGAAGAGGAAAACAGAUUUUGACAUCUUAUAUCAACUGUGUUUUGGUCUUCUGUUUCAUUUGGGCAGUAGAAUAAUUCAGAGUUUUGUUUUGAUUUAGAUAAUGAGGGUUUAUUGUAAAAAAACAAAGGAGUAAAUGUUGUGUUUGGAACACAAACGCUGAAAUCAAACCCUUAUUCCCCACUGGCAGAAAUUACACAAAGUUUGGUCUUUAGGUCUGAAUCCUGACAGGGACACACAGUGGCCAAAAGAUGUCAUCAAAAAGCAAAGCCAAAGAUACAUUUUGUGAAGAUCAGUAUCUGGAUAUCAAUCUUUCUCAACAAUCAUAUUCACUGUCCUCAAAUAUUACGAUGAAAUUAAUUGAUUAUCGCCAAGUUUUCAUUGAUUUCAUGCCAGUUAGGUUUCAUCUGAAACAAAAGAAGUUUCUGACUCUUCUCUGUACAGCAUCUCCUUCAGCGCUGUGUUCAGGUCCCAAAGUAACAGUGAAGAGGUUCAAGGUUGGCAGGAUCCUCCAAACUGCUGUUGAGUAGCAUCAUUCUGGGAGGUCCUUUUAGUUUUGGCCUUAAUUAACUUUUAAUAAAGAAUUGGCUUUUGCGUCACUUCUGUCUUAGACUCUCUAACAGGGCCAUGGCUAAAUCUCUCUGACCAAGUAUUUGCCUAUUUCAGCAAAUGCGAGAAAACACAGAAAAACUCACAAGAGCCAAAUGAGUACAACCUACCACAGACUACCUUCACACACUUCAUUAAUCCUCUCCACUUCACUUCCUUUUAUCCUCUGCCUUGUUACUUCUCCCCCGGUUGGAUAAUUUGCCAAGAAACGCAUAUGGCUGCACUUAACAUGCCGCGGCAUGUCUUGUUUACUGUAAACCCACAAGUAUCAGUUUGUGGUUAUAUUUCCUGCCUUGCUUAGGUGUAAGGAUCAGUGAGAACCUUAAAAUCUUCUCUUUAAAUCAAAGUCAUGUCUUUCCCUUGUUAGAUGAGGUUGUUGUAAAGGCUGGAGCAAUGUUGAACAAAAAUUUACCUGAAUAUAAAUGAGCGUUCUAUGUGAGUCCAUUGUGUAGGAAACAUAGUUGGGACUUGGAAAUUUUUGCUACCACUGUAAAGCAAAAUGUAAAGGAUAAUUACACACAAAUACAUCUUUAGAUAAUAAGUUUCUGAGUUGAUAAUCUUAAAUAGAAAGUGAAAUAUAGUUCUUACAGCUUCUUCCAGCUCAGAGCCAUUACAAAGUGAAAACCAUCCUUUCUUUUAACGAGUCAAAGAAGUCUUUCUGGUCAGGUUUCUGUAAUUCCCUGCACACCAGGAUACGAGCCAGUCUCCCCUGCCCCACUUGCAGAUGGUCCAAAAUACAUCAGCGAGGGUUCUGACUAGUUCCAGGAAAGGGGAUCACAUCAGUCCCAUCCUUGCUUCUGUUCACUGGUUUCCAGUUAGCUUCAGGAUUGACUUUUGACUCUGGCUUAAAGGUUAUGCUAUUCGUCUGUAAAGCCUUAAAUGACCUGGCCCUCUUCUGUCUACCUCUAACUUACCUCCUAAGCCUUUAUGCAACCUCUGACACAGGCUUCCUGGCAGUCUCAAUCUAGUUUAAACCUUAAGUUGACUGCUCUUGUUUGCCGUUGACGCCCCUCUGCCCUCCACCUUUAAUCAGGUCUGCCCCCUCCUUUGAAUCUUUCAGGUCUUGCCUUCAAGGUUACUUUUGCAUGUUAUCAUUUGAGUUCCCUUAUAAUAAACAGAUUAAUUUCGGAUUGUUAUGUUCUGUUUUCUGUCUUGUGUCCCAAAAGUAGCUAUUUGUUAACCUUGUUCUGUGAACCUUUGCUAAACAUCUUGUCAGCCUAGUGUUGCAUUUGAAUAUCUGCAGUUGUAUUUAAUAAGUGGUUUGACUACUUAAGAUUUACGAAUUGAAAGGAUUCAGUUUGACAUUGACGAAUGUCAAUGGGCUGGGUGAUAAACCGAAAAUUUAUCGAUACCAAAAUUUACGACAAUAACCAAUGUCAUUUUGCACAAAUCGAUAAAUUUGGUGUCAAUAAACGAAUAUGUUAAAGUUUUGUUGGAUGUGUGUAGGCAGGCUAUGGUCCUAAGUUCCUUUAAGAUGCUGUCCUACGUCGGAGACAUGACUCCACCCCAUACAGUCUGUAACAAAGAGGUAAAGACAGGUGAGGAGAUGGAGGACGGUUCAAAAGUUGUAGCAGCUGAAGUAGAUAAAGUUAAUGUGGGAGGGGGUGAGCAGCUUGUGGAGUAGUUAUCGUACGUUUAUUGUUAUCGAGGUGAACUGAUCAAUAUAUCGUGAUAUUGAUUUGAGGCCAUAUCGCCCAGCCCUAUCUUGAACACAAGGUGCAGUAGCUUUGCUCACUCCAAAAACUCAGUGCAGCAAUCUUCUCAAUUAAAAGAUUUCCAAGAAGGUUGAGACAUGGAUAGGAACAAAAGGAGGGACAGAUAAAGUCAGUGUUGUCUGCCUGGGAGGUUAAAGAGAGCAGAGUGACCUGAGAAGGACUGGCUGAAAGCCAGGGGCUCACGCAAAGAUGGGGCAGAUAAAGAUCCAUCAAAGGUAGAAAUAUAAAAGAGAGGAGACAAGAUGGGGAUGAAAGAUAAUCUGAAAGUGGAAAACUUCCCUAAAGAGCAAACAGGAAGAAAAAAGGUCUGUGGAUAUAUUCACAGAUCUGUAUCAGCCACCAUGGCUGUGUGGUGGUGCCACAAUGCCUAGAAACACUUAAAAUGUAUGUAGGAGCGGUGUGCUGCGGCAUCGGGGCGGACAUUCCCCAAAUAGAUGAAGAAUACAGACUAAUUACUGAGUUUAUUAUGUUUUCUCUGAGGUUAGUAUGAUGCUUUGAUGGUUAAUGUCUUCCUGUACUGAUGAUUCUUUAUUGAGUGAUGUUCAAAGGUGUGUCUCAUGUUGCUGUCACAUAGGGGCCCCGGGGUCCAGAUGGCCCACUUGGAGAGCCAGGCCCUGAAGGCACCAAGGUAGUCAUGCACACCACUCUGCUGAAAACAUCCACACAUGCCUGUGACAGCGGGAUCAUCAAGUUUUUCUGUAUCUGAUAUGUAUUUAUUUCAUUGUUAAAGCUACAGUGUAACAGUCAUUUUAUCUGCUUUACUAACAUGACUUUUGUGAUUGUGUUUGAGUCAUUUAGGACUUAGUGCCUUUAGUGUUAUAAUGUGUCAUUUUUCCUUGUAGGGUGAAAGGGGUGACAUCGGGCAAAAAGGAGAGCCAGGAUUUAUUGUAAGUAUUUUUAAUGCUCUUGCUAAACAGUUAAGAUGCUUUGAAUGUUUCAUGGCUUACAUGUUUAAGGAUGAGGGCUGAAGGCUCUUACAAAUGACAGAGCACAUUUAUUUGUUUCCCCUUCCUCUAUCCUGAGCCUAAAUAAUCAUCAUUAUCACAGAAGAAGGUUUCAUCCUGCAGCACGUUGUUUAACACCACAUGGUUUUGAAGAUCCACACUGACCUAAUGGAAAUGACUUCACCACAUCAUCUUAAACAUUAGUCUCACCCUCAGGCCUCAAUGCAAGCUUUAAUCACUUGUUACUUUGCAGUGCUGGCCUUUGUCUCUGUGCCUUAAUGCCAAAUUAUACCCACAUGAGGUUAUUAUGAAUGGCUGCGGGCCUGUAAUGUGCAAACCUGAGCUUAAUCUGCUGAUGUGUACAAAGGCUAAAUGUGAAUUUUGCAUUACAAUGAUCUAACUUAAAGAAAGCAGCUUCAGAUGUGAAUGAAGAAGUGAUGGUAAUGUACGUUUGUCCGAAGUAAACAAAGAAGCCAGCAAAAAACACCCAAGGUGGGCUGCUGUCAUGUUGAUAGAUGGUUAUGUUUGUUGUUGGUGCAUUUUCACACAACAGUCCAGUUUGGUUCAGUACAAUACUGGCUGUUCUUGCUUUUCCACAGUCAAAUGUAACCUGUUGGCUGUUGGUUCAGACAGCUGGCAUGGGCAGCACCUUUCAUCUCACUGUCUGAAAAUCUAGAGAAUACAAGGCUCAUCUGUUGUUUUCUUCAAGUCACUCAGAUAUCAAGUCUGAAUAAACAGAAAAAUUUUAAGUUCAGGGCUGUAUUGAUGCCACCUGUAAGCCAUAGAUCACCAUUCAGUAUUGAAUUUUUGACUUUAGGGCUGGGUGAUAAACCUAAGAUUAACAGAUACAGAAAUUUACGACAAUAACCGAUGUCAUUUUGCCAAAAUCUGUAAAUUUAGUGUCAAUACAAUAAAUAAAUAAAAGUUGGUUUUGGAUGUUUGUAGGUAGGCUAUAGUCUCAUGUCCCUUUGAGACGCUGUCCUAUGUUGGAGACAUGACUCCACCCCAUCCAGUCCGUAACAAAGAGGGAAAGACAGGUGAGGAGAUGGAGGACGGUUCAAAAGUUGUAGCAGCUGGAGCGGCGGCUGAAGUAGAAAAAGUUAAUGAGGGAGGGGGUGAGCAGGUUAUGGAGUAGUUAUCGCCCAUUUUUCGUUAUCGCGGUGAACUGCUCAAUAUAUUAUGAUAUUGAUUUGAGGCCAUAUCGCCCAGCUCUACACAUUAAGCACACCUGGUAUGCUUUUUAAAGCAAAACCCUAAUGUGUUUUUUUCUGUGGAGGGACUCCCCUCACUUCCACACAGCACUUUUAUUCUGAAGUCACUCAGACAGCUCUUUAUUUGAGCCUGUGAAUAACUGUUUAAUAAAAGUUGUCAUUAAUCACGUUGACUGCAGGUGCACCACGUUUAUUAUGAAUUGACAUGAAAAAGAGAAGUUCAUAUUUCCUCUUUAGUGGUCUACCUCUUUGCUGCAUUCAUCUCUGUGUCCCUAUCAGCUGGUGUUUUUGCGUAAACAAAAGCAUUCCUGAAUAUGAAUGAAAACACUGUUGUGUGUCUAGCUCCUGUCUGAAGGCUUGACAGGUAAAUUUACGCUUGGUACCACAACAGAAGGGUGCCAAAAAUGUAAGAUGACACAGAUCAGUUGUUAACAAUGAAAACACAAAUAUGUAAAUGCAUAUCCUGUUGCACCAAGCUGAACCGCCUUAUACUGAAUCUUUUGGUGGCGCUUUAUAUGUAUUUCCUCAUUGGAUGCUAAUGUUUAUAAUUUACUUUAAAAUUCUUGUUUUAAAGGGCAAAGCCGGAAUGCCAGGAGAGAGAGGCCCCCCUGGGAAACCUGUAAGUAAUGUUCAUCUCUUUUUUUACUGGAAAGUUAAAUGAUCAUCCUCAUUCAGGCAGAAAGCUUCACUUUGACCACGGAAGAAAACACAGACCUGUAAAACACUCCCACAUCCUCUUUUCACUUGUAAUAUGUAUAAUUAUAACUUGAAGAGUUUGCACCUAUAAAUUCACCUCAGAGGAAGUUGUCUCGGUGAAAGAAACCACUUAGGAGUGUUUCCAGGCUCAUAAUCAAGAUAAAUGUACAGGUAUUCCCCCUCACCCACCUGGUCUGUGUUGGUGUGAACUUUUACUUCAGCAAGCAGCUAGAACACAGCUUGUGUUGUUUACUCUCAGAGCGUUAGUGAGGUAAAAACUGAUCUCCCUUACAUUUAUUGAUUUUUGAUAAAUGUUGUGAUUUAGUUCAGGUUACUGAUUACUGAUAUUUUGAGUCUGUUAAUACUCCAUAUGUUAGAGAAGCACAUCUAUAAUGAGCUUAACAAGAGAAUUUGAUGAGUAUGAAUCUGGACAGUACAGUCAAAAAACACACUUGUCACUACAGUACAAGCACACAUGUUGCCAUGUUAAACAUGUCUUAGUACCUAUAAAUCUUAAUCAUACUAAUCGUACAACUGAUUUAUUGGCAAGGUUCCACUCGAUUAAACUUUUCCAAUCCCCUUAGGAAAAAUAUCACACUCUUUGCAGCUAUGAAUAAAACAUUUGACGUACUGUUUAUACAAAGAAAAGAGCCUUCAUGAGAUGUUCUAUCUGAGACUUUUGGCAGCAUUGAGUCAUGAGCCAUUUGUACUGGAAACCUGUGUCCAUUCAGUUUCCACCAGUUGAGUUUUGAGGUUUUUAAGUUUUAAUUAGAUUUUGCUCCUAGGAUGCUGGAAAAAAAAACAUAACCAGAUUAUAACCAAAAGAAAAACACAUCCAUCCAUGCCAUUUUCAUAGCCACUCGAUGUUUCCUAAAGUUCAUUUCUCCUGUCUGUUGAUGGCAGGGUUCAUAAAGGGUGGAUCCUCAGUUGGAGAAAAGCUUUAUCACCUGCAUGCUGAAACUUUGUGGGAAUCUACUGAUAAAUGAGCUGUUCCUCAUCAGAUGACUCAACAUUUCUGUGCAAAAAAAACAUCAUUAACUUAACUCACAGUUAAUCCUUCACAUCUGCUGCUGGAUACUGAAUGUAGUUUAAAAAAAAUAGGGACAGAGCUCCUGUUUCAGUUUUGCAUGUUACCCAGGAAGGAAGCUCUCUGGUGAGAAAUGAAGAACAAAUUAGUAAAAAUGCCACGAUACAUUCCAAGUGUGACCCUGCUGUCACUCUUACUUCAUCAUCAGCUUCACAUUUGGCACUUUAGGAUUGUUUGUAAUAACUUUUAACAGACACGCAGACAUUUGCUGUCACUGUCAGAUGAAGACAAGUAUUCAUACACAGCUAUAGACCACAGCACACAUACUUAGGACUCGUUGCAGCCUGUUCUCCUGAGCACACAUUUAGGUGUAGGGAUCGGAUGAAGUUGCAAUGAUUUUCAGACAGGGAUUAAUCGUAAAUGAUUUUUGCUGCUUGACGUUUCUUUCUCUAUCGCCCACUGUCAUCUUUUAAUGCUUUGACAGGGUGUUUAAUUCUCUGUAGAUAUUGCCUCUCUUAUCCCUCAUUUCUGCUGAUGACUUCUGGAGUCAUAGCGCCAUCUUGUGUCGGAUGAAAUCUAUCUUAGACUCAAUCUUUAGGAAAUUCCUGAAGAUUUUCUCAUGCUGCGAGUGCAAGUCAUCGAGGGAUAUAUCCCAAACUCAUGUUGUUAUCCAAUUUUACCUCAGCACAUCCAACUUCUUUGUUCUAGCUGAACAUGCUUCACUCUGUAAAACCUAAUUCAUACUUACUUAACCAGCUCUCUAUCAUCCAACUUUAUAUUUGUAAUACAAGUGCAAAAACAACAUCAGACUGAGUACCGUUGGAAACCGUGCAAACUUGUCUGACACAAGGCGGCACAGAUAUGUUAGACUCUGCCAUGAUGCCAUGAUGCAAAUAAUGACAGCAAUAAUGAUGAGCGAGGAAACUCUUCCAAAGCCAAGUUUCCCCCAUGCUUGUUUCUCCUGAUGAUUACAUAAGUUCACGACUGAAGCGCCUUUGUCCAUUUUCAGGGUAAACCAGGUAUUCCAGGCAGCACAGGGGAGAGAGGACCCCACGGUGAACCAGUAAGUCUGUUUUGUUCUCACUGGCGCUUUGAUGCUUUGUCUUUUUUUUUUUUUUUUCCAAGAGACUACAAACAAACCUGCCAUUGUGAAAUCGGUAAUGACUAUGGAAAACUCUGCUGAAAAAGUUCUGAAGAAGGAAGCCGUCAGGGCUUGGAAUGAUCACAACUUUGAUGAGGAAAAAAAACGGACUCAUUUAGUUUUGUCAUUUAUUUAUUGCUCUCUCCUGUUGCAACCUUCACACCUCAAAGCUACAAACCUCAUGCCUCCCUUCUUGGAUAAGUCUCUGAGUUCUUGAUUUUCCUGGAAAUCAGCCAAAGCCUCGGGGGAAUUAAGGAUGUCAAACAAUCUAAUACAAAUAUUUAUUAGGACGGAAGGUUUCAAUAAGACCAGGUUUAUGUUAUGGGUUUCAUCUUGCCUUUGGCUCGUCUUGGGUUUCACUCAGUGCGUUCUCAGCUCUCAGUCGUCCCCACUCUAUAGACUCAACAUUUAGAUGUAUGUGUUUGUGUAGCCAUUAUGUGCUCGAGUUGUGUAUUAUGUUGUCCUGAAGUUUUAUCCCCCCUGAUUAAGUGUGCUUAGUGACUCCAGUAAUGAGUUUGUUUUGUCUCAAAGGAAUUUAUUGAUGUUAUUUGUCAUUGCAGGGACCCAAAGGACCCCCCGGAGAGGCAGGACCUGAUGGAGAGCAAGGACCUGAAGUACUUUUCAUUCAAUAAUUAUCACCAAUGAACCAUUUUUGAUUUUUGGGUGUUAUGUAUAACUCUGAAGUUCAGGUUGAACAUGAGUCAUGUUUUUUCCAAAGGGAAGACCUGGUGCAGAGGGGGAACCUGGUGCCAUUGGCGAGCCGGGGUUAAAGGUCAGUAUAACCUUGCCACAUUCUUUACAACCACCCUUCCCACCCUUGCAUCACAGAAGUCAUUAGUCACAGUCCUCACCAGCCUGCAGCAGUGUUCGGAGCCGUGAACUUGCUCAGUCAUAUCGCACUUGAAGUAACUGUAGCCUCAGGUGAAACAACAGCUGAUUGUCAAGUCUGACUCCUCCUCAGGUUCGGUUGUUAGUGCGAGCGUACACGUGUGCACGCCAGUGUAAGUGUUUUUUGACCUUCUGACAGCCCUGUGUUGUGUUUUGUGUCCCUGCAGGGGGAUCUUGGGCCUCCAGGAGCUGAAGGGGAGCAAGGACAGGAGGGAAUACGAGUGAGUGAUUGUGAACGAGCCACUAAUCCCUUCCUUCCCUGUGUUUGGGAAAAUCUUAGCAGAUCAUUUAUUUACUCCCCUUCAUUUUGACAAGAAUCCCUAAUCCCUCAGGCCAAAGAAAGCAGAGUUGUAUUUGUCUGAUGGAUUAUAUCAAUAGUUUUUGCACUGUUAGGUUUUAUUUUCUGUCCUUUCCACAAGAUUACAUUCAACAAUCUUAAACAGGGCUGCUUGAUCAGCAGACCCACAGUUAUUUUAACGGGCAAAGGAAGAGAUUGGAAAAUAUAAUCUACUGUUUGUCUAAGAAACCAAAAUCCAGGGAUCAUAUCUUCAUAAAUCAAAGUUCCUGGAGAUCCUUGAUGAAUCUUAAAAAGUCUUAAAUUUGAUUUGUCUGAAAUGUUUUAAAGAGGGUCUUAAAUUAAGUUUUCUCUCUGACCGAGGGAUGAUUUUAUUCUUCCACUCAUCUACAUUAUCUGUUCGGCUUUUUAUGAACUUGCAUUAUUCUGUUUGUGGACACACUGGGUUACAUGACAAUGUACAGCACGUCUGGCAGUAUAUUGUGCAUCAUGCAUUCACAAACUGCACGAUGAAAGAGGAGGAGAAGAAUACAGAAAAAGAUGAGUUCAAGAGAAUUUGUCUGCAGUUUUUCAAGUCAAAUUAACAUCAAAUUUGAUUAAUCGUGUUCUUACUUUGUUGACUGCCGACUGAGAUAUCACAGCCUUAAUCUUUUUUAUUGUGUAUGUUGACAUUGUUAGGGUCCUCCUGGUCCUCCUGGUGAAGAUGGCCCCCAAGGAAAAGAUGGACCCAAGGUAAACGCAGCAAAAUCUUAACCAAAUCAAGAAUAUUUUUAAAGUUGCUGGUGACAUCUGUAUAGAGACGCUUUCUGGUUGGCCUCCAAAUAUGACAACAGUAGGGGGUGUUUUAAGUUUACUCGGCAGGCUUUGAUAAGUCAGGAUUGAAAUAGUAAAGUUUUAGAACCACAGUCUUCUGGUUGUACCUUUCUUGGCUUCAGGUGUAUACUACAAAAAAGACUAAAUCACCCUCUGCUCUGCCUCAAUUUUCUGCCUUUUUUGUGUCUUUCAGGGGGAGCCUGGUGAGCGUGGGCCAGUCGGGGAGCCAGGGGACAAAGGCAUUGAGGGAGACCCUGGGCCUCUAGGACCACCGGGAGAACCUGGGAAACAGGGCUUUCGUGUAAGUUCCGUUAAUGAUUCAAGAUAGCAGAAUGGAUAAAUAUUUCAACAACGAUAUAAUAACAGAGUCUAAUUGUAAUAUAACAAUAAUCAUAUGAUAACACAGCUUUCAAUGAAGUGAAAUUCAAUAACCACAAAGAUUAAACCUACAUGUAAAUUCUGGUGUUUGAAAGGAUUUGCUUGUAUGUAGUGUGAAGUAAAGACUUCAUCGAAAUAAAUCCUCAAGUUUUUUUAUUGUUUCCUGCAGAACAAGUUCUUCUGGUUUCCAACGCGGUGAUUCUUGUAGGAGCAGGAAAGAGGGAGAAAUACAAGCAUACUUUUCUCUUAGACAUGCCAGAAUAAAUCUCACCCAUAGAUUUUUAAAUUAGUGGAACAGAUUACACAAAAGCUCUAUAAAAAUGCCCUUGUAUCCCAGUAGGGGUCAGCCUUUACUUUUUGAUACUGUAGGCAGUACUUAGUCAUGGAUUGUGGGUGUUAAAGCACAGUGUGAUAGGUGUCAGUCAAAGUCUCUUUUCAGUGCUUGUUUGUUUUGAGAAACCGAUCCUGAUGGGUUAUCUGCGUUGAGGGGCAGUAAGGUCAGCGGUGUCAGGAAGUCAGGGAGCUUCACACUAAGCUCUGUUUGAAAGUACUUUCCCCCCUGUUUAUAAUCUAAUAAAAGUUUGAAUGACACAUAGAUUACAAACUUAUCUGAAAAGCAGAAAAUCGAGCUCUGAAUGGUGUCUGGAAAAAUGUUGACAGAGGACUUUCUGAAUGUCAUGAUCCAAUCAAGAUAUGAUAGAAGUAAGUCAGUUAGGUGCCUCUGCUUGUGAAAUAGGGGGAUGUUGUGGUUGGUGAUUUUUAAAUACUUCUCUUGUUACAGGGACCAGAAGGAAAACUAGGACCUCCAGGGAACAGAGGACGGCAUGGCAAGAAGGUGAGAACCUCAGUUGCACAACCUCUCCUGUACAAUAUGUUUCCUCAUCAGAAGAGGCUCUUAGAGGUUCAUAUGAUGACACAAAAAGGAUGGGUAUCUCUGUUCUUGUUGCCUGAACCAUCAUUUUUCUUUCAUAUAAAAUUGAUGAAGAAACAAGUGAGUCACCCCAACUUUAAAACAAAUUAACGAUUUGCUUUCCAAAAUAGGUUGAAAGCUCACAGUCAAGUUAAACAAUAGUCUUUAUUUAUUUUAUUCAAUCUUGCUUUUUCUCUUUUUUAGGGAGAAAGAGGUCCUUCAGGUCUCGCUGGUGAGAUUGGCACACGAGGAGAUGUCGGCCAACCAGGUGAACCCGGACUGAAAGGCGCCAGGGGAACUCGAGGCCCACCAGUUAGUUCACAUUCCUUAAGUCCCUUUGCUGUGUCUCAGACUAGUCUGAAACUUUUGACUAGUCAUAGCAUUCAUGAAAAUACACAAAGCCAUCACUGUUAAUAGACAAAUCUUUAAAAUAUGGUUUUGUAAAAUGUUUAUAGUUGUAAAGUGUUAAAAGAGAAAAAAUGAUACAAGUCUCAUCCCGCGAAGAUGUUGGGAUGGCUCUGCAGAUUUUUUAUGUAUGUAUUUAUGUCAUGUGUGCCGAAGACUGAGUUUAUAUUUCAUAUUUUAUGUAUUUUAUGUUUAUAUUUACAGAGGCUAAACUAACUGCUCUGUUAUGGUGUUAAUUUGUUUGCAUUUUUUUUUUCCAGGGCCAGCCUGGAGUCAUGGGGCUGGAAGGGCAACCAGGACUCGCAGGAUACGCAGUGAGUUUCUCACGGCUGUUCAACCAUCAUACACACAUCAACAUUCUCUUUAAUAACACAUACACAUGCUGCAUCUGCAUUUUUAUUCACACCAAAAAUGUCAGAGAGAACUCUUAACCAGUCUGAGUCUUGGCCCGAGACAUUGAGCCAUGCUUAUAUUCAUUAUAGGGCUGGGCGAUAUGGCCUCAAAUCAGUAUCACGAUAUAUUGAGCAGUUUACCUCAAUAACGAUAAAUGGAUGAUAACUACUUCACAAACUGCUCAACCCCUCCAACAUUAACUUUGUCUACUUCAGCCGCUGCUACAACUUCUGAACCAUCCUCCAUCUUCUCACCUGUCUUCACCUCUUUGUCAUGGACUGGAUGGGGUGGAGUCAGUACACACGUCCAAAACCAACUUUAAUUCAUUUAUUUUUUUGACACCGAAUAUAUUGACAUGGACAAAAUGAGUGCUUGCUCUAUAUUAAUUUAAUUAUUACAAUUCAUUCUGCUUUAAUUAACUUAAGACAAGCCCAAAGAUCUCAUAGUCGUUGGAUUGAACUUCAGUUCAGCUGAGUCAUCUCCUCUGUUUGCCUUGCCUCCAGCGACAAAUGUCAGAUUUUGAUAUUUUCCCAUUACUCUUCACUGUUUAUUAUCCAGUGAAUGAAAAGUGAAGGGAAAAAGGCAAAAGGUGGAAUUGGACAUGGUGAAAUCUGCGAGGUAUUUUUUUCCAGGCCUCUCCUUGGCCUGGUACAUGCCAACAUCAGUGGGUUACAGUUGCAUAACUUGUACAGGGCACCUAGAGUUCAUGGAUUCCCUUUUUUCUGUAUGUUAUUUUUGCGUGUGUUUGUUUGUAUGAGGGCUCCCUGACUUAUUCACAGCUGACUCAGUUUGCCGAGUGAUUUCUGACUCUGUGCCAAAAACCUCUUCCUGAAAUGACAGAAUAGAGGAGACUCGCAUAAAAGAACAGUAUUUACAUUAAACACAUCUGAUUAAUAUGCUGACAGCUGAGCUCAUGUUUUUCAAGAAACAUGCUGUUGCUAGUGGAGAGGCAUGGCUGCUUCUGUAGGUGUACUAACCAACUUUUUUCUUUACAAGGGUCACCCUGGCAAGCCUGGGCCUGUUGGACCACCAGGGCCUAAAGGUGAAAAGGUAAUAAGAUACCUGAACUGGUGUCUGAGGUGGAGCCUCAAAAGUAUUUCGGUUUAAUAUGCUUCAGUGUGGCUGCAAGACCUUGGUUCUUCAUGUGUGUGUAUGUAAUUUGCUCUGUUUUUGUAACAUUCCAGGGUUAUCCAGGCGAGGACAAUAAGACCCCAGGACAGCCAGGGCCCUUAGGUGAACCAGUAGGUCUUGCCUUCCUUUAAACUCUCCUUUCCCCUGCACCCUUUACUCUUUCUGCCAAAGCCGAUUAAAGAUCAGAUUGUACAAGUUAACCUGGAUAAGUAGCUAAUGUAUUACUCAGAGAACAUUAUUUUUUCUCCUCACCAGGUUGAUGGUAAUAUAUCAGUGUUAUGAGCUAAAAUCUGUCAUACAUAUGAACUAUGAUUAUCUAACUCUGUGAUUCAGAUCGUUUCCAUUCAUUGUGCAUUUACACAGGGUUGGUGAGAGUUUUCACAUCUCCACAUUAAGCUUGAGCCGAGCUUUGUGUGUUCUGAUAUUACCCAUUAAAAGAAGUUAGGUCUUAUUCUAAGACCUAAAAACACACAUUUUUCAUUAUUUUAAAUCAGCCAGUUUUGUAACUUUUGCGUUUGAUGAGGACAGAGUGGAUGUGAGGGCGGGCAUUCACCUGAAGUCUACCCCAUUUUUUUUUAUUUUGUCGAAACACUUCCACGAAAACAAAGUCAUUCUUAGGCUGAUUUCCAAAAGAGGAUCAGGACGUAUCAUAGAGUCUUAACAGCUCAGGUAGGCUUACUUUAAUACAGUAACGUGACUCCUAGAUGCAUUUCCCAGCAGUGAGCAUGAUUACUUGCAUUAACAAUCACAGUAACUGGACAUCGACACAGCUAUAGGGAGCAAACUUCCAUAUGGGGAGGACUGGAUUAUUUAGUUGGCACAGUUCUGCACAUCAUGGCAUUAGUAAUACAAUGGCAGCCUCUGUCUGUCUGCCCAAAGUCCCAACCAACAUAGGCUGAAGUAAUGUACAAGGUGAAAUGAAGCUUUUCUUUUUUGAUUUUUUUGAAGAUUCAGACUUUGAGGUGGAAACUUAAGAAUAUGUGUCAUGUGUUGGCUUAAGAAGUCAUUUUGUCCUGAAGGAGCUCCUCAGCUCAAUUAAAGCUUUGUGGGUAAAGAUGAAGGCAUUCAUAAACAUUCAGCAUGUGUGUUCACGUGUGUGCAUUUGUGUCUACACAGGGGCCUACAGGAGAAAGAGGAGAGCGUGGAGAGCCAGGGGAUGAAGGAUAUCAGGUAGACGAAACCAUUAAUUCAACCUCAGACAUAUCACACGCUCACCACCACUCAGUGCGCCUGUCUACUUGUUGUUCAAACUCUUUUGAUGCUCCAUUAAACGCAGCUCUGCUCAAAGGGUGGUAGACCACACAUGUUGGAGGGGAUUACCAAAUUCCCUGCAUUAAAGCUCGGGAAAUCUGUUGUUUUUGUCACUCCGAGCCUUGAGCCUGAAAAGAAGUCUUUGCUUGCCAAAAGCAGACAUACACAUGCACACAAUUACUGUAAAAGCAAGUUGAUGUAUCGCUUACUUUAUUUGAAACAGUUAUGUUUGGCUUUGGAAAGACGGACAAAUCUUUCUCUCACUACUAACGUGUGAAUAAAUAAAGCUGUGCAGACAUCACAAACCAAGGUUUUUCAAUCUUUUCAGACUCAUUUGAUAAAAUUAAAAACCUGCCAAACAUUUAAGAAACCUUGCAUAAAUUCCCUUAUUGUCCUGUGCUUUGUUGAUAUUCUACUUAUAUACUGGAUGACCGUACAAGGAGUCUAAAGCUGCGUUCCAGUUACCUUGGAAGUCAGAAGUCGGAUCUGGGAAUGACGUUACACCCGAGUUGACAGCGUUUUAGUAAAGAAGUCAGAAAACCAAGAUGGACGCCUACUGACAGCCGUUGUUAGCUGUCGUUAACAAUCAUCAGCUGCCGUUAGCAUUUGUCAGUUGUUGUUAGUUGUUGUUAGCUAUAUCGGUUGUAAACAACACUUAACACAGUAUUUUACUCUUACAAACACCAUAGCAUCGUGUUCACAGUUAGACGUUGGGCAGUACAACAUAUACCACUUAUUUAAUUUCACAAAAACAAAACAGAAGUGCUAAUAAAUAAUACAUUACGAGAGCUUUCACUGUUACUCUUUACUGUUGAUGCACUGUGCUGCCAUCUUGGAUUAUGAUGUUGUCGUCAAGUCAGGGUUGGUGAGGAUUACCUGAAGUUGGAUUUCCGACUUUCUGAGUUGGAAAUCCGACUUCAUGGGGGCGUUCCAGAUGAAUUUCCGACUCGGAGCUCUGAAAUCCCAACAACGAGUACAACUGGAACGUAGCAUAAUACACUGAGCCCAGAGCUCUCCUCAGUAAAGCGCUGAAUCUCAUAUUUUGUCUUACAGUUUUGACUGUGCCAAGACUUUCGCUCUAUUGAGACACGUCUUUAGUCUAUUUGAACAUUUUACUCCCCAAAAUAAUAACAUAGCGUUUGGGGGGUUAGCGCCUGCAUUAAGAAUCUGUCUUGCAUAUAUCUCAGCAAAAAAAUGUAGUUAUAUAUAUUUUUUUCUUUUUAUUUAGAAAUCAAGUUUUGAACAUCCUCAUUUGGUGCACAUCGAUUCAAAUCAAAGCAAACUGCUGUAAAGAGCUGAAACAUGAAAAGAAAACAAAAAAAAAAAAAAGAAAACGAAUACAAAAGACAUUAAAUAACACUUGUGUGCAGCAGAGAAUUAUAGGGGAAUUGUAGUUUGGCUACUGUCGAUGAUUACCUAAAGUCUGAUCUGAGUGGUUUAAGUGGUGAUAAACUCAAUCCAACUUCUCCAAUAGUCCUCAAACACAUCACUCUUCAAUCUCAAUGUAAAAGUCAUUUUUCCUCAUAACAAAUAUAUCAUGCAUUACCUUCAACCAGUCCGCUGUUGACGGUGGAUUCUGACACAGCCACUUUUUUGUUACAGCUUUUUUACUAGCCACCAACAUGACUCUAUAUAAAUAACCUUUAGAUAAACCCUGAAUUUGAGGUGACAUCUAGUUCUAUUUUCAAAUUUGUUUCAGGGCCAUAUUGGUACUGUUGGACCUCGUGGAGCUGUUGGACCACAUGGCGCACCAGUAAGUCAGAAAUAAGUAAAAUCAUUGUUCUGUGAUUUUUAUAUUGUACAUUUUUUGUAUUUAUUGAUUUCUUGCUUUUGUCCAGGGAUCACCAGGCCUCGCUGGAGAACCAGGCCCAAAAGGAGAAACCGGCCCUCCAGUAAGUUCAUAUUUAUCUCCUAAUGAAUGCAAAUAAAACAUCUGCAGACACUGUUUUACUCAUUUAGCCUGUAAUUCAAAACGUGACCUUCAGGCUGAAAAUAAGACGAAUAUUUCAACAUUUGAAUGUUUCCCAUUAGUCUUUUUUUUUUUUACUCUCAACAAAACCAACAGAUGUAAAAUAAAACAGUGUUUAGCUACUGCCAGCACGGCUUGGUUAGGUUGAGCUUUGUGUAGAAACGAUGCGGUGAAUGAGGAAAAACUCCGACUUUUACUGCCAAACCAGAGCCAGACCACAGAUAUUUGGCUGAAGCUUCCAUAUUUUAUGUUUCACCUGUCACCAGACGUUCUUGCCAGUACUGAGAGUCACAGCAGUUUGUGGCAUCAAAGCGCUUUCAUUUGGUAAAACGUGAACUCCUGAACUGAUGGUGUUAAAUUAUCGCAUUGUUUUGACCUUGCAACCGAAACAUUUGCACAUUUCUGGACACCAGCAGCUUCCUUCCACGUGUGAGACAGCUUGAAUGAAGGAUCGAUUAUGUAACUGGUUCAAAUUUAUGACGAUAUUUUCUGAGUGUGAACAAAGUCGGGAUGUGUAACAUAUAGAACCAUCUGUGUCGAAAAAUGCAUCACAAAACAGUCGGCCAAGAACUAUGGAAACCUGAAGGAUCUGCUGUGUGUCUGUUUCAAAUUAACAGCCUUGAAGGUCUUUGCUGGACUGUACAUACAUAACUUAACACUGACAGGCCUCAGAGAGUAAAUAUCAAAUCCAAAAACAAUGUUUCAAGGACAGAUGUUUGUGGGUUUUUUCCCCCCGUUUUUAGUGGAAAAAGACAGUUUGUGUUUUUGACAAACACAUUUGUCUAAAACAUUCAACUACAAAUCCUUUUAAUGCUCAGAAGCAUGAGAAAUAAGUCUGUUUCUGUCCUUUUUUAUUUGGAAAACAUUGUCUUGGGGUUUCCUGUGUUAGUUUUAUGCCAUAUUUCAAAUACACCUCAUGUCUUUAAGAGACAGAUGUAGUUAUUUUACAUUCUGUACCAGUUAAAGUAUAAAAAGUAACCCUGAACUUAAAUUUAUUGUAAGUCUCAACAAGUGUUACCUCUUUUUAAUCAGUUACCAGUUAAGAUACUUGACCUGGUGUGUUUUUGUGCUUUGUUUUUCUUGUUUUUAAUUCUCUGUGUGUAUGAUUAUUCAGGGCUCUGCAGGAAAGAAAGGAGCAAGAGGACUGAGUGGAGCUCCUGGAGUUGAGGUGAGUAUCACACCAUUUCAACCAAAUGCAAAGCUCUGAUAGGAACUGCAGCAACAAACAGUAACACUUUCUAUGACCCCACUUCUUAUAAUGCGUUAUUAGAGAAUUUACAAAGCCUUAUCGAUGCAUCUCUAAGGCUUUACCACAAGCUAAAAUAACGGCUUAGAGUGUAUAAUUAUACCUCAAUGCAAAGGUUUAUAAUUAUGAAAAUUCAUUCUUGCUGUGAAGAAUCUUUGUCUGGCACUUUGCUUACAGCCACAAAAUACUGUCAGUAUAAUUGUCUUAUAGGAUCAUAUCAUUGUUAAUUACUUCAUACAGAGCUGUCCCUUUACUUAAAGCGCCCUAAAUAUCCUUCAUUUACCCUGGCAAAUGAAGGAUAUAAAAUAACCCCCACAAAGUCAUGCAGAAGCGACAAAAUGAGUCAAAUCAGAAAGGAAAUCUCUUUAGAGGGUUGUGAAAGAGGAUAAGAAGAGAGAAAAAAUAAUUACAGGUAGGAGAUUGAAGUCAAAAUUUCAAGAUUAAAAAAUCGAAACUAUGUCAAAGUCGAAAUUUCAAGAUUUGAAAUGGAAAUUUCAAGAUUAAAAAUUGUCAAAAUAUCGUGAACAAUGUCGAAAUUUCGAGAUUAAAAAAUAAAAUUUUGAGAUUAAAGUCGAAUACAAAUAAAUAAAUUGGAAUUAAAUCUCUGUAAUUAUUUUUUUCUCCUCUUGUGGCCCUAGCCCUCUUAAUCCUUGUAGAGGGCUGUACUAUUUAACAAUUACAAAAAGAUUUCUGGUGAUGUUUUAAUGACAAGAAGCGAAAGACAGUGGUACUUUGUCCCACUGUCUGUUGAUGUAGCGUGAGUUUGUUUUUCAGUGUAAACGUCUCAGAUAAAUCAUCUUACCCUGAUAACCAAGUUCCAGAAAAGUGGAAAACAAAGACUUGCACAUGGUUUGAAUCUAUUAAAAAGGGGUCAAAUUAAACGUGCUGUAAAACUUACAUCGCAGUUGUGCAGCAACACAGCUCACAUGUGGAUCUGUUCGUGGAGGUCAGGAACAGAACAUUGCAUAGCUCUUAAUUCUUCAUGUUUUAUUUAAACUUUCUCAGAACUCCAGAUGGAUGGACUCGAACGCCUCAGGAUAAGCCCAAUAUCAAUCAAUCAUGUCGAGAAUCGCUCUCAACUGACUUUCCUCAGAGUGUUCAAAAUAAUUCAGUACAUAACCAGCAAACUGUCUUCCUCUGUAACUGAUAAAACCAAAAUAUCUUGGCAAAUAUUUGCUUUGGCUUUAUAGGAAUGUACUUCUCUAUCCAGAGUAGAGAUUCCAGUGGAAAAACAAGUGUUACAGCCUGGUUUUGUAAGAAUAGUCGAACAGUUUCUGUAAAUAUCCCAUUAACUGAGAAUAACACUGAGUCAAACUGUCAUUGUCCAAUUUUAUUUUAAGGGGCCGAUGGGUUUACCUGGUGUCACCGGGAUGAAAGGUUACCCAGGGCCAGAUGGUCUACCAGGACUGGUUGGCUUACAAGGUUUCCCAGGAAAGCAAGGACGUCAGGUAAUAAGCAUUACAGAUUAUAUAACUCAAAAAAGCAGAUAAACGAGAAGUCCUGUGUGUCUGCCUGAUGCUGCCGCAUUUGAGGGCAAGAUUAUGAGCUGAAAAUCCAAUUUGAUCACCACAAAUAAGAGCGCGGACAGGAGUUAGUAGAUCUGAUUUAUCUGUCCUGUGAACUAAGCCUGUUUGGCUCCUCGCACAAAGGAAACCAGUUAUGUGCUUUGUCUCAAAAUAUUCUUGGUCAGCACUAUGAAUGUAGGUCACAGAAUGAGACAGAAGAUUAACUUACAUAACUGAACUUUAAGGAUGAAGUUUCCUUUACUGUACUUAAUUUUAAUCUGUCCUGCAGACCUGUGGUCGGUGUUGACGGGUUUGAGAAGUCAGUGAUACACCCUUCUCAACUUUGCCGUUUGAAGACUUUCCCUUCAGAGUGCUCCUGUCUACUUAACAAGCUUAUAGGAAAGUUAAAUAUUUAUUGCAGGGAGAGAAUUAUUUUAAUUCAAUUGGUCUGAACAGUAGAGGUGAAAUGCAGCAGCAGAAAACUUAAUCUGCUGAUUGUUUAUGGCACAGACUCACCGCGCACAGCCAAACCACCUCAGCGCUGUGUGCAGUAGGUCCACACUAACAGUCUGCAGCUUUCCUGAAGAGGUACCAUGUUGACUCGCUGCCCAUUCAGCCAUGCACACAAAACUCGCCAAAUAAUUCUUGAAGCAGAAGCAGCUUUUAAUGUGAGGCAUUGUUUAAAAACCACAGACAAACGGCUUUGAUGGACAAUCAUUGAACAUCUCGUUUGAUUUGAUUUGAUUGGCUACUUCUGGUUGCCACACAACAGAUUUAUCCAAACAAGUGUGUGGUCGGAGUGUAUUGGGAUUUCAUGCAUGAAUGUCUUCUUCAUUUUCAGCCAAGAAUUGGAAAGCCAAGUCUUUUCUGCCUGUCUUUCAUUUAUAUAAGGUUGUUUUGCAGUGGGCUUUUGUUUUUGACCAAAAAAUGAGGUUUCUCAUAAUUUUCCCUUGAGCCACUUCUUCCCUAUAUGUUAAAACAGAGAAUAUACAUGUAUAUAUUGUUAUAUUUUUUUUAGCUCUAAGCAUGUUUGAGCUGUUCUGGGAAUGAAGAUUUUUAUGAGGUAUGCUUCAGUUGUCAUUCUGGUCUGUCACAGCAGAAGAGGUGUGAAGGAAACAUCACCUUUAAUUUCACAAUAUUUCAGCAGUGGUGAAGACCCUGUGAUAUGCCCACCCACUGCCUCUCCUGGCACCUUCGCGUUGUUAGUUAUUACACCUUUUAUUGAUGUUCAUUGUUUUCAUCGUUUUUCAUUCAUUCGUUUGCUUUUGCCAGUUGGAUGAGAUUUCACAAUGAAAGGAAAAUACUUUCCCCGAACAGAUUUGAACAAGUUUGUUGAAUUUCCACUUGAUUGGACGGUGAAAUAAUGGUUGGCAGCGAGAAAGAAAUGCAGUACAUGCAGCAGACGUCAUCCUCCGAAGUGAAACUGGCAACAUUUCAGGAAUCAGGGUGCUGUUUUAACUUUAGGCAAGAGACAGGUGUUCAUGCUUGAUAGUCCUGCUUCAAAGGAAGUAGAACAUGCAUUUGGUUUGUAUGGAUUUUUUAACUUGAAACUAGGGCUGGGCGAUAUGGCCUCAAAUCAAUAUCACGAUAUAUUGAGCAGUUCACGUCGAUAGCGAUAAAUGGAUGAUAACUACUCCACAAGCUGAUCACCCCCUCCCACAUUAACUUUGUCUACUUCAGCCGCUCAAACUUUUGAACCGUCCUCCAUCUCCUCACCUGUCUUUCCCUCUUUUUUACGGACUGGAUGGGGUGAAGUCACGUCUCCAAUGUAGGACAGUGUCUUAAAGGGAUGAGACCAUGGCCUACCUACACACAUCCAAAACCAACUUUUAUUUAUUUAUUAUUUUGACACCGAAUAUACUGGUAUGGUAUGGGCAAAAGGACGGUGGUUAUUUUCAUAAAUUUCUGUAUCGGUAAAUUUUCGGUUUUAUCGCCCAGCCCUAGUUCAAGAUUUGUCAAUGUCAAACUGAAUCCUUUUAAUUUGUAAACCUUAAGUGGUCGAGACACCGAAUAUACCGAUAUGGGAAAAUGCAACAGGUUUUGUUGUAAAUUUCAGUAUCGGUACAUUUUUGGUUUAUCGCCCAGCCCUACUUUUACCAGGUUGUGUGAUUUUUGCUGUUCUGUAUGGUUUUUUAAUGUUAGAUUUUUUUAUGCUGUAAGUGCAAAUUGGAUCCCCUUUAAGGGUGUAAAGGUUUCACUCAUAGCUUUCGACAGCGAAGUGGUUGCAUUCGUUGCACUUGUUUUUGCACAUGCCUGGGCAACACCAGAAGUCAGAGAACCUGAAGGAAAAUCAACAGCAGCUCUGACACAAUCAAUAUUUUUAUUUCAUGACAUGUUUUUGUUUCUGCUGUUAGUUCUGCACCCCUUCAUAACUCAUUGUUGUUUUACCGAAAGCGGGCCCCUUCCCCAGUGUAAUAAGUAGUGUGUAAUGCUCACAGAGGCCUAUGUGCCUGAGGGGCCAUGUCUGAGGCUCAAAGGGGUCAGUCUUAAUUAAAAAUCAGAGUGAUUUUAUUAAGCUCACAGACGGAGGCGCCUUCUUAUGCAAGAGCAUCCAGACACCUGCAGGUUGGUGUUCUCCACAGUGAGCCUACUGCAGUCAGUGCAACUCCAAACUGGUCAUGAGAGAGUGUGAUCGAGGAACAGAGCUAACACAUGCAAGGCGACGACCCGCUCAAUCUGUUAUUCUAAUAUCGUGCGCUCCCUUCUGCCUCACCACACUGCUGAUGGAGCAGGAAACCGCUGUGGUCUGCGGUGUGAGAGCAAGAGCAACUCAGUGACAGGCAGUCAGUUUUAUGGGCACGCUCAGGGAGUACACUGUCAAGAAAUAUUAAAACCAAGAGAGGCGAGCAGACUUCAGGGCUGAGGUGUACAACUGUAACUAUACAAAGAAUAAAGAAAUGUGUCUGAAUAUGAAAGAAAAAUAAAAUGAAACAUCUAAAAGAAUAGAGUCUAUGAGUUGAUGUCAUAUUUUCAUCCUUCAGACCCUGAUAUUCUAGGGUGACUUAUCUCCAUUUUCAGGCUACUCAUGCUCAUAGAAGUAUUUUUGUGAGCAAUAAAAAUAAGUUUUAACCCUGUAGAUCAUCCAGUAUUCAUAAAACACACAAAAAAAUCACAUUGUUGAAUAUAAAAAACUUUUGAUGGAUUUUAAUGACACCAACUUUCUUGGCAUUUAGGGUCAUCGAGGUUUGGUUGGACUAGAAGGACCCACUGGACGUCCAGGUCUGAGAGGAGAGCUUGGUCUUCCUGGACUUCCUGGAGAAAGAGGACCACCUGGUCAAAAGGUGAAAUGAUAAGGCGAUAAAAAUUAAUACAUAACUUUUUCAUCCAAACAAACAGACAAAUAAAAUCUCUGUCGAAGUAAACUUACAGUCACAAUCUGUUACCUUUUGUCAGGGUGAACUGGGGCUGCCAGGGGACAGGGGAGCCGCAGGAUCCAAAGGCUUUGAGGGGGCUACAGGUGACCAGGGCAGGAAAGGUGACCUUGGAUUCAAAGGACAACCAGUGAGUAUAAACAGGCGUUUUUUUUAUUUUUUAUUUGAAUCAUCAGUCCUGUUCAAUGGUAUUCAAGCUUCUUUCCAUUACCUGGAAUAAUUGUGUAACAUAAGCUGUCAGCAGUAUUUUGUAGAGAUGUUUGCACAGGUUUGAGGUUCAGCUCAGGUACAUUCCAUUUGCAGGAGGAAUGAUUUAACUGUUUAAUUUAUUUACUCGAAAAGUACCGACUUAAUUCGCUGAAGUCAUAGUAAGGAGGGUAGCUUAAUUGCUCUUUUUUAACGGGUUCUGUAAUUAUGAAUGUUCUGUUUUAAAGGGGUUUAUAUGCUCGUACACAUUCUUGAAGUCUUCUCUAAAUAUAGCCUCAGGGGUUUUGAUAGCCAAUCUGUGGUGGGAUCGAAAAAAGCGUGUAUCUGACACUUUUCCACCCUGAGUUAAAGUAACAAAUUAUCUGGGCGAGACCAGGAAUGGAAACAUUCAUCCUGGUAGGCCAAGUUAUGUAAGAUCCUCACACUCCAGAGACAUGAAAAAGAGGUGCUCCACUUUUCUUAUGUAACUCCUUAAAGAUGAAGAAAAAAGAAACAACAUUCAAUCCCUUUCUCUCCCCCUCGCUCCACUCAUUUUCUCCAUUGAUGCUCAUGAAACAGAGAGCAGACUCGGGCCCUUUGGGUCAGAUUCCUUUACACUUUUGGUGAAUAGAGUUUCUUGGUCAAAGUGGCUGGCCUGAAAGCCAAGCUGUCUGGAGGAUGUGGAUGACUGGCUGUACAAACAUCGUGUCUGCCACCCUGGACGACAGGCAGACAGCGCUCAGACAUGGAAUAAGGGACAGACACCAAACCUCCCAGUGUGUUACUAGGAGGGUGUGUGAAUGUGGGCCAGUGAGACUUUACAUCCAAGAUAGAGCCUCCAGACAUAAAGCUAUGUGUGCACAGAGCAUUUUUAAACUUCAUAUAAAGCUUUAGUAGGUAUAAAACCCGUUACACAAAACCAGCAUCACCUACUUUAUGUGCUUGUUUAUUAAAUGAUGUAUUUUUCCAUUCCUAGGGGGAACCUGGAGAUGUGGGAAUGGUUGGUUUACAAGGAUUUCCAGGACCAAAGGUAAGAGACAAAGCAGCUUGCAACAGUUUAAGAUGUAAAAUAAUAAGAUAAUGUAAUAGCCUUAAAUAAAAACAGGAGAUGAAAUUCACUGAAAAUGGACAGCUGCUAAUAACACCAAGAGUUGCCCAUCAUUUACGCCAGCUGUCUCCUUUUUCUCAGAGUCUGACUGACAAAACAAAUAACGCUAAAGAUAUUCAAGCACAAAGUUUUGUAGUUAACUCCAGUUUUGCUUUGUUCUGUGUCAGAAAUGAGCUGCAAGCAUCAUCCAGCUCUGCAAAGCUGUGCUGUGUGCUCUCAUUUGUUAAAUUUUACCAACAUGAUACGAUGAGCUGAAUGGAGACGGACAAUCCUUUACGAUUUAUCAUGAAGUUUGAUCAUGACUACAGUUAUAAAUACUCAUAUGCAAUAACCAUGAGCUCUCAGCAGACAACAAAUGUGUGUGUCUGUGAGCACCAGUGCUCAUGUUUUAGCAGUGAGGCCCAUUUGGGGCAUAUUCUGUUCCAGAUGAAUUCAUAAUGACACAUUUAAAUAUCUGCAAAUAACACACUGAUGCAAAGACAAACUAUUUGCUUUGCAGCACAUUUUGUCGAGCAUUCAUCCCUCCACACAUACUUUGUGAAUUAGACAACGUCUUUUUGGCUCAUUUGCACUGUUUUAGUGGGUGCAAAAGAGGCACACACCUUUCAUGAAUUAGGCCCAGACUGUAUUGAUCUUGCAUAAUAAAACACAUAGACUGAAAAUACAUUUUUUCCCCACUAAAUAGGGACCGAAUGGUGAUCUGGGGUUCAGAGGGUUUCCAGGCCCUAAAGGUCCAAUGGGUACUUUGGUAAGUUCAAUAAAAAUAGAAACUAUGGGAACCCAUUUCUUUCUACUAGAAGUGUCACUGCAGCAAUGGAAUAAAAAGUUAUUUUCUGCAUUAUUUAGUGUCGAACUGUAAUUUGAGGACACAUGGUAACUUCUCUCUCUUAAAUAUGUAAAUUAUGACAGACUUGUAAUUUCACACCCUCAUUCACCUGUUAUGUCUUUCAGGGAUUCACCGGACCUGUGGGCCCAGAGGGAAAGAUGGGUCCAGUGGGAAAACCUGUAGGUUUCUGAGUGCAUGUGCUUGAUAAUGAUAUCCUUAUGAAAAAUUCUUUAGUACUGAGAAAAAUAUUGGCACCACCAGUAACCGAUAAAUAUUCUUAUUCUUUUAAUUACAUAAGCUUAUUUACUGGCCAGCUGCUGAUUGAAACUCAUCAAACUUACAUAAUAGGAAACAUUGUUGUGAUGUUGUGAUGUGCUCAUGUUGUUGUUUUGUUCUCCACAGGGGCCGAGAGGUCCAAAGGGAAUCACGGGCGAAAUGGUAAGAUCUGUCAAAGACCAAGAAAGUCUGUGAAGUUAACCAGUAAUCAUUGUAACUCACGAAAUAACUUGACUUGGAUAAAGUCGUUGAAAAAGUACAAAUAAGACCAGCAUCCUUUCAAUGAAUCCUCUAAAACAGAAGGUAAAUGGAAAAGUCAAGACUUCUAUCUGUUCACAGUCUGAGGCCUGAUUACAUCAUGAUUCAACCGCACUGAAGUGUUAAGCUUAACUUCUCUUAGCAGAGCCAGUUGACACAAACCCAUGUCAAAUACAAAUGUGUCAUUCAAAAAAAGAUGAUGACGGCCGUGUUUAAAGAUGCAUGAAAGCUGAACUUCUGCUGUAGUUUUUGUUUAUAUGGCUGACAGUCAUGGUGAAGUGAGUCAUAGUGAGAGGAGCUCUUACUCAGUGUCUCCUGGAGCUCACUGUGGCUGUAUGAUACUCAUGUACCCUCUUGUGUAAAUACAGUCGAGGAAAGCCUUGUUGAAAUGUUAACACUGCAAACAACAGUGCGGUGCACACAUCCCCUCCUACAUACCUGCCUCAAGUCUGUAAUGAAAACAGUAGUAAGAUCCUGAGAUUCUGAUCCGUUUGUAAUACAUACACAUAAUGUUACAACAGUAGAUGCCCAUAAUAAACCAUGGGAAAGCGUCAUAACAUAAGACACAUUUAUGGCACUGAAAUCCCCAGGUGUUUUUUCCUCACAUGAGAUUGUGCCGACCUAUCAGGAUAAUGCUAAUGAUGCUAAUGGAUUAGCCCAGCUAGCACCUCUCUUAAAGACAUGUCCACUCAGAAGCUGGAAAGUCUGAAGGCUAGGCAAUAUGGCCUCAAAUCAGUGUCUCAGUAUAUUGAACAGUUCACCUCGAUAACCCCUCCAAUAUUAACUUUGUGUACUUCAGCCCCCGCUCCAGCCACUACAACUUUUGAACCGUCCUCCAUCUCCUCACCUGUCUUUCCCCCUUUGUUACUGACUGGAUGGGGUGGAGUCACGUCUCUGACGUAGGACAGCGUCUUAAAGGGACAUGAGACCAUAGCCUACCUACACACAUCCAAAACCAACUUUUAUUUAUUCAUUUAUUUUGACACUGUAUAUACUGAUAUGGGCAAAAUGACAUUGGUUAUCGUUGUAAAUUUCGGUGUCGGUAAAUUUUCGGUUUAUCGCCCAGCCCUAUGCUACACUUUGUUUAAUCAGUAUGUCUUAUAAAGUAACUCAGAAGUUUUUCUCUAAUUGGUGGUGAAGAAAAUUCACAUCUAUUUUCUCCUCCCAAAGACAAAGGCACCAGAAAACAGUGGAAGUUAUUAUGGUUUCAAGAUAAGAACACAGCUGUUUCUGCUCCUCGUUUUACUGAUGACUCCACCAUACACUGAGGCCUGAACAAGCUGUUACUGAAACCUGGGGUUGUUUAAUCUUUAAAGGCCUCCAAUAAAGGCUUGGAACUAUAACUGCGGAGGCAAUGUAACAAUAGUUGGCGAAUGUUAACACGGCCAAAUGGGGGAGCUAAGUUGGUGCUAACAGCUAGCCGCAAAGAUUUUCUAUAAAAGCAUAGCUUUCAAAUCGUUUCAUGACAUUGUAGUGGUGUGAAAAGUAACACGUACAAGCUGUGCCUAACUUUAUAUCAGUAGAAAAGCAGCCAAAACAAAGUGUUUCAGGCAGCAGCUGAAAAGCGGGAACACAAAGGUUUUUGUAAACGUAACAGUUAUAUAAAGUUUUUUGAGCUACCGACUCUGCAAAGCAAAUGUACAGGUGCCCCAAAAUGACACAAUGAUUGGUCUCCUUUAAGGCACCUGCCCUUCAAACUACCACACAAAUACACAGUGUGUGUAUAACACCCUCUUCGUUCUGAAAGUCAACCAACAAAGUCGGAAAAAUCCUCCAUAAAGUUGAGCUGCUGUUGUGAAUUCUACCAGAGGGGGCAGUAGGUGACCGGUGUGGUUCAGUUCAGGGAUUUACAGCCAGAUUUCUGCCUCUGUUUCUCACCAUCACAGAGAAACAUCAUACAGUAAUUUUACCACUUCUGUAGUGCUGGCUGUGGGAAAAGCUCUAAACCAGUAAUGAGACUUUUAUAGAGGGUGUUAGAGAACACAGGUCCAAAGCUGAGAAGAAUUGAAACUAAAUUAUCCAGUUUAACUCUAAUUUUGUGGACUUUACUUUCAGGGGCCUCAAGGACCACAGGGAAGUCCAGGACCCAGAGUGAGUGGUCUCAUUUAAUCAUCAUCCAAACAGUUUCUAUGAGUUUAACCGUAAAGUUUUCUAAAUGUGGAGCUUGAGGUCGUUUCCAUCAGUACAGACAAACUUGAUUUUUACAUUUGGCUAAAAUAUACUAAAAAAACUGAUUUUUCCUCUUUCUUUUUUUGUACUUUAGGGACCUCCUGGUGCUCCUGGUCCAACGGUAAGAUCUUCACAUGGAACAUACUUACAGAGUCAUCCAGGAAAAUAGCAGGAUAAAAUAGGAGUCUAGCCGUUGACUAACCUUGUAACGUCGCUCUUUAUCCCUCGAAGUGAAACUGUUAUGUCAGAGCUUCAUCAAACCUUUGGAUAUUACAGGGUUAAGUGAUGAAAGUAAUAUCCAGGAUGUGAGAGAGCCCGGGGCUGCUUAUUAUCUUUACUAAAAUGUUCAACAAAUCCUCUAUCUCACUCAGAGGAUCUACUAAAAGAACAUUCCACUUCCCGAAGCGUUUGCAGUGUAGAUCGACGAUUAUCCUUUUCUUGGUGCUUUGAUAGAAACCGUCCUCACAUGGUAAAAGUGUAGCUUUUGUUAAUCUCAGUGACCUUUUUCCUCCUCAGAAAAACAACUAUAUCAGAUACCGUCUUUUGUUGACACACAUUAUGUGAUAGCUGGAGUGUUUAUACGAAGUGGAAUGUGUUAUUUUUCCCCCCGCUGAAGUCAGGAAUCUGAGGGUUUAUUGCUGUAAGACUUAUUUUACGUAUUUCCUCUGUUAUUAAAGAGUAUUCUUAUCCUAUUAAAGUUUUCUCUGUAAACUGUACAGGAUUGAAACUGCGGUGCUGUUUUAAAACCAAAGAACCAGCCUGCGGAUUAAACCCCUUCGGUUAAAUAAUGAACAGAGCCCUGACUUUUCUUAUUAUCCUGAACAUGUUGAUUUUGAAUCCUGCAGAGGCAGAUCUAUGAUGACACAGCAGUCUACGGCCUCUCUGACUCCAACACCGCCUUUAGGACAGAGGUAAGGCUCGGACACUCGCACUCACAGGUCGAUUCUGUCCAUGUGAGGCUUUAUAGUCGUGGUUUUAAACUUUGACAUUUUUCUCCGUCUAAUUCUUUGAACCAGACUUUUCAGAACACAGAGGUGGGCAUCCCAGACCAGAGUACAGAGAUCCUUAAGACUUUACAUUACCUGAGCAGCGUGAUCGAGAGCAUCAAACAGCCUCUGGGGACACGGGAGAACCCGGCUCGUUUCUGUAAAGAUCUGCUCGACUGUCAUAACAAGCUAGAAGACGGUGAGAGUCUCUGCUACCCAAAAAUGAAGGCCAUGUUCGAUUUUUCUGGGUACAACUAGCAUUAAAUACUUGUUUCUCUGAUUGGGGGGAUUGCAGGUUGGUUCUGGAUCGAUCCAAACUUGGGCUGUACUUCUGAUGCCUUCAGGGUCUUCUGCAACUUCACUGCAGGAGGGCAGACGUGUGUACAUCCUGUGGCCUCUAACAAGGUAACACUCAAGUUGUAAUAUGAUACAUGGAUGAAAAAGUUGUCUUUGACUCUGCUUUAGUGAAGCUUUAAUAACAGAGAUGUUCCAUACUUGAGAUGAUCUACAUGAAACCAAACGUUUGUAUUUUCAGUCUGAUUCUUUCUUUUUUUUGGCAAAAUACUGCCCUCAAAGUCACAAAAUAUCCUUUCAAAUUCAUAGAAACUGUUUAUUAUUCAUGAUUCAGUUUAAAUGGGAUCGAACAAUAAUUCAUUUUUGACACUGACUUCAUUUGAGUCAAUUUUUCUUCGUGAAACCCUGAUCACCCAGACCACCUCAGUUUUUCCCUCAUCUCAUAAGAGACAUUGUAGAUUUCCUGAGUUCAUGUUCUUUCUUUCUCCUGUCUGCUUCAGAUGGUGUUUGGCGUCGGAAAAGUCCAAAUGAAGUUUCUCCAUUUACUGAGUACUGAGGCCAGCCACAGCAUCAUCCUCCACUGCCUGAACGAUCCUCCGUACAACACCGCAGACAGUUUCAGCUCCACAGAAUCUUUACCCAGAGAAGACCAUGACGACACCACUCUUCGGUUUCGCGGCUGGAACAAACAGGUGUUUGAGAAAUACACUCUACUUGAACCACAGGUGCUACAAGAUGAGUGCAAGGUAAGGACGAAGGCAGAUAUUAAUUCAUUAAACUCUGUUCUCCCGUAACAAAGGUGGAUUUCAAAACUUUUACCUGUUAUAGUUUUGUCCGAUGAGGAUGACUUCUCAACAAAGUGCAGCUUUUUGGUGCAUGUAAAGUUCAAAAAAUCUGUUCCUGGAGGGUCUGGCUAAUGCUGCGUUCCAGUUAUCUCAGAAGUCUGGUGUCAGAGCUGGGAAUAACGUUACACCUGAGUUGACGGCGUUCCAGGAAACUGGUCGAAAAACCAAGAUGGACGCCUACUGUUAGCUGUUCUUAGCUGUUGUUAACGAUUGUCGGCUGUCGUUAGCCGUUGUCAGUUGUUAGCGGUUGCUUUCACUGUUACUCUUUACUGUUAAUGCACUGCGCUGCCAUCUUGGAUGAUGACGUUGUCGUCAAGUCGGGGUUGGUUGAACACUCAUGUUGGGGAUUCUCCAGUACAGACCUAUGAAAGGACUGAUGUAAAUUUAGAGCACAGAAUGACGAUGAUCAGUCUUGCACCAGCAUACUCUUCUAAUGUUUUGGGAACUAACAGAAAAACUAAGAAGAUAUUUGAUGGCAUAAACUUCACUUAAGCAGACCAUAGUUUGUUUGCCCAGAUGGAAAUUUGAACUCUAACUAAGCAACUAGUCUAAAUAGGAAAAAAGACAAAUUUGAACAUAAUUUAUUUAGAAUAAUGAAGAAAACAAAGUCUGUGGGUAAAUAAAGUCAGAUUGUUUUGCCCAGUGUGGUUAUCGGUAGCAGUGCCAGCAUCUUGAAAUGUCACUUCUCCCACAUGCCUGCGUUGAGUCACAGCCUGCAUCCAACCUCUGUCUCUACUGUCCAGAUCAGACUACUGCCAAACAGAACAAUAUUUACAGCCAUCUAUCAUCUGUGCUUGUUUACAUCUGGAUAGUGCAGCGUUUUGGAGCAGUAGAAAAUAAAAUGAAUCACCAAAUCUUGGUGGCUGCUUGUCAUCACUUCUGUUGAGAGCUGCUCCGAGUUACAUGCAAAAAAAAAACGUUUCUUUUUGUUCCUCUUUCAGAUCCAAGAUGGCAGCUGGCACCAGUCACAUUUCUUCUUCCAUACUCAGGACAGUCGUCAGCUACCAAUUGUAGAUAUACAGGAAUUUCCCACACCACAGCCCGACAGUCAGCGGCAUAUAGAAAUUGGUCCAGUCUGCUUUCUCUGACACAAGCAUCACCAUCCCACACCCUACAAACAUGAACUAUCGUAGAAGGCUGUUCCAAGAAAUGGCCGCCUACCAAAGAGUGCGCUCCAGCAAACCGAGGUUUGUCACGGUUCCUAGAAACGGUUCAUGGGACCUGCCAUGUCCGAUCAAAGGAGGAUCUUUGUGGAAGAACUGAGUCUCUGUGAACCAUCCAGGCCUAGAGGGCCAGAGGAGAACAUGUGUAUAGCAAUAUUUAUCGAUGAUUGUUUCAAGUAUGUUUUGUCAAACUUUGGUGCUUUGGUUGUCUGUGUAUGGACCCAUGUCUUCCCUGAUCACAGGGCAGGGCCUCACUGAGCAGCAACUUAUCCAACCCCCAGAUCACACACACCUCCCUCUCACUCCUCACCACUCCCAAACACAAACCAUCCUAAGCAGAGGCCAAACCUGAAGGAGCGUUUCAGGCCUUUACGUAGGAGCACUGUCUAACUAAAGAUUUAAUGAGUGCAAUAGCAUGUGGAUGAUGUGUGACUUCAUGUUUUUUUCAAACAAAGGCUUUUUUUGACAUUGUUUUCAUGUUUUUGUCUUUGGUCCCGCCCAGCUGGACCUGUACAUCUUGACAGAUGGUGCUCUACCUCUACCUGCUCAGUUGCUUUCUAGAAUAGUUGCUCAUGUCAGGUUAGAUUUUUUUUUUUGCCUUUGUGUUGUAUGUACCGGUUACAUCAAGAUUUGUUAUGUUGUAUAAGUACUUAUUUUGAUUUGGUCAUUUCUAAUUUAUGAACCAUUUUUUUUUUGAUACACUACUUUUUUUUGUAGCUUUUCCUUUUAUGUGGUAGGUUCUUCAGGGGAACCCUAUCAUUGGUGCUGCAACAAAGAAUGAGUCAUCAGUGAGUUUUUACAUUUCCUGUGUAUAUAUUGACAGCAUACUGUAUGUUUAUUUAUAUCCCUCUUUGUUCACAUUACUGUAUCACAGUAAGUUAUACUCUCAGAGAAAUAUUUGGUCCACCGCAACUCAGUCCAAAGAAGUAUUUAUGUUGGAGAGGUGUGUGUUUGCGUGUUCACACCUGUGACUGUAUGUUCUUCAUACUGUUGUUUCAGUUCAGUCAGUGGUGGUCAGGAGGACUGGCAGCUAUAGUAGGCCAGAGUCAGAAAACACAGUCAUCAUAUUCUUAAGUUAUAUUAUCUUGAACAAAGUGUAAUUAUAUAAAGUCUUGGGAGAGAAAUGUCAGAUAAGAAUGUGUAAAUAAUUAAGUUGACAAAUAAAUAAAUGUAACAAUUUAUCCAAAAA